GCAUUCCCAGCCUUGCCUCGGGUGUAGGGAUUGCAAGGGAAAAAGCAAAACUACACGGCUAAGACCCUGUGUAGUUUUGUUUUUCGGGAUAUUUCGAGGCUCAACGGUUCUCACACUGUGUUUUCUGAAAUCAUAUCUGGAUAAGGACUUUGUUUCAGAAGACCAAACCCUUUGGGCUUCGUCCCUCCAGUUCAAGGCACUCUUGUGGAUACAAGGUGCCUUCCACCAUGUCAACACAGGCACCAACAUUUACACAGCCGCUUCAGAGCGUUGUGGCACUUGAGGGUAGUGCUGCAACGUUCGAAGCUCAAGUUAGUGGUAAUCCAGUUCCAGAAGUGAGCUGGUUUCGUGAUGGCCAGGUUCUCACUGCUGCCGCUCUGCCCGGCGCUCAGAUCUCGUUCAGCGAUGGCCGCGCUGUUCUGAUGAUCCCCGCCGUGACAGCCGCACACAGUGGAAGAUUUUCUGUCAGAGCCACCAAUGGUGCUGGACAAGCCACUAGCACUGCUGAAUUGCUGGUUACAGCCGAAACUGCACCACCAAAUUUCAUUCAGAGACUACAAAGUUUGACUGUGAGACAAGGGAGCCAAGUGAGACUGGAUGUUCGAGUUACAGGAAUCCCUGCACCUGUGGUGAAGUUCUACAGAGAGGGAGCCGAGAUUCAGAGCUCCGCUGACUUUCAGAUUGUUCAAGAUGGAGACCAUUACAGUUUGUUGAUUGCCGAGGCCUUCCCAGAGGAUUCUGGAACCUAUUCUGUCAGUGCUUCUAACAGUAGUGGACGUGCAACUUCAACUGCUGAGUUGCUUGUUCAGGGUGAGGAAGAAGCCGUACCUGCAAAGAAAUCUAAAACUAUCAUUUCAGCCUCUCAGAUAUCACAAACCCGUCAGACUAGGGUGGAGAAGAAAGUGGAAGCUCGUUUUGAGGCCACCGCCACGAUGCAAAUGCAGGUUGAAAGUGGGGUUGUUACAGAACAUCUGGCACAUAAGACUCCACCUCGUGUGCCUCCUAAACCAACUUCGAAAUCUCCACCUUCACAAUUGACUAAAGUUUCAACUGCUCGCCAACAGUCUCCCUCUCCUGUGAGGCAUGUUAAGGGCCCGACACCCACUCCUGUCAGAGCUGUGUCUCCAUCUACAAGAUUGUCCGUUUCCCCGAUCAGACCAGUCAAGUCCCCUGUGAUGACCCGCAAACAGGUCACGCCAUCCUCUGAAGUCUUGCCUCCAUGGAAGCAGGCAGGGUAUGUUUCAGAGGCCAGCUACACCCAAAUGAUUGCUGGAACAACACAAGUUCAGACCUCUACCCAGGUCCAAAUGGAGCAGCGUUGGGAGGGAUCAGUUGCAGGUGUCAAAGAGGGUGAUGGGAAAAAAGCAGAGGCUGUGGCCACUGUGCUUGCUGCAGUUGAUCAUGCACGAAUAAGAAAGCCCAUGCAUGCUGAAGGGGCUCAGAUGGAAGAAGAGACUGAUAUAAAACAUCAGGAAAUGCUUGCAACUAAGCAACAGGUCACAAGUAAAAAGGAGCUGUUGCUAAUUCCCCCUGAAAUGACAACUACUACUACUGAGAAGACUUUACAUGUCACCCAGAUUCAAAGAGCUACUGAGGUAAUCUCCAAGAUGGAGACUGACCUUGCACCAUCACCAGUUCCACAUUUCACAGUAUCAAAAGUUACUGUACCAAAACCAGACCAUAGCUAUGAGGUUUCAAGGGCAGGUUCUGCUAUUGCCACACUUCAAAAAGAGUUAUCCACAACAACUGCUUCUCAAAAGAUCAUCAAGCCUGUGAAGCCUCCAUCACACAAGAUCGUGGAGACUCAUGUGACCCCAGAGCCGACCCCAUCUCCUUUUAGAGACACUACAGAGAGAUAUCAGACUCAUUUUGACACAGAGUUGCACAGAAAGAUAGGCAUUUCAUAUGCUGGUGAAGAGUGGGAUACAAAGGUUGCAGAGACUGCAGCAAUCCCUUCAGCUGUCAAAGAGCCUGUUGUGCCCCCUACAUUGAUAACAGGUUUGAAGAAUGUGACUGUCACAGAGGGAGAGUCUGUCACUCUGGAGUGCCAGAUUUCAGGUCACCCGACUCCAGCAAUCAUGUGGUUCAGGGAAGAUUACAGAAUCGAAAACUCCAUUGACUUCCAGAUCACUUAUGAAAAAAGUUAUGCCCGCUUGAUGAUUCGUGAGGCCUUUGCUGAAGAUAGUGGCCGCUUCACUUGCACUGCUACCAGUGAAGCUGGAACAAUCAGCACCUCCUGUUACCUGCUCGUUAAAGUAUCUGAGGAGAUUGAGAGCAGAGAGGAGAUUACUCUCCAGGAGAAACAGACUGUCGUUGAAUCCAAAGAGGAGACCAUGUCUGAAAUAAGUUCAGUCUCCGUGGAUACUGGAGCACCUGCUGCUCCUUUCUUUGUGAAGAAGCCAGUGGUUCAGAAGUUGGUUGAGGGAGGGAGUGUUGUCUUUGUGUGCCAGAUAGGUGGAAGCCCUAAGCCCCAUAUUUAUUGGAAGAAGAGUGGAGUUCCACUAACUACUGGAUACAGAUAUAGAGUUGGCCACAACAAGGACACCGGGGAAUGCAAGCUGGAAAUUUCUAUGACAUUUGCUGAUGAUGCUGGAGAAUACACAAUCUUUGCCAAAAACCAACACGGAGAGACAUCUGCUUCUACAAGUCUCCUUGAAGAAGAGGAGUUUGAAGCCUAUAUGAAGAAACAGGAUGUGACAUAUGUAACGGAAGUGACAACAAUGGUGCAAGAGCCCAAAGUGGCAGAUGUGCCUCCUGUAGUUGUAAGUGAAUAUGAAAAAGAGCUCAUACAGAGGAGGAUGGCUCAGCAAACACAAAUGAUGCAGACCUUCAUCUCAGAGACGGAAUUUCAAAUAUCUGCAAUUGAAAGGAAAAUUAUCCAAGAGAUUGAAAUCCGCAUCCUUAAAAUAACUUAUCAAGAGCUGGUGAUUGAGGAUGGAGAGGAGAUGGUCAUAAAUGUUGCGGAGCAUGAGGCCGUCGCAUCCUCAUUUAGCACUCCUGUAAAAAGCUACAGAAUUCUGGAAGGAAUGGGUGUUACUUUCCAUUGCAAAAUGGGAGGAAAACCAUUACCAAAGAUUGCCUGGUAUAAAGAUGGCAAGCGUAUAAAGCAUGGAGGCCGCUACCAGAUGGAGAUUUUACAAGAUGGCAGAGCCAGUCUCCGCCUACCUGUGGUGCUGCCAGAAGAUGAGGGCAUCUAUACUGCAUUUGCCAGUAAUAUGAAGGGUAAUGCUGUCAGUUCUGGAAAACUCUAUGUGGAGUCCACUGCUGCUGCUCAGCCUUACUAUCCUCAGGCUGAAGCUGUGAGGAGAGUCCAGUCCACAUCUCCAAUGUCUGCUCGCUCAGCUAGCUACUCCCCUGGACGUUCUCCUGCUCGCUCUGUUAGCCGAUCUCCUGCACGUAGACUUGAUGACACUGACGAGAGUCAGCUGGAGAGGCUAUAUAAGCCUGUUUUUGUACAAAAGCCCUCAUCCUUCAGGUGUUCUGAAGGACAGACAGCAAGGUUUGACUUAAAAGUGGUUGGAAGACCUAUGCCCGACACUUUCUGGUUCCACAGUGGACAACAAGUGGUCAAUGACUACACUCACAAGAUUGUGGUAAAGGAGGAUGGAACUCAGUCAAUGAUUGUCGUUCCUGCCAUGCCUCAGGACUCUGGAGAGUGGACAGUUGUUGCUCAGAACAGAGCUGGAAAGACAACUGUUUCUAUGACUCUCACUGUUGAAGCAAAAGAGAAUUUAGUUCGACCUCAGUUCAUUGAAAAACUGAAGAAUAUCAGUGUUAAAGAAGGAAGUCUGGUUGAGUUGGCAGUAAAAGCCAUUGGAAACCCCCUGCCCGACAUCGUCUGGCUAAAAAACAGUGACAUCAUCUCUCCUCAUAAAUAUCCUCACAUCAAAAUUGAGGGUGCCAAGGGACAGGCACAUUUUCAGAUUCCUCAAACUUCUGGCUCUGAUAGUGCAUGGUACACAGCCACAGCCAUAAACAAAGCUGGCAGAGAUACUACUCGCUGUAGAGUCAAUGUGGAGGUAGAAUACACUGAACCUGUACCAGAGAGAAGACUUAUCAUCCCUAAAGGAACAUAUAAGGCUAAGGAUGUUGCACCACCAGAGAUUGAACCACUGCAUCUUCGCUAUGGUCAGGAGCAGUGGGAAGAGGGUGACCUCUAUGACAAAGAAAAGCAACAGAAGCCACACUUUAAAAAGAAACUCACUUCAGUCAGAAUGAAGCGAUUUGGACCUGUACACUUUGAAUGCAGACUGACCCCUAUUGGUGACCCUACAAUGGUUGUUGAAUGGCUCCAUGAUGGCAAACCACUCGAAGCUGCUAACAGACUUCGGAUGAUCAAUGAGUUUGGCUAUUGCAGUCUUGAUUAUGAAGUUGCUUAUUCCAGAGAUAGUGGUGUCAUUACUUGCAGAGCUACAAACAAAUUUGGUGCUGACCAAACCUCUGCCACACUAAUUGUGAAGGAUGAGAAGAGUCUGGUAGAGGAAAGUCAGUUACCAGAAGGAAGAAAGGUACAAAGAAUGGAUGAAAUGGAGAGAAUUGCCCAUGAAGGUGCACCCUCUGGAGUAACUGGGGAUGACAUGUCUGAGAAGUCCAAGCCAGAGAUUGUCUUACUCCCUGAACCAAUAAGAGUAUUUGAAGGUGAGACAGCCAAAUAUCGAUGCAGAGUGACUGGUUACCCCACUCCCAAAGUUAAUUGGUACCUUAAUGGACAGCUCAUUCGAAAGAGCAAACGAUUCAGACUACACUAUGAUGGCAUUCACUAUUUGGAAAUUACUGACUGUAAGUCCUAUGAUUCUGGAGAUGUCAAAGUAUUGGCUGAGAACCCAGAGGGUACAGCCGAGCAUGCUGUCAAGCUGGAAAUACAACAAAAAGAAGAUUUCAGGACAAUCUUGCGACGUGCUCCGGAGCUGAAGGCUCCAGAGGCACCUGGCCCUGAACCUGGCAGAGUAUCCUUUGACGUUGUGAAGGUAGAUAAACCCACAGAUGCUUCACAAGCAAAAGAAGUUGUUAGACUGAGGAAAGCUGAGAGAGUGGUUCAUGAAAGGUCUACAGAAGAAACAGAAGAGCUGCGAAGCAAAUUUAAGCGCAGGACUGAAGAAGGCUAUUAUGAAGCCAUAUCCUCAGUAGAAUUGAAAUCUCGCAGGAAAGAUGAGUCUUAUGAAGGAAUGCUAAAAAAGAGAAAGGAAGAACUUCUGCACUGGACCAAAGAGGUCACUGAGGCAGAAAAGAAGAAAGAGGAAGAGGAACGCAAACUUACCAUUCCUACAAUCAGACCUGAGAAAGUUGCACUCUCUCCUAGCAUGGAGGCUCCAAAGAUCUUGGAAAGAAUUCAGAGCCAGACAGUUGCUCUGUCUGAUGAAGUUCGCUUCCGUUGUAGGGUAAUUGGUAAACCAGAUCCAGAGUGCCAAUGGUUUAAAAAUGGCAUUUUACUUGAGAAGUCAGAUCGGGUUUAUUGGUAUUGGCCUGAAGAUCAUGUCUGUGAAUUAGUAAUCAGAGAUGUCUUAGCUGAGGACUCUGCCAGUAUCAUGGUCAAAGCCAUUAACAUUGCCGGUGAGGCCUCAAGCCAUGCCUUUUUGUUGGUGCAAGCCAAGCAAGUUGUUUCUUUUACCCAAACACUGGAGGAUGCCUAUGCUAAAGAGAAAGACACAAUGGUAACCUUUGAAUGUGAGACAAAUGAGCCAUUUGUCAAAGUUAAAUGGAUGAAGAACAAUGCUGAAAUCUUUUCUGGAGACAAAUACAGGAUGCACUCAGACAGAAAGGUUCACUUUCUGUCUGUGCUAAUAAUCAACAUGCAAGAUGAUGCAGAGUACAGCUGUGCUGUAGUUGAUGAUGACCACAUAAGAACCACUGCCAGACUUUAUGUUGAAGGUGCACCACUGGAAAUUGUUAAAAAUCUUGAGAGCGUUGAAGUACCCGAGACAUAUUCUGGAGAGUUUGAGUGUGAACUGUCUCGUGAAGAUGCUGAAGGCACCUGGUAUUUUGAGAAUAAAGAAAUCACUCCAAGUCUAAAAUAUGUUGUAUCCUCUCGUCGUGGCCGACACACUUUGUCUGUAAAAGAUGUCAGAAAGGAAGACCAAGGAAAAUACACUUUUAAAGUGGGAGACCUGAAGACAAGUGCCACACUGAAGAUGAAAUUACGCCCUGUAACUCUGAUGCAAGGACUCUCUGACCUGACAAUUUGUGAGGGUGAUAUUGCCCAGUUGGAGGUGCGAUUCUCUCAGGAAAAUGUGGAGGGAACAUGGAUGAAAAAUGGCUUACCAAUCUCUGCCUCAGACAGAAUUCACAUUGUCAUUGACAAACUUGUCCACAAACUUCUAGUUGAAAAUGUCAAUAAGGAUGAUGCUGGAAUCUACUCAUUUGUUGUUCCUAUUCAAGACAUUUCUACAUCUGGAAAACUGACUGUGCAAUCAAUUGAAAUAAUUUCUCAUCUAAAGGACGUUCAUUCUAUUGAGGGUACAAAGGCAGUGCUAGAAGCUAAAAUCUCUGCCUCUGAUGUUGCUGCUGUUAAAUGGUACCAAAAUGACAAGCUUCUUGUGGCUAGUGAGAGAAUCCAGAUGGUUGCUAAAGGCACCAAACAGAGACUGGUCCUGAACAGGUCUUUUGGUUCUGAUGAAGGACAGUAUAAGAUGGCUGUGGGCAGAGUUGAAACCACUUGUAACCUGACAGUUGAGAAGGUCAGCAUCAUCAAGCACAUGGAGGACUGUGUGUGCACAGAAACUCAGAAUGUCACUUUUGAAGUUGAAUUAUCACACACUGGUAUAGAUGCUUAUUGGACCUUCAAGAAUCAGCCUCUCAAGGCUGGACCCAAAUACAAAAUCGAGUCCAAAGGAAAACACUACAGUCUGACCAUCAUCAAUGCCAUGAAGGACGAAGAGGGCCUGUAUGCAUUUGCAGCAGGAGAGAAGAUUUCCAGUGCAAAACUAACUGUGUCAGGUGGUGCUAUAAACAGACCACUCCACGAUGUGACCGUAGCAGAAUCCCAAACUGCUGUUAUGGAGUGUGAGGUUGCUAAUCCUACAUCUGAAGGCAAGUGGCUUAAGGAUGGCCAUUCUGUUGACUUCAGUGAUAUUGUCAGGAGUGAGGAUAUAGAUGCUGUCCGUCGGCUUAUUUUUGUUAUCACAAGACCACAGGAUAUUGGAGAGUACACAUACCAAGUGGCAAAUUCCAAGACAUCUGCCAACCUAAGGGUUGAAGCUGUGAAGAUCAAGAAGACACUGAAGAACCAAACAGUCACAGAAACCCAAGAGGCAGUGUUUAGCCUUGAACUCACCCAUUUAGAUGUGAAAGGAUCCCAGUGGAUCAAGAACGGAGUAGAAAUUGAACCCAGUGACAAAUAUGAGAUUACAGUAGAUGGAUUAGUUCACACUUUAAAGAUCAAGAACUGCAACUCUCAAGAUGAAUCAGUUUAUGGAUUCAAACUGGGAAAACUGUCUGCUAAUGCCAGACUGAAUGUCGAAACUGUCAAGAUUGUGAAAAAGCCAAAAGAUGUGACUUCUCUGGUAAAUGGAACUGCCUCUUUUGAGCUGAGUUUAUCUCAUGAUGACAUACCAGUUAAAUGGAUGUUCAAAAACCAAGAGCUGAAACCUAGUGCCAAUGUUCAGAUAAUGUCUGAAAGGAAGGCACAUAAGUUGGUUAUUCAGAAUGUUGAAGAAAGCAAUGAUGGAGAAUACACAGCCAUUGUUGGACAUUUACAAUGCAGUGCAUAUUUGCAUGUUGAAUCUUUGAGAGUCACAAAACCCCUAAAGAACCUUGAGGUUCCAGAGACCCAUGUGGCCACAUUUGAGUGUGAAGUUUCACACUUCAAUGUUCCUUCCACCUGGCUGAAAAAUGGAGUUGAGAUCGAGAUGAGUGAGAAGUUCAGAAUUGUGGUGCAGGGCAAACUUCAUCAGCUGAAGAUCAUGAAUACCAGCAGAGAUGAUUCUGCAGAAUACACCUUUGUGUGUGGAAAUGACAAAGUCUCUGCCACCUUGACAGUUAGCCCUGUGCUGAUUACAUCUAUGCUUAAAGACCUGAAUGCACAAGAGAAGGACACCAUCACAUUUGAGGUGACCGUCAACUAUGAAGGCAUCACUUACAAAUGGCUGAAGAAUGGAGUCGAAAUAAGAUCCAGUGAUAGAUGUCAAACUCGCACUAAACAGCUCUCUCAUUCCCUCACUAUUCGGAAUGUUCACUUUGGGGAUGUUGGAGACUACAAAUUUGUGGCCGGAUCUGCUGAAACAGCAGCAAAAUUGUUUGUUGAAGCUCGUGUCAUCGAGUUCACCAAGCACAUCAAGGACAUUAAAGUUACUGAGAAGAAGAAGGCCAUUUUUGAAUGCGAACUCUCUGAGCCUAAUGUCCAAGUAACAUGGAUGAAAGAUGGUCAGGAGCUUGAAUUAUCUGAGAGGUACAAGGUCUCCACAGAGAGACACGUGCAUCGUCUCAUGAUCCAAACUGUGCGCAUGUCUGAUGCUGGUGAAUACUCUGUGGUUGCUGGAUCCAGUGUAUCAAAGGCCAGCCUCACAGUUGAGGGCAAGGAUGUGCGCAUCAGUGAGCCUGCAGAAAAGGAAAUUACUGUUCUUGAGAAACAGAGAAGUACAUUUGAAUUCGAAGUCAAUGAGGAUGACAUUGAAGGUCGUUGGCUGAGAAAUGGAGUGGAGAUCCAGUUUUCUGUUGAUCAGCGCUUCAACUAUGCCAUCAUUAGAAAAAUUCACCGCUUGACAAUCACAGAAACAUACAGAAGUGACGCUGGAGAAUACACAUUCAUUGCUGGAAAGAACCGGAGUAUUGUGACCCUGCAUGUGAACAUCCCUGAGCCUCCUCAGAUCAUCAGGCACAUGCAGCCCCUGUCUGUUGAGGCUGGCAAACCUGCACGCUUCUCUGUGGAGGUGACUGGAAUUCCUCAGCCUCAAGUGUCUUGGUAUAAGAACUCUCAGGCCCUGUCCUCUGGAUUCAAGUGCAAGUUCCUGAGGGAGGGAAAUGAGCACACAUUGCUGCUCAUUGAAGUCUUCCCAGAAGAUGCAGCUCAGUAUAACUGUGAAGCUAAGAAUGACUAUGGAGUAGCCACAAGCUCAGCUUCACUUAAUGUUGAAGUUCCAGAAGUUGUUUCCCCUGACACUGGAGCACCACUGUCACCUCCCGUGGUCUUAACACCAAUACAAAAUACUUCUGCCAAUGAAGGACAAUCUGCUAGAUUCCAGUGCAGAGUCUCAGGGGAAGAUCUGACAAUAACAUGGUAUUGCAAAGACAAGGAGAUCAAGCAGUCAGACAUAUUCAGAGUGUCUCAGUUUGAUGAAAACUGUCAGCUGGAGAUCACCAGAGUUUAUCCUGAGGAUGAGGGCGAGUACACAUGUGUGGCCCGUAACUCGGCUGGAAUGGUCUCAUGUUCUGCUCUACUGAAAGUGGAUGUUACAAGAGUACGAGAGGAGAUUGAAGCAAAAAUUGAGGAAGAGGUCAAAGUGCCACCUGUUUUUAGGCAGAGAAUUCAGAAUCUGGAGGUGAAUGUUGGCAGUCCUGCAAAGUUCGAAUGUGAGAUUGAGGAGGCUCCUGGUGUGACCUUCAAGUGGUUCAAAUCUGGUACUGAGCUCAGGCACAGUGAAAAAUGCAGGAUUAUCAGCCGACACCACACAUCAUCUCUGGAGGUCUUUAGCCCGGCAGUCGCUGACAGUGGAGAAUAUACCUGCAAAGCUUCUAACCGCCAUGGAAGUGAUAGCUGCUCUGCUAAACUAACUGUGACAGAGCUUUUCCAACCAGAAUUUGUAUCAAAGCCUGAUUCGAUGACUUUAUUUGUUGGCAAGCAGGCAAAAUUUCAAUGUGUUAUUUCUGGUUCUGAACCAAUGAAUGUUGUCUGGCAUAAAGACAAUAUUGCCAUUUCACUUGAUGACCACUACAGAGAGUCCUCUGACAAGAACCGUUAUCUUCUUGAAAUUUUAAAUCUACAGCACAGUGAUCAAGGCACAUACCUGUGCAAAGCUUCAAACAGUGUCGGUACAGCAACAUGCUGCACUGAACUGAGGGUUGUAGAUAAACCCAACUUUGUGAAGAGCUUUAAGUCUACCACUGUUGCUGUGGGAAACCCACUACGUCUUGAGUGUCAGGUAGAUGAAGACACUGGUGUUUCCAUCGUUUGGAUGAGAGAUGGCAAGAAACUCCAUACUACAAUGGAUUGUAAACUAGCAUUUGAGGAGAAAAUAGCCUGUCUUGAUAUUCAGAAGUCCAAACUCAAAGAUACAGGCACAUAUACCUGCACUGCUGCCAAUGAAGCAGGAAGCAGCAGUUGCUCUUCUAGUGUGACAGUACAAGAACCUCCAGUCUUUGUUAAAAGGCUAGAACCUAAGAUCUUAUGGAAGCAAGGAAUGUCAUCACGUCUGUCAUGCACUGUCAAAGGAUCACCAGAACUCCACGUGACCUGGUUUUUAAAUGACAAACCACUAAACUCUUCAGAAAAACACAAGAUCACCUUCAAAACCAAUCAAGCCACUCUUGAAAUUAUUGACUUGUCUGAGUCUGACAGUGGAAAUUACACUUGUGAAGUGAUGAAUGAGGCUGGCUGUGAAAGCUGCAGCUCUCAAGUUACUGUAAAAGAACCACCUGCCUUUAAAAAGGAGCUGCGGAUGGUGGAAGUAGUCAAAGGGUGCACUGCCCAUCUUGAAUGUGAAAUGACAGGCACUGCUCCUUUUGAAAUAACCUGGUUUAAAGAUAAAAACCCAGUAUCAUCUGACACAAAGUACAAUAUUGUCUCAAAGGACACAGCUGCAUAUUUGGAAAUCAAAUUAUUUGAAAGUGCUGAUGUUGGAGAUUACCAGUGCUGCAUUUCCAAUGAUGUUGGUAAAAUAACUACAAAAGCAGUGGCCAAACUUAAAGACCCACCAUCCUUUGUAAAGAAGGUUGAGAACACCACAGCAGUUUUAGGCAGUGCUGUAAAACUGCAAGGAACAAUUAAGGGUUCUGCUCCUAUCACAGUUCAGUGGUUUAAAGAUACAGAGAUAGUCAGAGAUGAUGAUCCUAAUAUCACCACAACCUUUGAUAACAACAUUGCUAUUUUAGCAAUUUCCAAUGUGGCCAUUAACUAUGGUGGCAAAUAUACUUGUCAAGCUGAAAAUGAAGCUGGAAAACAAAAAUGUGAGGCCACUGUAUCAGUUCAAGAACCAGCUAGAUUUGUUGAGAAACCCCCAAGCAUCAGUGUGACUGCAGGUGACUCUGCAACUCUUGAGUGCAAAGUUUCAGGAAGUCCAGAUCUCAAAGUAAAAUGGUUUAAAGAUGGCAAAGAGAUGGCAGGGGGUCGAAAGUACAAAAUCUCUUUCAAAGACAAUGUGGCAGUCUUGAAAAUCCUCUCAGCAGAGAGAGGAGAUAGCAGUGAAUACAAAGUUGAAGUAUCCAAUCGAGUUGGAAAAGAGCAGUGUUCUUGUUCAAUCAAUGUUCUUGAUAAAAUAAUACCUCCAACUUUCACAAAAAUGCUUAAAAAGGUAGACGGUAAUGUUGGAGCUUGUAUUCAAAUGGAGUGCAAAGUGUCAGGAUCCCAGCCUAUAAAAAUAUCUUGGUUGAAAGAGGGAAAGGAUAUUACAACUGGAACAAAAUAUCAAACUGAAAUGCAGGAAAGCACUUCCUUACUGAAAAUAACAAAUUUAGAAACUUCAGAUGCUGGGGUUUACACAUGCCAUGCAACUAAUGCUGCGGGACACAGUGAAACAAGUGGAACUAUUUCUGUUAAAGAACCCCCAGUCUUCUCUUUGAAACCUCAAAGCCAAGAUGUUAUACCUGGAACUACAGUCGUUCUAACAGCUGCAUUCACUGGAACAGCACCUUUUAUGAUUAAGUGGUUCAGAGAAGACAAAGAAAUGUUAACUGGAGGAACUUGUUUCAUCAAGAAAGAAACCAACUCAAGUUCACUGGAACUGCACGCUCUGAAGCCAUCUCAGUCUGCAAAAUACACUUGCCAAGUUUCUAACGAUGCUGGAAAGGUCUCAUGCACAGCUGCCUUGUUUGUGAAAGAACCUCCUAAAUUUGUGAUGAAACUUGACUUGACUAAACUUGUACUGAAUGGGAGUUUUGCAACUUUGGAAUGUAAAGUGACUGGCAGCCCAGAGAUCAGUAUUAGAUGGUAUAAGAAUGAGACUGAAAUUAGCUCAGAUGAUAAAUACCAAAUGGCCUUCACCGACUCAGUUGCUACACUAAGGAUUUCCAGUUGCUGUGUUGAAGACAGUGGAGAUUAUAUAUGCCAAGCAUCAAGUGAUGCUGGCAGUGAUAGAUGCAGUUGCUUGGUUACAGUCAAAGAACCUCCCGAAUUUGUGAAACCUUUUGAAUCCAAAGAAAUUGUUAAAGGCACAGAUGUUGUGCUGGAAGGAACUGUUUCAGGCUCAGCUCCUCUUGAGAUUUCCUGUUUCAAAGACUCAAAGCAGAUCCGAAAUGAUAGAAGGCACAUCAUAAGCCUGACAAAAGAUGUUGCAGCCCUUCAGAUUCUGAAAUUUGAACCAGGAGAUGUUGGAAAAUAUCAAUGCACUGUAGGGAAUGAAGUAGGGCAGACCUCCUGUGACUUUCUUGUUACAAUGAAAGAGCCACCGUCAUUUGUGCAGAAGAUGGAUAAUACAAAUGUCCUCCUUGCCAAGGAUGUGUCUUUGCAGUGUGUAUUGAAAGGGUCAAUGCCCAUGACCAUCUCUUGGAUGAAAGAUGACCAUGAGAUCAAAGAAUCUGAACAUGUUCAGAUAUCUUUUGAGAAUCAGACUGCAGUGAUAUACAUUUCUUGUGUGCAUUUAAAACAUGGUGGAAAGUAUACUUGCCAUGCUCAGAAUGAAGCUGGUAGUCAGAAAUGUACUGCAGUAUUGAUGGUAAAAGAGCCUGCAAACAUCACAGAGCAAGCCAAGUCUGUCAGUGUUACUGUACGCGAUCCUGCUACUCUAGAGUGCAGGUAUUCUGGUACUAAAGUUCUUAAAGCUAAAUGGCUCAAAAAUGGCAGUGAGCUGACAUCAGGUAGAAAAUACAAAAUACAGAGCACUGAUACAAGCUCCAUAUUAAAAAUUCUUUCGGCGGAGAAGAGUGAUGCUGGAGAAUAUACCUUUGAGGUUUCAAAUGAUGCUGGAAGGAGCAGUUGUGAGGCCAUUGUGACUGUUUUAGAUCAAAUAAUCAAGCCUUCUUUCACAAGAAAAUUGAAGGAAAUGGAGAGUAUAAAAGGAUCUUUCACACAGCUGGAGUGUCUGGUAUCUGGGUCUCUUCCUAUAAAUGUCACUUGGUUCAAGGAAAAUAAGGAGAUAGAGACUGAUGAAAAGCACAAAUGCAUUUUCUUUGAGAAUGCAGCAUCUCUGGAAAUCAGUCGUCUUGAUAGUUCAGACAGUGGCAAUUAUACUUGUAUUGCUAAAAACCAAGCAGGCUCUGAUCAGUGUUCGGGCACACUGAAAGUCAAAGAACCUCCAUCAAUCAUUGAGAAGCCAGAAUCACAAGAUGUUAUACCAGGAUCCAGAGUUCAGUUUAAUGUGCUUUUGUCUGGAACACCACCACUGACCAUUAACUGGUUUAAAGAUAAGAAAGAAGUUUCAUCAGGAAUUGACUGUUCAGUUCAGAAAAAUGACACGUCUAGCUCUAUAGAGCUCUUUUUUGCUAAGCCUUCAGACUCAGGACAGUAUGUCUGUGAAGUUAGUAAUGACGUUGGAUCCGAUUCUUGCCAAGCAACUCUCUUCGUGAAAGAACCUCCUAAAUUUACUCGCAAGCCUGAAAAAAUAACAGUGGUGAAACCAAGCCAACUGGUAGUUUUUGAAUGCCAGAUUACAGGCACUCCGGAGAUAGACACAUACUGGUUCAAAGAUGGGAAUGAAAUAAGUCCAAAUGACAAGUAUAAAAUGACUUUUGUCGAUUCUCUUGCACGGCUUGAGAUAAUUAGCAGUGAUAUCAAAGACAGUGGUGUGUACUACUGUGAAGCUCGCAAUGAGGCAGGCAGUGAGAGUUGUAGUAUGGAGCUAAGAGUAAAAGAGCCACCAGUUCUUGUCAAGCCAUUGAGUCCUCUUGAGGUUGUUAAUGGCUCAAAUGCAUAUUUUGAAUGUCUGGUAAAAGGCACAGCUCCUUUUGAAGUAACCUGGCAAAAAGAUUCAAAGGACAUCAAAUCGAGCCUUAAGCAUGUGAUUUUGCAGAAAAAUGGCUCCAUAAUGACUCUGGAUGUACAGAAGUGUGAUGCUUUAGAUGUUGGAGAAUAUCAGUGCAUUGUUGCAAAUGAAGUUGGAAGUUGUUCAAGUCAGAGUACACUCAGCAUAAAAGAGCCCCCAUCAUUUGUGGAGAGAAUUGAGAAUGUUGUCACAGUUCUUGGAAAAGCGGUUGAGUUUAAAUGUGUUGUAAGAGGAUCUCCACCUCUGUCCAUACAAUGGCAGAAAGAUGAGAGCUGGAUCUUGGAGGAUCCCUCAAUUCAGAGGACUUUUGAGAACAAUAUUGCUACUUUGACAAUCCCUGUGUGUGAGUCCAUCCACAGUGGAAAAUACACAUGUCAGGCUAUGAACGAGGCAGGGCAAGAGAAGUGUUUUUCUACCCUGGUAGUGCAAGAGCCACCUCAGAUCAUUGAAAAGCCUGAGGUGAUUAAUGUCACUGCCGGAGAUCCAGUAAGUUUUGAGUGCAAAGUUGCAGGCACUCCUGAGCUGAAAGUAAAAUGGAGUAAAGAUGGCAAGGAAGUGAUCCCUUCAAGACAGCACAGCCUCAGCUACAUCAAUAAUGUCAGCCAACUUAAACUUUUGUCAGUCCAACUAGAAGACAAAGGGACUUAUGUGUUUGAGGUCUCCAAUCACAUCAGCGCCUGCCAGUGUAAAGUGACACUAAAUGUGCUAGAGCAAAUAAUCCCCCCAUCCUUCAUCAAACCUUUGAUGGAGAUGGAGGAAAUACUUGGUUCAAAUGUGCAAAUUGGAUGUAAAAUAUCAGGUUCACUCCCCAUAACUGUGGAGUGGGUAAAGGAUGGAACUAAACUGUCAGGAAGAACCAAGCAUAAAAUUCUUCAGGAUGAAAACAGCGUGUCUUUGGAUAUAGAGUGCUUAGAGAAAGCUGACACUGGAACUUAUACUUGCAAACUUGCAAACAAAGCAGGCAGUUGUGAAUGCAGUGGUACACUGAGGGUGAAAGAGCCACCAAGCUUUGUGCUGGUUCCAGAACCACAGGCUGUCAUACCAAAUACCACUGUUCGCUUUAAGAGUGCUUUUAAGGGAACACCUCCAUUCACAGUGAAAUGGUUCAAAGAUGAUACUGAGUUGAUUUGCGGACCUUCCUGUUUUACUGGCCUGGAGGGCCUCUCAUGCUUUCUAGAUCUUUUUGCCAUUGGAAUAUCACACAGUGGAACUUACUCUUGUCAGAUAAGCAAUGAUGCUGGUACUGCAAAAUGCACCACAACCUUGUUGGUAAAAGAACCUCCAGAGUUUGUACAGAAACUGCCAGCUGCAAAAGUCGUAAAAAUGGGGGAGCCGCUGCAGCUUGAAUGCAAAGUUACUGGGACAGCUCCUCUGAAAAUAAGCUGGUACAAAAAUGAUGCCAUACUCACUGAUGGUGGCAACUUGAGAAUGACUUUCGAUAACUCUGUGGCAGUCCUUGAAAUUUUCACAUCAAGCUUCGAGGAUAAUGGAGUCUAUACAUGUGAAGCACAAAAUGAUGCUGGGACUAAGAGUUGUAGUACAGCUCUCACAGUCAAAGAACCACCAAGUUUCUACAAAGUGCCAACACCAGUUGAGGGACUGAAAGGCAAAGAUGCCAGUCUUAACUGUGAGCUGAAAGGCUCCGCACCAUUUGAGAUAACGUGGUUUAAAGAUAAAAAACAGUUAAAGGAGAGCAGGAAGUAUAAAUUUGUUUCUGAGGGAUGUUCAGCAACUCUCCACAUCCUCGGACUGGAAGCAUCAGAUGCUGGGGAAUAUGAGUGCAAAGCAACAAAUAAUGUUGGAAGUGAUUUGUGCCAAGGCUCUGUAAAGCUACGAGAACCCCCUGCAUUUGUGAAGAAAUUAUCCAAUACGACAGCCAUCUCUGGUGAGGAGGUGGUUUUGCUGACAACAGUCAAAGGCUCUCAGCCUAUGACUGUAUCUUGGGUUCAGGAUAAAGACCACAUACUCAGAGAUGGUGACAACAGAAAAAUCACAUUUGAGAAUAAUGAGGUCACCUUGAAGGUCUUUAAAGCUGAUUCUACCACUGCUGGAAAGUAUACAUGUCAGCUAAAAAAUGAUGCUGGAGUAGCUGAAUGCACAGCAAACCUAACAGUCUUAGAACCUGCAGCAAUUGUGGAUAAGACCGAUUCAAUCAGUGUAACUGCUGGUGAAGCCGCAGCCUUAGAAUGCACUGUAUCUGGAACUCCAGAACUUAAACCAAAAUGGUUCAAGGAUGGUGUGGAGCUGUCUUCAGGCAAAAAAUACAAAAUUACCUUUUCAAAAAUGAUUUCCAGUCUUAAGUUAUUGUCAACAGAGAGGAGUGAUACUGGUGAAUACACUUUCAGUAUCAAAAAUGAAGUUGGCAGUGACAGCUGUGCAAUGCAGCUCACUGUUUUGGACAAAAUUGUCCCUCCUUUGUUCUCACGAAAACUGAAAGAUACACAGAGUAUUGUUGGAAAAGCUAUGGAAUUGGACUGUAAAGCUUCAGGGUCUGCACCUCUCACCAUCUCGUGGUUUCACAAUGAAGUGGAGAUCAUGAGUGGACCAAAUUAUGAGAUUGCUUUCACUGAAAAUACCUGCACUCUGAAAGUGCCAACUCUGAAGCUUUCAGACUCGGGCACAUACAAAUGUAAAGCAGUGAACAGUGCAGGAGCAGCAGAGACGUCUGCUUCCUUAGUUGUUAAAGAACCACCCUCUUUUGUGACAACACCUCAACCAGUGGAAGCCCUCCCAGGCACAAAUGUUACCUUUACAGCAACUGUUCAAGGAAGUACCCCAAUGAAACUGAAAUGGUUUAGAGGCAGUAAGGAAAUAGUGCCUGGAAGAAGCUGUGAGAUUGCAUUAAAAGGAGAUACUGCAGUUCUGGAGCUCUACAACAUUGACAAAUCUCAUGCUGGCGAGUACACUUGCCAGAUAAUCAAUGAUGCAGGGAAGGAAAACUGCCCUGUGAAUCUUUUUGUUAAAGAGGCUGCACACUUUGUCAAGAAGCUAAAGAACCUCUCAGUUGAAAUGGGCAAGUCACUGAUACUUGAAUGCACAUAUGCGGGGAGCCCAAAGAUUCUUGUGAAAUGGCAUAAAGAUGGCCAGGAGAUUUACUCCUCAUACAAGUACAACAUUACGACCACAGAGAGCUCCUGCAUACUGGAAUGUCUAAACAGCGAUAAAGAGGCUGCGGGGAAAUACACUUGUGAGGUUUCCAAUGAUGCUGGACACGACACUUGUGAAGCAGCAGUGUCCAUAUUAGAACCACCUUUCUUUAUUGAGAGUUUGGAGCCUAUGGAGGUCACUGCUGGGGAUGCAGUUUGCCUGAAGUGCCAGAUCGGUGGCACUCCUGAAAUUAAAGUAUCAUGGUUUAAGGCAGAUGGCAAAGUUCGUUCUUCUCCAACCUGCAAGAUGGAGUUCUUCAAAGGCACCGCCUGCCUAAAACUAGCUAAGGUUGCUAAAUCGGACAUUGGUGAAUACACAUGUAAGGCAGAAAACAGCAUAGGAUCUGCCACUUCCAGCUGCCACUUAACUGUACAAGAUGUGAAAACACCACCGUCUUUCCCCAAAAAGAUUACUAGCAUAAUGCAAAUUGAAGGACAGCCUGUCCAGUUUGAGUGUCGUGUUGCAGGAUCCUCUCCUAUGGAGGUCUCUUGGCUAAAAGAUGGUGAAGCUCUUAGGAGCGGCUCAGAAUACACAAUGUCUUUUGACGAUAACUCUGCUGUCCUAAACAUAGCCAAGGGUGAAAUGAGACAUUCUGGAGAAUACACUUGCGUUGCAACCAAUAGUGUUGGAAGUGCUUCUUGUAGAGCCAAACUUACACUUCAAGAGCCAAGAUAUCCACCUUUGUUUGAUAAAAAGCUUGUACCUGUGGACGUGUCAGUGGGCGAUACUGUCGAACUGGAAUGCCAUAUGACAGGAUCAAUGCCAAUAAAAGUCACUUGGUCCAAGGAUCACAAAGACAUCCGUACAGGGGGCAAUUAUAAGAUAUCCUGUGUGGAGAACACCCCCCAUUUGACUAUUUUGAAGGCUGAUAAGGCAGACUCUGGUCGGUAUUCGUGCCAAGCUAGUAAUGAUGUUGGAAAGGACACUUGUUCCACUGAGGUUUCUGUGAAAGAACGCAAAAUUCCACCUAGUUUUACCAAAAAGCCUUCAACAACUGUUGAGGACAUUGAGGGCAAAGUGGUGAAGAUCGAGAGCCGUGUAGCUGGAUCACAACCCCUGACUGUCAACUGGUAUAAAGAUGGGAGAGAAAUCUUCACUUCUGACUUUUAUGAUGUAACCUUCAAGAGCAGCCUGGCUGUCCUGUGCAUCAAAAAAUCUCAGCUGUCAGAUAGUGGCACAUAUAUGUGCAAAGCCACCAAUGAAGCUGGCACUGCCUCUUUUGAAGUGUCUGUUCACAUUACAGCACAAAAGGUUCCACCAAGCUUUGACUUGCCUCUUAAACCUGUGACUGUGAAUGAUGGUGAGACACUUACUCUCAGCUGCCAUGUACGUGGAUCUCCUCCUCUAAAGAUUCAGUGGAUGAAGGACAGGCGGGAGCUUUCUUCGUCUGCAAACACAAAGAUCACAUUUGUUGAUGGUACUGCCACAUUGGAGAUGACCCGUGUGUCUAAAACAGAUACUGGGGAUUAUCUUUGCAAAGCAACCAAUGAAGUUGGUAGUGAGUUCUGCAAGUCUAAAGUCACAAUCAAAGAGAAACCAGGUGCUCCUGCUCCAGCACAGGCGGCACCAUCACCACCACAGGAAGUUAAGAAAUUUGACAACUUGUUCUUCAUUGAGGUGCCAAAGAGUGUCCAUAUUGUUGAGAAGGGUACAGCUACCUUCAUUGCUAAAGUCGGUGGUGAUCCCAUUCCCAAUGUGAAAUGGAUGAAGGGAAAAUGGAGGCAGAUGACUCACGGUGGCCGCAUCAGUAUUGAACAAAAGGGCCAAGAAGCCAAGAUGGAGAUCAAAGAAGUGACCAAAUCUGACUCUGGCCAGUACAGAUGUGUCGCCUCCAACAAACAUGGAGAAAUUGAGUGCAGCACUGACUUGAAUGUUGAUGAGAAGAAAGAGACGACUGUAGAAAUGGUCAAACUGAAGAAGACACCAUCUAAGCAGAAAAGCCCUAAAGAGGAAAAGGAUAUUGACAUUGUUGAGUUGCUUAGGAAUGUUGAUCCCAAGGAGUAUGAGAAAUAUGCUCGCAUGUAUGGCAUCACAGAUUUCCGGGGUCUUCUUCAAGCUAUUGAGUUUUUGAAGAAGGAAAAAGAACUAGAAAGUGGAAGACCGGAAGGGGAAAUUGUUGCAAGAGAGUCUGAAGAGGAUUUGGCUAAACUUGUUGCUGAUUUGCAAAAGAGGAUGGAACAAACUGAGCCUGUCACUGUGGCACGUGACAUCACAGACCAGACAACUACAGUAAAGAAGGAAGCUGUGUUUGAAUGUGAGAUCAAGAUUAACUACCCCGAAAUCACUCUGUCCUGGUACAAAGGAACACAAAAACUUGACAGUGGCGACAAGUAUGACAUCAAAAUUGUGGGUGAUCGUCACAUCUUAAAAAUCAAGGACUGCCAGACAAGAGAUGAGGGCAAUUAUCGUAUUGUGUGUGGGCCACAUAUCUCCAGUGCCAAACUGACAGUGUUGGAAGCUGAGGUGGAAAAGCCUAUGCAGGAUGUAGCUGGUAAGGAAGGCCAGACAUGUACACUGACUUGCCAGUUGUCUGUACCUAAUGUAAAAACCCAGUGGUUUAGAAAUGGGAAACUUUUAGAGCCUCACAGCAGAUAUACAUGUGCUGUGGCCAAUUACACUCAGAAGCUCUCAAUCAAAGAUGUUAGGCCAGAAGAUCAAGGAGAAUAUACCUGCAAAUAUAAAAAUCUUGAAACGACUGCCAAUCUUUGGAUCGAAGCUGAGCAAAUACAUUUCACCAAACGCAUCCAGAACAUUGUGGUGCGAGAACAUCAGUCCGCCACUUUUGAGUGUGAGGUGUCUUUCGACAAUGCAGUUGUAACAUGGUAUAAGGACACUUGGGAGCUUAAAGAGAGCCCCAAAUAUACAUUCCGAAGUGAAGGGCGACGCCACUUCAUGAUCAUCCGCAAUGUUUCCUCUGCCGAUGAAGGCGUGUACUCGGUCAUUGUCAGAUUGGAGCCCAGGGGUGAGGCUAAAAGUACAGCUGAGCUUUACCUGUCAGGCAAAGAAAUUGAAAUAGAAAGGGUACCUUAUGACAUCCCAGAUACAUCAAUACAAGUGCCUGAGGCAGCUACAUUAACCAUUGAAGCGGAGUCUUCUAUGGAGUACUAUCAUUAUGAGGAAAAAAUGGAAACGCAAGAGUAUGUGAGCUGGGCAGAGGAGAGUGUUGUAGAGGAAAUAUCAUACACAGCUCCAAGGGUCCCGAUCGAAGAGUCUGUCACUAGAAAAACCAUGGGAAUGAGAGAGGAGGCUCGAACUACAGAAUUCGAGGAACCUGAACCAUCUAAGCCAGUGGAGCUAAUACCUGAAGUACCUGAGAAAGCCAAAAUGCCUGUGGAAGAAAUAGUUACUGCAGUUACAGUGCCAGAGCCAAUUGAACGCCCCUCAGCAAAAGUGCCACAGCCACCUGUGGCUCCAGCACCUAAACCUGAAGAGCCUAAAGCUGUACCAGUAGCUGAGCCCAAACCAGAACCAAAGCCUAAACCUGAAAUUAAGCCAGAGCCUAAGCCUACGCCGGUGAAGAAACCCGAGCCACCUCCAACCAAAGUUCUUGAAGAGGAAACGAAGCCAAAAACACCCAUUCAAGAACCGCCAAAGAAAGUGCCAGCUAAACCUGAGGAAGCCAUUGCGGUUCCAACUGAAGAACCUCCAAAGAAAGUUCUUGUAGAAGAAAAGAAACCAAAACCACCAGUUCAAGAACCACCAAAGACAUUGCCUACUAAACCCGAUGAAGCCAUUGCUGUUCCAAUUGAAGUACCUCCAAAGAAAGUUCUUGUGGAGGAAAAGAAACCAAAACCACCAAUUCAAGAACCCGCAAAGAAAUUGACAGCUAAGCCUGAUGAAACCAUUGCAGUUCCCAUUGAAGUACCUCCAAAGAAAGUACUUGUGGAUGAAAAGAAACCAAAACCAACCAUUCAAGAACCACCAAAGAAAUUGCCAGCUAAGCCUGAAGAAGCCAUUGCAGUUCCCAUUGAAGAACCGCCAAAAAAAGUUCUUGUGGAUGAAAAGAAACCAAAACCAACUAUUCAAGAACCACCAAAGAUAUUGCCAGCUAAGCCUGAUGAACCCAUUGCAGUUCCCAUUGAAGAAUCUCCAAAGAAAGUUCUUGUGGAGGAAAAGAAACCAAAACCACCAAUUCAAGAACCAUCAAAGAAAUUAUCAGCUAAGCCUGAUGAAACCAUUGCAGUUCCAACUGAAGAGCCUCCAAAGAAAGUUCUUGUGGAGGAAAAGAAACCAAAACCAGCAAUACAAGAACCACCAAAAAAAGUGUCAGCGAAACCUGAACAAGUCUUCACAGUAGAAGAACCUCCGAAAAAAGUGGCAGAACCAGAGAGGAAACCGUCACCUGAAAAGAUACCAGAGAAACCUGUUUCUGUGAAAGAAGUUGCACCCCCAAAAGUUGAAAAGAAACCAUCUCCAGAACCUGAAAGAAAGAAAGAACCUUUGCCAGUGCCUCAGGCAAAGACUGUUUCACCAGAAGUUAAAGAGGUCGAUAAGAAAGCUGAAGAUAAACUCGUCUCAAAGCCCAAGGAAGAGAAGAUAAUUCCAACAAAAGUACCUACACCUAAAGAACCAGAGAAACCAAAACCUGCUUCAAAAGAAGAACCAGUACCAAUUGUCGAACCAGUGGAAGAUGGUGAGAAGGAACCAGUUUCUGCACCUGGAGCAGUGAAGAAAGGCAAAGUUCUUAAAAUCAAGCAAGAAGAAGGACGAUUUGAAAUUCCCACAUUGAAGAAAGCUAAAAGGUUAUCUAAAGAUAAAGACGAAGAUCAAGAAAUGUUAAAACUGAAAAAAGUUCUCAAACCAGAAGAAGAGGAAUAUAAGGAAAGUCCAAAAGUGUAUGCCGAGGCUCGCAGAGAAGUUAUGAUAACUGAAAGUUAUGAGGCAGAAAUGCAUUUUGAGACUUAUGAAACUACCAAGAGGGAUGUGAAAAUUCAGCCUGAGGUUGACAAAAAGAGAUCUGCUGAACCUGACCGAGCACCACCUGAGAUAAAACCAGAAAGUGAAGUAGAAGACAAAGCAAAGAAAACAACAGUCGCAAGGGUUCCAAAAAAAAAUACACCAGAGGAGCCUGGCUUAGCACUAAAAAAGGUUAAAAAGUUACCAUUAGACACAGAAGAACCUGAACCUGUCAAAUUAAAGCCGUUUGAAAAACCUGUGAAACCGCAUCCUGAAACCCAGAAAGACACCAAAAAAGAUGAAAAAGGAAGAGAACCUGCAACUUUUGACAGAAGUAGGGAACCAAUUACUUUUCAGAAAGGAGAGCGGCCUGAAAAGGAUGAGAAGACAAAAGAACCAGAUGUGCCUGUGAAAAAAGAAAAGCCUUCUAUUCCUGACAAAAAGGAGCCAGAUGAAGUUGCUGUUAAAGUUGUAACCAGACCUGCAAAAGAUGAAGUCCCCACAGAGCCUAAAGAGAAAUUACUUAAGGGUAAAGGAAAAAUUCCAUCUAAAGACCAAGAGCCUGAGAAGGUUCAACUAAAACCCUUUGCGAAGAAACCUUCAGCUGGAUCACCAAAAGAAAAGGAGGCCCCAGAGCCAAAAGACAAAAAACCAAUUGAGUUGUCACCACUUAGUAGGGCACCAAAAGAUGAAAUUAAUAAAGAGCCAAGUAUUCCUACCAAAAGAGUUGACAGUCAAGAAACUCCAGACAAAACUAAAGAGGUUGAGAAGAUUCCAACUCCAGUCCCUGUAGAAGACAAAACGACACCUCCUAAAAAGGUUACCCCGAUAAAGAAGAUUGCACCCAAGGAAGAUGAGAAGAAGCCUAUUGUCAUCAAAAAAGGUGUUUUACCCAAGGAGGCUGAGGAGAAAGAAGAAAUAAAACUAAAACCAGUUGAACGUACAAAGAGUGGAAUAGAGCCUGAAAAGAUUCCUUCACCCAAGGUUGAGAAAACAAAGCCAUCAGAAUCAGUUCCUGUGCAGAGGAAGCCUAGUGAGGUUUUAACAAAAACACCAAAGACAAUUUCACCGAAAGACUCAACUGAAGCUGUUCUCUUGAAAAAAGUACCGCAUAAGAUUUCACCCAAGCAGGAAAAAUCUGAGGAAACUCCUCAUAUUUCUGAAGAAGACAAGAUACCAGUUCUGAAGGAGCUAUCUCCGGGAGCUGUAGAGUUAAGAAAAGUCUCAACUCAGUUUGAGGAAGAAGUGUUUGAAGAAGAGUUUGAAUAUGAAGCUGAAUAUGAAGAUGAAGAAGAAGAAGCAUGGGGAUGGGAGCUUGCUUCUCGAGACAGUUAUGGCUCAGAGGGCUCUGAAGAACAAUAUUUGGAGGAAGGUGCACUUGAGACUCCUGGGAUGCCAAGGGGUAGACGAGAGGGAAAGCCCAAAGAGGAAGCUGGAAGAGGCAGAGGCUUGAAACCAAAACAAACUCCUUCUCCUGGUGAAGGUGGAAAGGGUAGAGGGCUAAAGCCUGGCGCUGGUGGUGACAAACCUCCAGGAGAUUCACCAUUUGGUUUCCAGCUCAAAGCCGUCCCCUUGAAGUUUGUGAAGGAGCUCAAAGAUAUUGUGUUGCAGGAGGCUGAGUCGAUUGGCUCCUCUGCUGUAUUUGAGUGCCAGAUCUCUCCAUCUACUGCUAUCACCACCUGGAUGAAAGACGGAAGCAAUCUAAGGGAGAGUCCAAAGCACAAAUUCACAUCUGAUGGCAAAGAUCGCAAGCUGCAAAUCAUUGAUGUACAGCUUUCAGACACUGGAGAGUACACGUGUGUGGCAAAGCUUGGCAACAAGGAGAAGACCUCAACUGCUAAACUUAUUGUUGAAGAGUUACCAGUGAAAUUCACAAAGACUCUGGAGGAGGAAAUGUCUGUGAUUAAGGGACAGCCGAUGUACUUAACCUGUGAGUUGAGCAAGGACAGGGAUGUGGUUUGGAAGAAGAAUGGAAAAGAGCUCAAGCAAAUUGCUGGCAAAGUUCAAGUCAAUGUUAUUGGACUACAGCGAUCUGCAACGAUCCAGGACACCAAUGAUGAUGAUGCUGGUGUUUAUACUUGCGAGUGCGAAGACAUCAAGACCCAAGCCAACGUCAAAAUUAUAGAAAUAAUCAGAGAUUGGUUGACAAAACCUUUGAGGGACCAGCAUGUGAAACCAAAAGCUACCGCCACAUUCAAGUGUGAACUCUACAAGGACACUCCCAACUGGAAGUGGUUCAAGGGAGAUGAAGAAAUUCCCACUGACCCUACGAACAAGACUGAUGUGAAAAAAGAUGGCAAAGAGAUCACCCUUACAGUCAAAAAUGCUCAACCUGAUGACAUUGGAGAGUAUGCCAUAGAAGUUGAGGGCCGCAGAUAUACAGCAAAACUCACUCUCGGAGAGCGUGAAGCUGAGAUCCUGAAGCCACUUGCUAGCGUGGAGGUGGUUGAGAAAGGAGAAGCCAACUUUGAUACUGAAAUUUCUGAAGAUGAUAUUCCUGGAGAAUGGAAACUUAGAGGGCAGGUUCUGACAAGAUCACCGACAUGUGAUAUCAGAGCUGAGGGAAAUAAAAGAUUCCUUACUUUGAAAAAUGUUCAGCUUGACCAGGCUGGAGAGGUUUCUUACCAAGCUUUGAAUGCCAUGACCAGUGCAAUGCUAACAGUCAAAGAAAUUGAAAUGGACUUCACAGUCCCAUUGAGGGAUGUUACUGUGCAUGAAAAGAAACAGGCAAAGUUUGAGUGCACGAUCACGAAAGAUGUGCCAAAAGUAUUGUGGUUGAGAGGAUCUGAUAUUGUAACAUCAGACCAAAAAUAUGAUAUCAUUGAUGAUGGAAAGAAGCACAUGUUGGUCAUAAACCACUGUGAAUUUGAGGAUGAGGGAGAAUAUACUAUUGAGGUGUUGGGUAAAACAUCAACAGCCAAACUGACAGUUGAGGGCAUGCGGCUGAAAUUCGUCUCACCAAUAUCGGAUCAAACUGUAAAGGAAGGUAAAACGGCUCGGUUUGAGCUUGAACUAUCUCAUGACAAUGUACCGGUGACAUGGUACAAAAAUGAAACAAAACUGCAUCCGAGCAGAACUGUACUUACGCUUGCUGAUGGAAAGAAACAUAUAUUAGAAAUCAAGGAUGUCACACUAGAUGAUACUUGCCAAAUAAAAGCAGAAGCUAAAGGAAUAUCGACAACAGCAAACUUGACGGUGCUAGAGGGAGAUGCCUACUUCACAGUUAAACUACAAGAUUACACUGCAGUUGAGAAAGAUGAAGUCAAUCUUGACUGCGAGUUAAGCAAAGACGUACCCGUGAAGUGGUUCCACAAUGAGACUGAAAUUAAAGCCUCCAAGAUGGUUGCCAUGAAAGUUGAAGGAAAACGUAGAAUCCUAAACAUCAAGAAGGUUGAGGACAAAGACAAAGGUUUAUUUGUUUGCGACUGUGGAACAGACAAGACUUCAUCCACACUGAACAUUGAAGCCCGUGACAUCAAAGUGGUGCGACCAAUGUAUGGUGUUGAGCUCUUCGAUGGUGAGACGGCCCGUUUCGAAGUGGAAAUUUCUGAAGAUGAUGUCCAUGGCCAAUGGAAACUGCAAGGAGAAGUUCUCUCUCCAUCACCUGAUGUUGAAAUCAUUGAAGAUGGUGCCAAACACACCUUAACUUUGUACAACUGCAAAGUGCCUCAGUCUGGAGAGGUUUCCUUCCAGGGUGCCAAUGCAAAGUGUUCUGCAAAUCUAAAAGUGAAAGAGCUUCCAAUUUCAUUUGUAACACCUUUGGCUGAUGUGCAUGUAUAUGAGAAAGAUGAAGCACGGUUUGAGUGUGAGAUCUCAAGACAACCGAAGAGCUUCCGCUGGAUGAAAGGAUCUCAAGAGAUUAAGACUGAUGAUAAAUUUGAAGUGCUUCAGGAGGGCAAGAGACACAUUCUGGUAGUUAAAGCUGCUGCCUAUGAAGACGAGGCAAAGUACAUGUUUGAAGCUGAGGACAACAGAACAUCUGCCAAACUUGUUAUCCAGGGCAUUCGUCUGGAGUUUGUCAGACCCAUUAAAGAUGUCACCGUUAAAGAGCGUGAAACUGCAGAGUUCAGCAUUGAACUCUCCCAUGAGAAGGUUCAAGUCACCUGGUAUAAAAACGAUGUUCGUCUGCAUCCAAGCAAAGUGGUGCACAUGUCUGAGGAUGGCAAGAUUCAUACUCUGUCCUUCAAAGAGGUGUCUAUUGACGACACAUCUCUUAUUAAAGUUGAGGCUCUUGGAAAAACCUGUGAGGCAAUGCUCACUGUACUUGAGGGAGAACCUUACUUUACCACCAAGUUGCAGGAUUACACUGCAGUCGAGAAGGAUGAGGUUGUCCUGAUGUGUGAAGUGAGCAAAUCAUCUGCUCAAGUGAAAUGGUUCAAAGAUGGCAACGAGAUCACUCCCUCUAAGAACGUCCUCAUCAAGGCUGAUGGAAAGAAGCGUAUCCUGACAGUAAAGAAGGCAGAAAAGGGAAACAUUGGCGAAUAUGUAUGUGACUGUGGCUCUGACAAAACCGCAGCCAGACUUAACAUUGAAGAACGUGACAUUAAGAUUGUGCGUCCACUGUACAGUGUGGAGGUCACAGAGACAGAGACUGCUCGCUUUGAAACUGAAAUCUCUGAGGAAGAUGUUCAUGGUCACUGGAAACUCAAAGGAGACGCCCUGCACCAGUCACCUGACUGUGAAAUUAAGGAGGAAGGCACCAAACACAUGCUUAUCCUUUACAAUGUUCGCAUGGACAUGGCUGGUGCUGUGGACUUCAGUGCUGCUAAUGCUAAAUCCAAAGCUCAGCUCAGAGUUAAAGCACGAGUGAUAGGCCUCUUGAGGCCUCUCAAGGAUGUAACAGUGACAGCGGGAGAAACUGCAACCUUUGACUGCGAACUGUCUUAUGAGGGCAUACCUGUGGAAUGGUUCCUAGGGGGUACAAAGCUGGAACCAAGUGACAGAGUGGUGACCCGGGCUGAAGGCAAAUCUCACACGCUAACCCUUAGGGAUGUGAAGCUGACAGAGGCAGGGGAAGUAAAACUCACUGCCAAAGACUUCCUGACACAGGCUCAGCUCAUUGUAAAUGAACCACCAGUUGAAUUCACCAAACCUCUGGAGGACCAGACUGUAGAAGAGGAAGCUACUGCUGAAUUAGAGUGUGAAGUCUCCAAAGAGAAAGCAGAGGUCAAGUGGUUUAGAGAUGGACAAGAAAUUCGCAAAACCAAAAAGUAUGACAUGAUCGCUGAUGGCUGUAAAAGAAAACUAGUUAUCCAUGACUGCACACUUGAUGACUCAAAGACAUAUACCUGUGAUGCUAAGCAUUUCAAGACUUCAGCCUUCUUAAAUGUUGAGCCUCCACAUGUUGAGUUCACAAAACCACUCCAUGAUGUUGAGGUCAAAGAGAAGGAAUCUGCCAGAUUUGAAUGUGAAGUGUCUCGUGAGAGUGCGAAGGUUCGCUGGUUCAGAGAUGGCAAUGAAAUCAGAAAAGGCAAGAAAUACGAGAUGAUUUCUGAAGGAGUAAAACGCAUUCUCAUCAUAAGCAAGUCUGUCUUUGAUGAUGAAGCAGAAUAUGAAUGUGAUGCCAGGACCUCCAAAAGCUCCGGCAUGCUGACUGUCAUUGAGGAGGAGGCUAGAUUCACAAAGAACUUGGCUAAUAUUGAAGGCACUGAAACCGACAGCGUUAAACUGAUUUGUGAGGUUUCCAAACCCAGUGCAGAGGUUACAUGGUACAAAGGUGACCAAGAAUUGCCUGAAGUUGGUAGAUAUGAGCAUAUUACAGAUGGCAAAAAGAGAAUCCUUAUUAUUAAGGGCCUCCGUAUGGAUGAUGCUGGAGAGUACCACUGUAAACUGCCCACCUCACAAACCACAGGAAACCUGAGGAUUAAUGAACUUGCCGCUGAGUUCAUUGCCAGGCCUCAAAACCAAGAGGUGGUUGAAGGUGAAAAGGCACAAUUUGUGUGCUCUGUCUCCAAAGACACAUAUGAAGUAAAAUGGCUCAAAGGGAAAAUAGAACUUCAGUCAGAUGACAAAUAUGAAAUUAUUGCUGAGGGCAAAAAGAGAGUUCUUAUUGUCAAAAACUGUGAACUCAAAGAUGAGGGAGGCUUUGUUGUCCUCAUUGGAACCACAAGAGCUUCAGCUGAUUUGACUGUUCUUGAAAAGCUGAGGAUUAUUACCCCUCUUAAAGACACAAAGGCAAAUGAAGGACAAGAGACUGUGCUCAAUUGUGAAGUCAACACUGAAGGGGCCAAGGCCAAAUGGCUAAAGAAUAACGAGACAUUAUUUGAAAGCAGCAAGUUCAUCAUGGUUCAGAAGGACAAUGUUUUCUCUCUGAGGAUCAAAGACACCCAAAAGUCAGAUGAGGCCAACUACACCAUUACACUGACCAACCAGCGUGCUGAACAAGCAAAGAGCUCUGCCAACAUCACUGUGCAUGAGGAAGAUCUUAGAAUUGUUGUUCCUCCUGAGGAUGUUGACACGCAGGAGAAAAAGGCCAUCAGUUUCACUUGCAAGGUGAACAGACAAAACGUAACUGUACAGUGGAUGAAAGCAGGCCAGGAAAUUACUUUUAGCAAGAGAAUUCUGUAUCGCGUGGACAAGGAAAAGCACACUUUGAUAAUCAAAGACUGCAGCCUUGCAGAUGAAGGAGAAUACACUGUAAUUGCUGGUGCUGACAAGGCCACAGCCGAACUGAUCAUCAGUGAAGCUCCCACUGACUUCACCGCUCAGCUCACUGACCAAACCAUCACUGAGUUUGAGGAUGCUGAAUUCACUUGUGAACUUACUAAAGAGAAGGCUGAAAUCAAAUGGUACAGAGAUGGCAGGGAGAUCCGAGAAGGUCCCAGGUACCAAUUUGAGAGAGAUGGCAAAACAUGCAGACUGCGUAUAAAGGAGUGCAGACCCGAUGAUGAGUGUGAAUAUGCAUGUGGUGUGGAUGAGAAGAGAACCAGAGCUCGUCUCUUUGUCGAGGAGACCCCGGUGGAGAUUGUUAGACCACCCACAGAUGUGUUUGAGCCACCAGGCUCAGAUGUUGUAUACGAAGUUGAGCUUAACAAAGACAGAGUUGAGGUCAAAUGGCUGAGGAACAACAUGACCAUUGUUCAAGGUGAUAAGUACCAGAUGAUGAGCGAGGGUAAGAUUCACAGGCUUCAAGUGUGUGAAAUUAGGCCACGUGAUCAAGGCGAGUACAGAGUCAUUGCCAAGGACAAAGAUGCUAGAGCAAAGCUUGAGCUUGCUGCUGUACCAACAAUUAAAACAUUGGAUCAAGACCUGGUGACAGAUGCUGGAAAGCCUUUUGUUAUGGGGGUUCCAUACAACGCUUAUCCCCAUGCAGAGGCUGAGUGGUUCUACAAUGACGUCAGUCUUCCAAAAGACAAUAUUCACACCUCUAUUGAUAGGACAGAAUACAGGCUUAAGGACCCUAAGAAAUCAGAAGAGGGACGCUAUAAAAUCAUUGUCCAGAACAAACAUGGAAAAGGAGAGGCUUUCAUAAACCUCAAAGUUAUUGAUGUACCUGGGCCUGUGAAGAACCUUCAGGUUGUUGACACUGCUGAUGGUGAGAUCAGCAUCGCUUGGGAGGAGCCAGAAAGUGAUGGUGGCAGCAAGAUCUUGGCUUAUGUGGUAGAGAGACGUGAUGUUAAACGUAAGACUUGGACUCUGGCCACUGACUGUGCCGACAGCACAGAGUACACUGUAACUGGCUUGCAGAGAGACUCCAAGUACCUGUUCCGUGUCUGUGCACGCAACCGAGUUGGAAGUGGGCCUAAUGUUGAGACAGAUAAAGCUGUUCAAGCAAAGAAUAAAUUUGAUGUUCCUGAUGCACCACAGAAUGUUAUUGUUGGAAAUGUCAACAAGUUUGGUGCCACAGUUUCUUGGGAACCACCUCUGUUCGAUGGUGGAUCUGAAAUCACAUCAUACAUUAUUGAACUCCGUGACAGAACUUCUGUGGUCUGGGCUCCAGUUAUGGUGACCAAGCCACAUGAACGUUCAGCCAUCAUUAAUGAUGUUAUUGAAAACAAAGAGUACAUCUUCCGUGUUAAGGCUGAGAACAAGGCUGGAAUUGGGAAACCAAGUGCUGCUACUAACCCAGUGAAGAUCAUGGACCCCAUUGAGAGGCCAAGCCCUCCCCUGAAUCUGACUCAUUCUGAACAGACUAAGGACUCCUGUUUGUUGACAUGGGAGACUCCCUUAAAAAAUGGCGGCACAGCUAUCACUGGCUACAUCAUUGAGAGAUGUGAAGAAGGUACAGACAAGUGGCUCAGGUGUAAUGCCAGGCUUUGUCCAGACCUGCUCUACAGGAUGUCAGGCCUGAAGUUUGGGAAAAAAUACAGCUAUAGAGUACUUGCUGAGAAUGCAGCAGGGCAGUCUGACCCCUCAAACAUUGUUGGACCGGUGCUGGCAGAUGAUCCACACUAUGCACCCACUCUUGACUUGAGUGCUUUUAAGGAUGGUCUGGAAGUUUUUGUCCCCAACCCUCUCUCAAUCCGUGUCCCUAUCACUGGGUACCCCAUUCCCACUGCAAAGUGGACGUUUGGUGAAAAUGCACUUACAGCUGGUGACCGUGUAUCUAUGGUCACAAAGUCAACCUUCACAGAGCUUGUUAUAACACCAAGUGUGCGCGCUGACAAAGGCACAUACUCUUUGACCCUGGAAAAUGAUGUGACCAGUGUAUCAGGAGAGAUUGAAGUUAAUGUCAUUGCAUCUCCAAGUGCCCCCAAAGACUUAAAGGUUGCAGAGGUAACCAGAAAGCAUGUCCAUUUGAUGUGGGAGGCACCUGAACAUGAUGGAGGCAGUCCAAUCACUGGCUACCAGGUUGAGAAACGUGAAGUGUCCAGGAAGACAUGGGUGAAAGUGAUGUCUGGUUUGCAAGACCAGGAAUAUACAGUCACAGAUGUUGUUGAGGGCAAGGAAUACUUGUUCAGAGUAAUUGCUUGCAACAAAUGUGGACCAGGUGAACCUGCCUACAUUGAGGAUCCAGUGAAUGUGUCUUCACCUGCAACUGUACCAGACCCACCAGAAAACCUUAAAUGGAGAGACAAGUCUGCUAGCAAGAUCUUCUUGUCAUGGGAGCCACCCAAGUGGGAUGGUGGAACUGCUAUCAAAGGUUAUAUUAUUGACAAAUGUCAACGAGGCACUGACAAGUGGGAGCCAUGUGGAGACCCGGUGCCUGAGCUUAAGUUUGAAGUUACUGGUCUCAUUGAGGGACAGUGGUAUGCUUAUCGUGUGCGGGCUUUGAACAAACUGGGUGCUAGUAAGCCUUGUAAGUCAACAGAUGAGAUCUUGGCUGUUGAUCCUAAAGAGCCUCCUGAGAUUCAGCUGGAUGCAAAACUGCUAGCUGGUCUGACCGCUAAAGCUGGCACAAAGAUUGAACUCCCUGCUGACAUCACUGGUAAGCCAGAGCCUAAAGUCAAAUGGACCAAGGCUGACCUAGUCCUGAAGCCAGAUGACAGAAUCACCAUUGAUACCAAGCCUGGCCAUUCAACUGUGUCCAUCGCUAAGACCAAGAGGGAUGACACAGCCACAUAUAUCAUAGAGGCAGUCAACAGCAGUGGCCGUGCAACUGCAACUGUGGAUGUCAACAUUUUAGAUAAGCCUGGUCCUCCAGCUGCCUUCGACAUCUCUGAAAUUACCAAUGAGUCCUGCUUGUUGGCUUGGAAUCCUCCAAGAGAUGAUGGUGGCUCAAAGGUGACCAACUAUAUUGUUGAGAGGAAAGCUGUAGACAGUGAAAUCUGGUACAAGCUGUCCUCCACUGUGAAGCAGACCACCUACAAGGCCACCAAGCUUGUGGCUUUCAAGGAGUACAUCUUUAGGGUGUAUGCUGAAAAUCAGUUUGGCAUUGGUGCCCCAGCUGAACAUGCCCCAAUAACUGCCAGAUACCCAUUCGAUACCCCUGGUCCUCCAUACAAAUUGGAACCAUCUGAUAUUGCAAAGGAUGCUGUAACUCUGUCCUGGUAUGAGCCUGAUGAGGAUGGUGGAAGUCCUAUUACUGGAUACUGGGUAGAAAGAUAUGAGCCUGACCAUGACAAAUGGAUCAGAUGCAACAAGCUGCCUAUCAGGGAUACAAACUUUAGAGUGAAAGGACUACCCACAAGAAAGAAGUAUAAGUUCCGUGUUUUGGCAGAGAAUCUUGCUGGACCUGGAAAACCAAGCAAAGAGACGGACCAAAUUUUAAUUAAAGAUCCAAUUGAUCCCCCAUGGGCUCCUGGUAAGCCCACUGUUAAGGAUGUAGCCAAAACCUCUGCUUUCCUGCAAUGGACAAAGCCUGAACAUGACGGUGGUGCAAAGAUCGAGUCUUACGUUAUUGAGCUCCUCAAGAGUGGAACUGAUGAGUGGGUUCGUGUAGCUGAUAAUGUCCCCUUUCUGGAGUACUUCCUGAAGGGAUUGAUGGAAAAGCAAGAGUACUCAUUCCGUGUCAGAGCUGUCAACGUAGCAGGCGAGAGUGAACCCAGUGAACCAAGUGAUCCAGUGCUCUGCAAGGAGAGACUCAAUCCUCCAUCACCACCAAGAUGGCUUCUAGUAGUUUCUAGUAGCAGGAACAGUGCUGAACUGAAAUGGACAGCACCUGAGCGAGAUGGUGGCUCUCCAAUCAUAAACUACAUUGUUGAGAAGAGAGACGUCAGGCGCAAAGGCUGGCAGGCUGUGGACACCACUGUAAAAGAGCUGAAGUACACUGUCACCCCACUGAAUGAAGGAUCUCUAUAUGUGUUCCGUGUUGCUGCUGAAAAUGCUGUAGGACCGAGUGAAUUUUGUGAACUUGAAGACUCUGUUCUUGCCAAGGAUACUUUUAGUACCCCUGGACCUCCAUAUAAUCUGACUAUCACUGAAGUUUCCAAGACUCAUGUUGAUCUGAAAUGGGACGCACCUCAGAAUGAUGGUGGAAGACCUGUUUUGAGAUAUGUCAUUGAGAAGAAGGAGAAACUUGGUACCCGUUGGGUGAAAUCUGGAAAGACUUCGGGUCCUGACUGCCAUUACAGAGUGACUGAUGUAAUUGAGGGCACUGAAGUGCAGUUCCAGGUCUCCGCUGAGAACGAGGCUGGAGUUGGUCACCCAAGUGAACCUACUGACAUUGUAGUCAUCGAGGAUCCAACAGGCCCACCAUCACCACCACAGGAAUUGCAUAUCACAGAGGCAGCAAGAGAUCAUAUCUGUAUUGCCUGGAAGGCACCAGAAAAGAAUGGAGGAAGUCCCAUUAUUGGUUACCAUAUUGAACUAUGUGAGGCUGGAACAGAGAAGUGGAUGAGAGUCAACUCUCGUCCUGUCAAAGAGUUAAAAUACAGAGCAGGAGAUGAAGAGGGAAUUGUUCCUGAAAAAGAGUAUACCUUCAGAGUUCGUGCUGUUAACUCUGUGGGUGCCAGUGAGCCAUCUGACAUUUCUGAGAAUGUAUUUGCCAAAGAUUCUGACUGUAGCCCAACGCUAGACUUCCAGACCAAGGAUCUUGUUGUUGUAGAAGGUGAAAAGAUGCACCUCCCAAUUCCAUUUAGGGCUGUGCCAUCACCAAAGAUUACGUGGCACAAAGAUGGAAGUGAAAUGAAGGCUGAUGAAAGAACCUUCUUCAGAGCUGAGUACACAUCCUGCCAUCUGGAAGUUCCAAACUGCUUACAUGCUGAUGCUGGCCAAUACAAAGUUACCUUGGAAAACAGAAAUGGUUCCACUAGUGGAACAAUCAAUGUUAAAGUUAUUGGUCUUCCUGGACCAUGUAAAGAUAUUGUUGCUAGUGAGAUUACCAAGAGCACCUGCAAGGUAUCCUGGGAACCUCCAGACUAUGAUGGUGGUAGCCCUAUUCUCCACUACGUGCUGCAGCGCAGAGAAGCAGGCAGGAGAACCUAUGUCAAUGUUAUGUCUGGAGAAAACAAAGUGAGUUGGCCUGUAAAGGAUCUCAUUCAGAAUGGAGAGUACUACUUCCGUGUCAGAGCCGUCAACAAGAUUGGUGGGGGUGAAUUUAUUGAGCUUCGCAACCCUGUAAUUGCAGAAGAUCAGAAACAACGUCCUGAUCCACCAGUUGAUGUGGAAACCCACAACCCAACAUCUGAGAGUGUUACCCUUACCUGGAAGCCUCCCAUGUAUGAUGGUGGAAGCAAAAUUAUGGGUUACAUUCUUGAGAAGAUGAUGAAAGGGGAGGAGAACUUCCAGAGAUGCAAUGACUUCCUUGUGCCAGUGUUGUCUUAUACUGUUAAGGGGUUGACGCAUGAAAAACAAUAUCAGUUCCGAGUUCGUGCAGAGAAUGCAGCUGGUGUCAGUGAUCCUUCUCGCAGUACACCUUUUAUCAAAGCCACAGAUGCAACUGAUCGUCCAAAGGUAUUCCUUAGCGGUAGUCUACAAUCAGGCUUGGCUGUGAAACGAGGUGAAGAAAUCAGAUUGGAUGCCAACAUCUCUGGAUUUCCUUACCCCCAAAUUACAUGGAUGAGGAACAAUGCAACAAUUUGGCCAGAACCACUAAAGAAAAGGCCAGAAAGGCCCAUUAAGAAGAAGAAGGAGAAGGAAAAGGAAAAAGAAAAGGAGGAAAAGAAGGAGGAGGGAGCAGAAAAGAAAGAGGCAGAUGCAGAAAAGAAGGAGGAAGACAAAGAGGUAAAGGAGGAGGACAAAGAAAAGAAAGAGGAAAAGGAGGAGGAAGAAAAGGAAAAAGAAAAGGAGGUGGAGGAACCCGAAGAGCCUGAAGAAGAAUACCAUCCAAGCUUAAAUGAACGUCUUACCAUUGAAUCAAAGAGAAAGGGUGAAUCCUAUAUUAUUAUAAAAGAUACUAUCAGAGGCGAUCAUGGUGUUUUCACAAUAAAAGUGGAAAACGAACAUGGAAUUGCCUCUGCCUCCUGUGAAGUUAAUGUCCUUGAUACUCCUGGACCUCCAGUAAAUUUCAAAUUUGAAGAGAUAAGGAAGAACUCCAUCCUCUGUAAGUGGGAUCCUCCUCUGGAUGAUGGUGGUAGUGAAAUCCUUAACUACAUAUUGGAGAGAAAAGAUAACUCCAAGGCUGAGCUUGGAUGGAUCACUGUAACAUCCAUCCUUAGAGGAUGUAAAUUUCUUGUGCCAAAACUUAUUGAGGGCAAAGAGUACCUAUUCCGGGUCACUGCAGAAAAUAAAUAUGGUCCUGGAAAACCAUGCAUCACCAAACCUGUCAUUGCAAAGAAUCCAUUCGAUCCUCCAGAUGCACCGGAGAAACCUGAAAUUAAGGAUGUCACAGCCAGCAGCAUGUGUGUUACCUGGUUAGAACCCAAUGACAAUGGCAGCCCCAUUGAGGGAUACUGGGUAGAGAAACGAGAAAUUAACAGCACACACUGGGCAAGAGUCAAUCGCACUAUAGUUCCUGAUUUGGAAAUAAAUGUAGAAGGCCUUCUGGAGGGUCUGACUUAUAUUUUCAGAGUAUGUGCAGAAAAUAUAGCUGGACCUGGAAAGUUCAGCCCCCCAUCAGAACCAAAAACAGCACAGGCACCAAUCAUGCCCCCUGGUCCACCAAUUCCAAGAAUUGUUGACACCUCAGACUAUUCAAUUGACAUUGAAUGGGAUCCUCCUGCAGACAAUGGUGGUGCAGAGGUCUUUGGUUAUCAUGUUGACAAACUUGUUGCUGGUACCAAGGACUGGUCACGGGCUACAGAGAGACCUCACAAAACCCGCACAUUUACAGUAUAUGGUGUUAGAGAAGGGGCUAAAUACAUUGUCCGUGUUGUGGCAAUCAAUUGUGCUGGUGAAGGAGAACCUGGUUUGACUGAUGCAGUAAUUGUGAGAAACCCUGCAGAGGUUCCAGUCAUCGAGCUUGAUAUCUCUGUGAGAAAUGGUGUUGUUGUUCGAGCUGGAGAAAUGCUGAGAAUUCCGGCACAUGUGACUGGUAGACCUCCUCCAGCUUUGAAAUGGACAAAGGAUGAUGGUGCAUUAGAAAAAGAUCGUAUGGAGGUUGAAGAAGUUGGACAGGACAGCACUGUUGUCAUCAAAACGACAAAAAGAAGUGAUCAUGGCAAAUACCAAAUCCAAGCAGCAAAUCCAAGUGGUAUUAAAUCUGCAUGGACCAGGGUUGAAGUCAUGGAUGUUCCUGGACCAGUUCUUGAUCUGAAACCUGUUGUGGUUACCAGAAAACUUAUGAUGUUAAAUUGGUCAGAUCCUGAUGAUGAUGGUGGUAGUGAUGUGACAGGGUUUAUCAUUGAAAGGAGGGAACCAAAGAUGCACACAUGGAGACAACCCAUUGAGACACCUUCAUCUAAAUGUGAGAUUGUAGGUAUUAUUGAAGGACAGGAAUACAUUUUCCGUGUUGUGGCUAAGAACAAGUAUGGAUGUGGACCUCCAGUCGAUCUUGGACCCAUCCGUGCUGUGGAUCCACAGGGUCCACCAACUUCUCCUGAAAAGUUCCACUAUACAGAGAGAACCAAGUCCUCUGUUACAAUUGAAUGGAGGCCACCCCGUAAUGAUGGUGGUAGUCCAAUCAUUGGCUACAUCAUUGAGAAAAAGCGACAAGAUCAACCAGCCUUCCAGCGGGUCAACCCAGAGCUGUGUACUGCUCAAAUUAUGACUGUUGACAACCUAGAUGAGCUGCAUAUGUAUGAGUUCCGUGCAAAGGCUGUCAAUGCGUUUGGUGAAAGUGAGCCUUCAAUAACCAUGACUGUUGUCAUUCAGGAUGAUGAAGUGGCUCCAAGUUUGCAUAUGCUGAAACACUUCAAGGGUGAUUUGAUUCGAGUAAGGAAAAAUGAGCCUAUUGAGAUACCUGCAGAAGUCACUGGUCUCCCAAUGCCAAAGAUUGAAUGGCUAAAGGAUGACGUUGUUAUCGACAAGCCUACUGAGAAACUUCUAUUAGAAACCAAAGAGAUUGACAGAGUGACAUCACAUACAAAACUCUCCAUCCCUGGUGUUACAAGACUAGACAAGGGCACAUACACUGUUACUGCCUCCAAUCGUUUGGGAACACUAAGUCAUUCUGUCACAGUGGAAGUGUUGGAUCGCCCAACGCCACCAAGAAAUAUUGCUGUUUCAAACAUCAAAGCUGAAUCUUGCAACCUUAAGUGGGAUGCCCCACUGGAUAUAGGUGGCAGUGAGCUUACCAACUACAUUGUUGAGAUGAAAGACCUUAAUGUUGAAGAUCCUGAAAAGGCUGAGUGGGUGCAGGUUACUAACUCUAUUAUUGAAAAGCGAUAUGAGGUGUGGAACCUGGUAACUGGUGGCAACUAUAAGUUCAGGGUUAAAGCUGAGAACAAGUAUGGAAUAAGUGAGGCAUGUGAAACAGAGGAGGUUCAGAUUAAGGAUCCUUCUGCUCUGCCUGGCCCUCCUGAGAAGGUCACAAUUGCAGAGCGCUCCAAGACAAACAUGCUAUUGACAUGGGAACCACCUAAGGACAGUGGUGGUUCCAUGAUUACCGGCUACUGGCUUGAGAAGCGUGAAAAAGGCACUUCCUAUUGGUCUCGUGUAAAUAAGAUCCUGGUUUCAAAACGUGGCAUGAAAGGCUGGGAAUACCAGGUUACACGUCUCUUUGAGGGAGUAGAGUAUGAAUUCCGUGCAAUGGCUUGCAACUCUGCUGGCAUUGGGCCACCUAGUGCCAUCUCUGAGUCUGCCGUUGCUGACGAUCCCCUGACUCCACCUAGCAUGCCUGCAGCUCCUGAGAUUGCUGACAAAACAAAGCAUAGUGUCACCCUUGCAUGGACCCCACCAGCUAAAGAUGGUGGCCGCCCUAUCAAGGGUUACAUUAUUGAGAUUCAAGAUGAAGGCACCUCUGAGUGGGCCAGGGUCAAUGAUGCUGAAAAUCUACAUCCUUCUACUGUGUUCACCAUUCCAAACCUCCCAGAACUCAAGAAAUACAGAUUCAGAAUCAUUGCAGUCAAUGAAAUAGGGGAGUCUGAGCCUAGUCCCAGAACCAGUGAAGUUCGCAUUGAAGAUAUUAAAACUGCACCUAAGAUCUUCAUGGAUAUCAGUGCUGAUGAACUGCUGUGUAUUCGGGCUGGAACUCCAUUUAAGAUUCCAGCUACCAUCACAGGACGUCCCGCUCCUAAAGUUACAUGGGAAUUUGAUGGAAAAGCAAAGACAGAAAAGAAAGAUCGUCUCCAUAUUUUACCAGUAGAUUCACAGGUUGAAUCUACUGAUACCACUUCAGUUGUUACAGUUCCUGUGAGUUUGAGAAGCCAUUCUGGCAGGUAUACAAUUACAGCAAAGAACAAAUCAGGACAGAAACAUGUCAACGUCAGAGUAAACGUGCUAGAUGUUCCUGGAGCACCUAAAGAUCUUAAAGUUACUGAUGUCACCAGAACCACAAUGAGACUCAUUUGGAAGCUGCCAGAUAAUGAUGGUGGAGAGAGAAUCAAGAGUUAUUUUAUUGAGAAGAAGGCUGUUAAUGGCAAGGCUUGGACAGUUGCCAACGCUACUUGUGCCAGCAUGGCCUUUGUCGUGUCUAACCUCCUUGAGGGACAGGACUACUUUUUCCGUGUUCGUGCGGAGAAUCGCAUUGGCUUUGGACCAUUUACAGAGACCACAGAACCUGUUCGGGCUAGGGAUCCUAUUUAUCCUCCUGAUCCUCCAACCAAGGUUAAAAUUAACCUUGUUACCAAAAACACUGUUACUCUUUCUUGGGUGCCUCCAAAGAAUGAUGGUGGUGCACCAGUAAAGCAUUACAUUAUUGAACGUCUGAGCUGGGACACAAGUGGUCCACAGAAAGAGACUUGGAAACAGUGCAACAAGAGAGAUGUUGAAGAGACUACCUUCAUCAUUGAAGACCUUAAAGAGGGUGGCGAGUAUGAGUUCCGCGUUAAAGCUGUAAAUGAAGCUGGUGCAAGCAGACCUUCUGUUACCGCUGGACCAAUUGUCAUUAAGGACCAGACCUGUGCUCCAAGUAUUGAUCUCAGAGAGGCUUUGGAAGGCGCAGAGGGAUUUGAUGUCAACAUUGUUGCCAGGAUUCAAGGCUGUCCAUUCCCAUCUCUUGUCUGGCACAAAGCUCCACAAGACAAGCCUGAUGACAAAGUUCCUGUACAGUAUGACAAACAUGUCAAUAAACUUGUCUCUGAUGAAAAAUGCAGCCUGUUUAUCCAGCAGUCAAAGAGAGAUGACAGCGCAAUGUACACUCUCACAGCAACCAACAGCUUGGGCACAGCCACCAAGAGCAUUAAGCUCAGCGUUUUGGGACGUCCUGGUGUACCUGUAGGACCAAUUAAGAUUGGGGAGAUUUUUGCUGAAAGGAUUGGCCUCUCCUGGAAUCCACCAACAGAUGAUGGUGGUUCAAAGAUCACAAACUAUGUUGUUGAAAAGCGUGAGGAAAACAGAAAAACAUGGGUCCAUGUCUCUAGUGAUCCGAAGGAAUGCCAAUACACAGUUCAAAGGCUAACAGAGGGUCAUGAAUAUGAGUUCCGUGUUAUGGCUCAAAAUAAAUAUGGAGUUGGACCACCUUUGUACAGUGAACCAGAGAAAGCACGAAAUCUCUUUACUGUGCCUGGCCAAUGUGAGAAGCCAACUGUAACAGAUGUUUCAGCUGAAUCAAUGACGGUUAAUUGGGAUGAGCCAGAAUAUGAUGGCGGCUCUCCUGUAACUGGCUACUGGCUAGAGCGCAAGGAAACUACAGGCAAGCGCUGGACAAGAGUGAACCGUGAACCUAUCCGAAUUAGGACUCUAGGGGUUUCACAUAUUGUGACGGGACUCUUGGAGGGAGCGAUCUACCAGUUCCGUGUUAUUGCAAUAAAUGCAGCUGGAUGUGGCCUACCUAGUUUGCCUUCAGAUAUUGUUGCAUGUAGAGACCCUAUAGCACCUCCAGGUCCUCCAACGCCAAAAGUAACAGAUUGUACCAAGUCAACUGUUGAUCUUGAAUGGAUUCCUCCUCUUAAUGAUGGUGGAUCUAUGAUCACCGGUUAUUUUGUGGAGUACAAACAAGAGGGGCAAGAGGAAUGGGAGAAGGUUAAAGACAAGGAAAUCAGAGGCACCAAGUUUGUUGUUCCUGGACUUAAAGAGCUUGGACUUUAUAGAUUUAGAGUGAGAGCUGUAAAUUCUGCCGGUGUUGGAGAACCUGGUGAAGUUGCUGAUGUGAUUGAAGUCAAGGACAGGACAAUCCCCCCAGAGGUAGACCUGGAUGCAACUGUCAAGGAAAAGAUUGUUGUUCAUGCUGGUGGGGUGAUCCGCAUCCUAGCCUAUGUUUCUGGAAAGCCUGCCCCAGAGAUUAUUUGGAAUAGAGAUGAUGCCGAAUUGCCAAAGGAGGCUGCUGUUGAGACAACUUCUAUAAGUUCAGCUUUAGUUAUCAAAAGUUGCAAGAGACAACACCAAGGCAUUUAUACCCUAACUGCUAAGAAUGCAGGAGGAGAAAGGAAAAAAGCAGUCAUUGUUGAAGUAUUGGAUGUUCCUGGUCCUGUUGGUCUACCCUUCUCUGGUGAGAAUCUCACCAAUGACUCUUGUAAAUUGACUUGGUACUCCCCUGAAGAUGAUGGUGGCUCAGCUAUCACCAACUAUAUAAUUGAGAAAAGAGAAGCUGACCGCAGAGGCUGGACUUCGGUGACAUAUACUGUUACAAGACAUAAUGCUGUUGUCCAGGGUCUUAUUGAUGGAAAGGGUUACUUCUUCAGAAUUGCAGCUGAAAAUAUCAUUGGAAUGGGUCCAUUUACUGAGACAUCAGCUCCAGUCGUCAUCAAGGAUCCACUCUCUGUACCUGAGCGCCCUGAGGAUGUUGAGGUGACAGCCAUCACAAAUGAUUCAAUCAGUGUCGCGUGGAGAUCUCCAAAAUAUGAUGGAGGGUCAGACAUUACAAGCUAUGUUCUUGAGGUUCGUCUAAUCGGGCAGGACAACUUCAGCCGCAUUGCCAAAGAGGACAAACUUAUGGAUCGUAAAUUCACCCAUGCUGGUCUUAAAGAGGGUUCUUCUUAUGAAUUCCGUGUUAGUGCUGUUAAUCAAAUUGGUCAAGGGAAACCGUCAUUCAGCACAAAACCAGUUACAUGCAAAAAAGAGUUUGAACCACCAAACCUUGAUUUGGAGUUCCGUGACAAGCUUGUUGUUCGUGUUGGGGAAACUUGCACCAUUCAAAGCCGAUACACAGGCAAACCGGAACCAACUAUUAAGUGGUUCAAAAAUGAUGAAGAGCUUCAGGCAAAUGAAGAAAUUGCUCUCACCAGUGCAAAGAACAGAUUGAGCAUGACUAUUGAAAAGGCAAAACGUGAUCACAGUGGAAAAUACACAGUGGUUUUGGAAAACUCUAUUGGGUCACGCAAGGGAAUAUGUACUGUCAAUGUUGUUGAUCGUCCACAACCUCCAGAGGGCCCUGUUAUCUUUGAUGAGAUCUACAGGAAUUAUAUGCUCAUUUCUUGGAAGCCUCCACUGGAUGAUGGUGGAGCUGCUAUUUCUAACUACAUUGUUGAAAAGAGAGACACCAACAGGGAUCUGUGGAUGCCUGUUACAGAAUCUUGCACAAGGACAUCAUGCAAAGUUCCAAAACUGAUUGAGGGAAGGGAAUACAUUAUUAGAAUCUGUGCUCAGAAUAUUCAUGGUAUUAGUGAUCCAUUGCUAUCUGCUGAGACAAAAGCAAAGGAUGUAUUCAAGGUUCCAGAUGCUCCACAAGCACCUGUAGUUAAAGAAAUCUAUAAAGAUACAGCUCUGAUUUCAUGGCUUCAACCAGCUGAUGGUGGCAAACCAAUCACAAACUACAUUGUAGAAAAGAAGGAAACCAAGGCCAACAUGUGGGCUAGAGCUGGAAAAGACCGCAUUUUCCCCAACACAGAAUACUGGGUUCCUGAUCUUCUCAAGGGUUGUGAAUAUGAAUUCCGUGUAAUGGCAGAGAAUGUGAUUGGCAUUGGGGACCCCAGCCCAUCUUCAAAGCCCAUUUAUGCUAAAGAUCCUAUAGUGAUUCCAAGCCCACCUGUACUUCCAGUUGCAAUUGAUAAGACAAAAGAGUCCGUUACUCUUUCUUGGCAGCCUCCAAAAGACUGUGGCAGAGGAAAAAUCUUUGGUUAUCUUCUAGAGUAUCAGAAAGCUGGUGAUGAGGAAUGGCUUCAAGUUAAUCAGACACCUGACUCCUGUCAGAGCACUACAUUUAAGGUUAUCAACCUUGAGGAUGGUGCACUUUAUAGAUUUAGAGUGAAGGCAGUGAAUGCUGCUGGUGAAUCAGAGCCUGCAUAUGUCCCAGAGCCUGUUCGAGCACAAGACAGAUUUGAACCCCCAGAACUUCAACUGGAUAUGGGCAUGCCUCGUGAGGUAAAAGCAAUGGCUGGAACCCAUAUUAAUAUCAUGGCUGGAAUCAAGGGAAUGCCUUUCCCUAAAGUCACCUGGAAGAAAAAUGAGGCAGAUGUUCCCACAAGAGCAGAGAUUGAGACAUCUGGAACUACAACUAAACUAGAGAUGCGCUAUUGCAACCGUACUGAUUGUGGAGAUUACACACUUACUGUUGAAAAUCCAGCUGGGUCAAAGAUAGCCACAUGCACUGUUCUUGUACUUGACAAACCUGGACCAGUUCAGCACCUGAGAGUAUCUGAUGUCAGAAGUGAUUCUGCCCAACUCUCUUGGAAAGAUCCAGAAGACAAUGGUGGUGCACGCAUCACCAAUUUUGUUGUUGAGAAAAAGGAUGCAGCAUCUGCUCAAUGGGUGCCAAUCUGCUCAUCAUCCAAAAAACGUAGCAUGAUGGCCAAACAUUUGAUUGAAGGAACGUCGUACAUGUUCCGUGUGGCAGCUGAAAAUCAGUUUGGAAGAAGUGAAUAUGUUGAGACAACAAAAGCUAUCAAAGCAAUGAAUCCACUGUUCCCACCUGGUCCACCAAAAGACCUGCAUCAUGUAGAUGCUGACAAGACUGAGGUGUGGCUUCAGUGGAACUGGCCUGAUCGCACAGGAGGAAGUGACAUCACAGGGUUCUUGGUUGAGUAUCAAGAAGAAGGUGAAAAGGAUUGGAUAGUUUUUAAGACUGUCAGCAUCCCUGAGUGCCAUGUGACAGGCCUGGAAGAAGGAAAGACCUACAGGUUCCGUGUUAAGACAGAAAAUGCAAUUGGUCUAAGUAGACCAGACACCACUGUGCCAGUUCUUUGUCAGGAAAAACUAGUACCGCCCAUUGUUGAGGUGGAUGUGAAGUUGAUUGAGGGAAUCAUUGUGAAAGCUGGAAGCACUAUUAGAUUGCCUGCUAUUAUGAGAGGCCUUCCUGUUCCCACUGCUAAAUGGGUCAUUGAUGGAGAGGAAAUCAAGAGUGAAGGCAAUACCAAAAUUGACACUGACAACUUCUCCACUGUUUUGAGCAUUGCAGAUUGCACAAGAAAUCACACUGGAAUCUAUAUACUCACAGUAUCUAACUCUGCAGGAAGUAAAACUGUUUCUCUGAACGUCACUGUGCUUGACGUACCAGCUGCACCAAUAGGUCCUGUUAAUAUUCUUGAGGUAACUCCUGACUCCAUGGUCAUUGACUGGCGCCCUCCCAAAGAUGAUGGUGGAAGUCCUGUCAUGAAUUAUAUUGUUGAGAAGAGGGAAUCAAAUAAGGAAACUUGGGGAGGAGUGAGUUCUGGCAGCACUUCCACAAGGCUCAAGAUUUCUCGUCUGCAGCAGGGAGUUGAAUAUAUUGUGAGAAUUCGUGCUGAAAAUAAAAUGGGAAUUGGUGCAGCUCUUGAAAGUGCACCAACUGUAGCACGGCACCAGUUUGAGGCCCCUGGCCAUCCUGGAAAACCUGUAGCUUCUGAUUUGUCUGAAGAUGCGCUUACACUCGGAUGGACAAUGCCUCUGUUUGAUGGUGGCAGUCCAAUCAGUGGUUACAUUAUUGAGCGAAGACAUAAAGGUGGCAAAUGGAUAAGAGUGAAUAAAACUCCUUGCAAAGAACUUAGAUAUAGAGUGCUUGGUCUUUUUGAAGGUAAUGAAUAUGAGUUCAGAGUAUUUGCAGAAAAUAUUGCUGGCUUCAGUGGACCUUCACCUAUCUCAGAUCCUGCCAAACCUUGCAGACCAAUAACUGUUCCAGGACCUCCAGUUAACCCUAAAGUAAAAGACUACAGCUGCACAUAUGCUGACUUAGUCUGGAUCAGACCCACAAAAGAUGGAGGCAGUCCAGUCUUGGGAUAUAUCGUUGAAUGCCAAAAAGGAGGUGCUGAGUGGGAGAAAGUUAAUAAGGAUGAUCUGAUUAAACAGUGUGCUUAUAGAGUGAAAGGACUGACAGAGGGCACUGAAUACAGGUUCCGUGUUAAAGCUGUGAACAUGAUUGGAGAAGGCGAGACCAGAGAAAUCCCAGAGUCAGUUAUUGCUAAGGAUAUCAUCAUUCCUCCGGAAAUUGAGAUGGAUGCCACAUGCCGUGAACGUGUGACUGUUCGUGUUGGGCAUAACAUUAAUGUUGUAGGAUAUGUGAAAGCAAGACCUGAUCCAGAAAUUACUUGGAGCAAAGGUGAAAGCAUUUUGGAAAGGGACAAGCGCACCACGCUUACAAACAACUUCCCAGUCGUGCAAAUGCGUAUCAAGGAAGCAACCAGAGCUGACCAUGGAAAGUAUGUACUGAAGGCUGUUAAUGAAGCUGGAGAGGCCUCAGCUACUAUUACAGUAAAUGUUCUGGAUAGACCUGGUCACUGCCAGAAUCUAAAGAUGACAUAUGUAACAAAGAACUCUUGCAUGGUGUCCUGGGAUGCUCCUGAGGAUAAUGGAGGUACUGAGAUAACAAAUUACAUUGUGGAAUGCCGAGAGCCAAGUAUACGAACCUGGGCAAUGAUCUCAUCUGACUGCACAAAUCGCAUGGUAAAAGCCAAGCUCAUGGAAAACCAUGAAUAUUUAUUCCGUGUGUCUGCUGAGAACAAGUGCGGUCCAGGACCAGCAACAGAAACCAAAACUCCUAUCCUUGCAAUUGACCCACUUCAGAAGCCAGGUGAGCCAGAGAAUUUCCAUGUCAGUGAUAUUGGUAAAAACUUUGUUUUCCUUAAAUGGAGAAAACCAGAUCAUGAUGGUGGCAGUCCUAACCUUGGCUACUAUCUGGAGAGAAAAGCAAAAGAUGCUGAAGGGUGGGAGAAGGUACAUGAAGGAGUUCUGAAAGAGACAUUCUUCAUGGUAGACAAAUGUGUUGAGAACCACAUCUAUCAAUUUAGAGUCCAGUCAACCAAUGAUGGAGGAGAAAGUGCAUGGGUUAGCACUUCUGAUAUUGUUGUCAAAGAAGAAAUUCAGAAACCAGUUCUUGACAUGAAAUUUGUUGGCACCAUUGUGGUCAAAGCUGGUGAAUCAGUUAGACUUGAAGCUGGACUUAGAGGAAAACCACAGCCCACGGUUACUUGGGUGAAGGACAAGGCUGCGGGUGAUAAUCCAAGGAUCAGCAUUGACACAGGACAUGAUUACUCCAAAUUCCUUCUAACUAAAACCAAGCGUAGUGAUACUGGAAAAUAUGUGGUCACUGCUACAAACCCAGCUGGUUCAUUCACAGCAUAUGCCAACGUUACAGUGCUAGAUAUACCAGGACCUGUCAGAGAUAUGAAGAUUUCUGGCAUUUCCACAGACAAGUGCAGAGUUGCAUGGGAUCCUCCAGAGGAUGAUGGUGGUUGUGAAGUGGACAGCUAUAUUAUAGAAAAGUGUGAGACCAGAAGAAUGGUUUGGUCCACUUACUCCGCAUCUCUUGUCACAAACUAUUGUAAUGUAACACGCCUUGUUGAAGGAAAUGAGUAUAUAUUCAGGGUCAGAGGAAACAAGAUGGGAACUGGGCCACCAAUGGAGAGCAGGCCUAUUAUCGCUAAGACACAGUUUAACAGGCCUGGUCCACCUGAUGCACCAGAGGUAACCAAAAUUGGUAAAGAUGAGAUGACAGUGGUAUGGGCUCCACCUGAAAAUGAUGGUGGAAAGUCUAUCACUGGUUACAUUCUAGAAAGAAAAGAAAAACGGGCCGUUCGCUGGGUCCCAGUCACAAAGAGCCCUAUUUCUGAGAGACGCAUGAAGGUUACUAAUCUGAUCCCUAACCACGAUUAUCAGUUCCGUGUCAAAGCUGAAAAUGAAGUUGGAUUGGGAGAACCAAGCAAACCAUCUAGACCCAUCACUGCAAAAGAUCCAAUUGAGCCUCCUGGCCCUCCUGGUAGCCUUAAAGUAGUUGACAGCACAAAGACAUCGAUUACACUUAGCUGGGCAAAGCCUGUGUAUGAUGGUGGAGCUCCAGUUAUUGGAUAUUUGGUUGAAAUGAGGGAUAAGGUGGAAAUGGAAGGUGAACAAAUACGUGAUCCAGAGGAAGGCUGGAAGAAAUGCAAUACUUCUGGACAGCUUGUCUUAACUGAAUUCACAAUCAGUAACUUAGAUGAGAGACAGGAAUAUGAAUUCCGUGUGUCUGCUCAAAACCAAGUUGGUAUGGGCCGUCCUGCAAAUGUCAAGGAUGCUGUAUCUCCAAAGGAGAUCCAUGAACAUCCAGAGAUUGAUCUUGAUGCCAGUCUAAGAAAGGGUCUUAGUGUCAGAGCAGGUUGUCCUAUCCGACUUUUUGCUACAAUAAGAGGAAGGCCAGCACCUAAAGUUACUUGGAAGCGCAUUGGUGUUGAUAAUGUCAUAAGGAGGGGUCACGUGGAUCAAAUUGAUACAAUGACCUUCCUUGUCAUUCCUGAGUCCUCACGAGAAGACUCUGGCAAAUACUCUUUAACUCUUUCAAAUCCCUCUGGAGAGAAGGCUGUGUUUGUCCGUGUUAAAGUCUUAGAUACUCCUGGACCUGUUGGUGGACUGGAAGCAACUGAUAUCACAAAGACAUCUUGCCAGCUUGCAUGGUUGCCUCCAGAAAACGAUGGUGGUAGUCCAAUCCUAAACUAUAUUGUUGAGAAGCGUGAAGUUGACAGGAAAACAUGGACAAAUUGCACAAACGAUUUGAAGAAGACAAGUUUCAAAAUCACAAAUCUGACUCCAGGAAUAGAAUACUACUUCCGAGUCAUGGCAGUUAACAAGUAUGGCAUUGGGUUACCUCAAGACUCACCAAAAUCCUACUUGGCUACAGAUCCUAAGAGUGAGCCUGAUCCUCCAAAGAAAAUGGAUGUAUUAGAAAUUACUAAAAACAGUGCAACCCUUGGGUGGUUGAAACCACUCAGAGAUGGUGGAUCAAAGAUUAAUGGCUACAUUGUUGAAUACCAGCAGGAUGGCCAACCUGAGGACAAGUGGACAUCAUACUCUGUUGUAAAAGACUUAACAAUUGUUGUUGCUGGACUGAAAGAAAACACUAAAUACAGGUUCAGGGUUGCGGCAAGAAACGCGAUAGGAUGCAGUUUGGCAAGAGAAGCUGAGGGCAUAUUUGAGGUCAAGGAACAGCUGAUGGCUCCAAAGAUUAUCGUGUCUGAUGUGGUUACUGCGAGAGCAGGAUCAAAACUUAUUGUUGAUGCUCUUGUGUCUGGGAAGCCUGCACCAGUCACAAAAUGGAAAAGAGGAAGUGAUGACAUAAUUACUUCUGAUCGUGUCUUCAUACAAAAGACACCAACCACAAGUUCACUUAUGGUCAAAGAUGUCACAAGGAAGGAUAGUGGUUAUUACAGUUUGUCUGCUGAAAACAGCACAGCCAAGGUCAACCAGAUCAUCAGAAUAAUCAUUAUGGACAUUCCUGGUCCUCCACAGGGUCCUCUACAAAUUCUUGAGGUGGAUGUAGAUGCCUGCACACUUGCAUGGGAUACACCUGCUGAGGAUGGUGGCAGCAACAUCACAAACUACAUUGUUGAGAAGUGUGAUGUGACCAGAGGUGAUUGGGUCACAGCUGUAUCUUGCACCAAGACCAGCUGCAGAGUUGGAAAGCUCACAUCUGGCAAAGAGUAUGGGUUCCGUGUCCGUGCUGAAAACCGUUUUGGAAUUUCAGAGCCAAUUUACUCUGAGAAAAUGAUUGCAAGACAUCCAUUUGAUCCACCUAGUGAACCAAGGAACUGUUGUGUUAACAAAGUCAACAAGGAGUUUGUUGUGUUGUCAUGGGAGAAACCUGUGAAUGAUGGCGGCAGUCCCCUCACUGGAUACUUCAUUGAACGUAAAGAAAGAAAUAGCCUCCUAUGGGUCAGGACAAAUGAAGUUCUUGUUCGGUCAACUGAAUACACAUGCUCUGGCCUCAUUGAGGGUCUGGAGUACACAUUCAGAGUGUCUGCUGUCAACAAGGCAGGACAAGGCAAACCAAGCAAGCAGACAGAUUUUAUCACUGCAAGAAGUCCAGUUGAUCCACCUGGAAAACCAGAAAUUCUUGAUGUGACCAAAAAUUCUGUCUCCCUUGUCUGGAGCCGUCCAAAACAUGAUGGUGGAAGCAAACUCAUUGGCUAUUAUGUUGAAUCUCUCAAGCUUCCAGAAGACAAAUGGGUGCGUGUCAACACAAACAGCCAAAAUGUUCCAAAGGAAGAAUACAUUGUUUCUGGACUCGAGGAGGGAGCCCAGUACAAGUUCAGAAUAAUUGCAAAAACUGCAAUUAAUGUUAGUGUGCCAUCAGAGGAAUCUGAUGUUAUCCCAAUUAUUGCAGAGCAUGUUCCACCCAGAGUGGAGAUUGGUCUUGAAAUGAAAAACUUAAUUGUUGUCAAAGCUGGAGCAAAUGUCUGCCUGGAGGCUGAGGUUUAUGGCAAACCAAUGCCAAAGGUUAUUUGGAAAAAAGAUGGUGCUCCACUGAAAUUGGCUGAAGGUAUGAAAAUGACUCAAAAGGUGCAUCACCUCUCCCUGGAACUUUUCUCUGUGACAAGAAAGGAGUCUGGAGAGUACACAAUUACUGCUGAGAACCCAAGUGGAUCAAAGUCUGCCAACAUAAAAUUAAAGGUUCUGGACAAACCUGGACCUCCGGCAUCAGUGAAGAUAAGCCAUGUUUUUGCUGACAGAGUGAAACUGAGGUGGGAGCCACCUCUUGCUGAUGGUGGUUCUGAAAUCACAAAUUACAUCGUUGACAAACGUGAAACAAGCAGAGCAAACUGGGCACAAGUUACUGCUAAUAUUAAUGGUCAGAUAACUGACUGUUCUGUGGAGAAAUUGAUUGAAGGUCAUGAAUAUGAAUUUCGCAUCAGUGCUGAGAACAAGUAUGGUGUUGGAGACCCAAUUGUGACCAACUCUGUGAUCGCCAAGAAUCCAUUCGAUGUCCCAGGACCAUGUGAACCUCCAGUUAUUACCAAUGUUACCAGAGAUCACAUGACUGUUACUUGGAAAGCCCCUGCUAAUGAUGGCAAAGCCACUAUUCUUGGAUACAUGGUUGAGAAGCGUGAAACUCAAGACCUUAAUUGGGUUAAAGUGAAUAGAAGACCAGUUAUUGACAGAACAAUUAAAGCCGGAGGCCUCACAGAGGGAACGGAGUAUGAAUUCAGAGUCAUUGCACUAAAUAAAGCUGGUCUUGGCAAACCAAGUGAUCCAUCAUCUGGUGUUCUUGCUUUAGACCCAGUGUAUCCCCCUGGACCACCUGCUUUUCCAAAGGUUGUUGACUCUACACACAGUUCAAUCAGUUUGUCCUGGACCAAGCCUGCAUAUGAUGGUGGAUGUGAAAUUCUGGGCUACCUUGUCGAAUUCAAGCGAGCAGAUGCAGAAGACUGGAUGAAGUGCAAUGUGCCAAAGAAUCUUCAGGCAACAAAAUUUAAUGUUACUGGUCUUAUGGAUAAUACUGAGUACCAGUUCCGUGUUAGUGCCGUAAACAAGAUAGGAUUUGGUGAGCCAAGUGAAGUUCCUGAAAAACAUUUGGCAAAGGAUAUCCUACUUGCCCCUGAGGCUGAACUUGAUGCUGAUCUCAGAAAAGCACUUGUUUUACGUGCUGGAGUUACAAUGAGAAUUUAUGUACCUCUGAGAGGGCGUCCUGCUCCAAAGGCAACAUGGACUAAGGUCAAUGCAAAUUUGAAAGAGAGGCAAGGUCUUAUGAUUAAGACAACUGAAUGGGAUACCUUCCUUUAUUGUGAGGAUAUCAACAGAUAUGAUGCUGGCAAAUAUGUUCUAACUUUAGAAAACAGUAGUGGUACCAAGUCAUACACUAUUGUUGUCAAAGUACUAGACACACCUGGACCCCCAGUCAAUCUGAUUGUUAAGGAGACCUCAAAGGACCAUGUAUCCAUUACAUGGGAUGCUCCAUUAAUUGAUGGUGGAAGUCCAGUGAAGAGCUAUGUGGUUGAAAAACGGCUGGCUGAGAGAAAGGCGUGGACUUGUGUUGCUCCUGAGUGUCCCAAGACAUCUUUUAGGAUUACUAAUCUUGAAGCUGGUCAAGCUUACUGCUUCAGAGUCCUAGCUGAAAAUAUAUAUGGAAUUGGUGAAGGUUGUGAGACAGCUGGCCCAGUCAAAGCCUCAGAACAACCUGGACCAGUUGCAGAUUUUAAAUCAAUAGAGAUCACCAAGAACUCCUGUACUCUUGGCUGGAAGAAACCAAUUAGUGAUGGUGGAAGCCAUGUUGUUGCAUAUGCUUUAGAGAUCUGUGAAGGGGAGGACAAAUGGAAGUUGCUAAUGAAGUCUAAGCUCACACAGUACACAAUCGGUGAUCUAGUUGAAGGAAAGGAGUACAGCUUCAGGGUCAAGGCCAUUAAUGAAUCAGCUGAAGGACCACCGACUGAGCUCACUAUCUUGGCUAAAGAUCAAAUAGUCCCUCCAGACUGUGACCUUAAAGGCUUGCCAGAUUCUAGCUAUGUGGCAAAAGAGGGAUCCACAGUUCGUCUUAAUAUCCCUAUUACUGGAAUCCCAGCUCCAGCAGUCAUAUGGAAAAAGGGUGAUGUUACCUUAUCAGACAGUGGAAGAAUCUCAGUUGAAUCAACCACAACAAACACAGUCUUGCUGAUUCGGGAUUGCCAUAGAGGAGAUGCUGGCAAGUUCACUAUCAUUUUAAGAAAUAGUGCUGGAACAAAAGAAUCAGCUAUUGACAUUAAAGUGGUUGGAAAGCCUGGAAUCUGCUCUGGGCCAAUCAAAUUUGAUGAAAUCACAGCCGAAGCAAUUACUGUAGAAUGGGGUCCACCGAAAGAUGAUGGUGGAUCAGAAGUUACCAACUACUUUUUGGAGAAAAGACAUUCUACUGCUAACAAGUGGGUCACAGUUGCCUCUGCAAUUCAGAAGAACUCUAUGAGAGUUACCAGACUUCAUGAUGGAACAGAAUACAUCUUCAGAGUUUGUGCUGAAAAUAAAUAUGGAAUUGGAGAGUUCCUCAGAUCUGAUCCAGUGGUUGCUAAACAUCCAUUCAAUGCACCAGGGGCUCCAGCACCACCUGUGGUUGUGAGCAUACGUCAUGAGUGUGCUAUCUUAACAUGGUCUGAUCCAAAUGAUACUGGAGGCUCACCCAUCACAGGAUAUUACGUGGAAUUUAAAGAUAGAAAUAGCUUGAUGUGGAAAAGAGCCAGCAAAACACAGUUGAGAGUGAAGGAAUGCAGAGUGACUGGCUUGGUUGAAGGCCUUGAAUAUGAAUUUAGGGUCAUAGCUAUAAAUAUGGCUGGACUUGGAAAACCAAGCAAAACAACUGAAUCACUUGUUGCUCUUGAUCCAAUUGAUCCACCUGGCAAACCUGAUGUGAUCAAUAUCACAAGGAACAGUGUGACACUUAUGUGGACUGCACCAAAGUAUGAUGGUGGCCACAAACUUACUGGCUAUAUGGUAGAGAAAUUAGAGCACCCUGGAAAGACAUGGAUGAAGGCCAACCAUGUGAAUGUCCAAAGCUGUGCCUACACUGUUACAGAUCUACAGGAGGGAUGCACUUGUGAAUUCAGAAUCAGGGCUAAAAAUGCAGCUGGAGCUAUCAGUGCUCCCUCUGAGACAACUGAGCCUCUUGUUUGCAAAGAUGAAUAUGAACCACCAACAAUCACAAUUGACCCAGAAAUGAAGGAUGGAGUGACUGUGAAGGCUGGUGGAACAAUUGUCAUCACAGCAUCUAGCAUUCUUGGAAAACCUCCUCCCACUGCUGUGUGGUCUAAGUCUGGAAGAGAAUUCAAGUCCUCAGAUAUUGUCCAAAUUAGUAGCACUCCUACAUCUUCAACUUUGUCGAUCAAAUAUGCCAGCCGAAAGAAUACUGGAGAGUACACAAUUACAGCAAGCAAUCCAUUUGGUAUCAAAGAUGAAAAAGUUAAAGUUAAAGUUCUGGAUGUUCCAGGGCCUCCAGGUCCUAUUGAAGCCAGCAGUGUCUCAGCUGAAAAAUGCACAUUGACAUGGUUGCCACCAGAAGAAGAUGGUGGCUGCAGUAUAAAAUCAUAUAUCUUAGAAAAGAGAGAAACCAGCCGCCUACUCUGGACAAAGCUUGCUGAAAAUGUUAUGGAUUGUCGCUAUGUUGCCAGCAAGCUGAUAAAGGGAAAUGAAUACAUAUUCCGUGUUUCAGCUGUCAAUCAGUAUGGCACUGGCGAUGUGACACAGUCUGGACCAGUCAAAAUGGUUGACAGCUUUGGACCCCCAGGACCUCCAUCAAAACCAGAAAUUGAUAAUGUCAGCAAAACUGCGGUAACAAUUUCCUGGAAAAGACCAACUGUAGAUGGAGGAAGUGACAUUAGAGGCUAUAGUGUUGAGAGAAAAGAGAGAAGAGGAAUGAGAUGGGUCAGAGCUUCAAAGAAGACCGUUUCUGAUCUACGCUUUAAGGUCUCAGGCUUGUCAGAGGAAAUUGAAUAUGAAUUCAGAGUGACUGCAGAAAAUAAAGCUGGUUUUGGUGAACCCAGUGAGCCAUCUCAACCUGUAAUGACAAAGGAUAUUGCAUACCCACCAGGUCCUCCAUCAAACCCACGGAUUACUGACACCACUAAAACAACAGCAACAUUUAACUGGGGUAGACCCUUUUACGAUGGUGGACUUGAUGUGACAGGAUACAUUGUUGAGCAUAAAAAGGAAGGUGAUGAUGACUGGGUUCAAGACACAACUAUUCCCUUGAGAAUAACAGAGUUUGUGGUAUCAAAUCUACAGUCUGGAGGAAAAUAUCACUUCAGAGUCAGUGCACUUAAUUCUGAAGGGCUUGGUGAACCAUCUGAAGUAGAGCAAGUUGUUGAACUGGUGGAUCGAGAGGAGGUUCCCGACUUUGAGCUCGAUGCAGAGCUGAGAAAAACACUUGUUGUGAAGUCGGGUGCUUCAAUCCGUAUAUUUGUGCCAAUUAAGGGCCGGCCAGCUCCUGAAGUAGCAUGGUAUAAGGAAGAUAUACCUCUUAAAGGGCGUGCUCACAUUGAUACUACUGAAUCAUACACUUUAGUAGUCAUCCCGGAAUGUACACGAUAUGAUGCUGGUAAAUAUGUCUUAACAUUAGAAAAUGUAGCUGGAAAGAAGACUGGAUUUGUCAAUGUCCGUGUUGUGGACACCCCGGGACCUCCAGUAAAUUUAAAACCAAGAGAAAUCACAAAGCAUAGCAUUACUCUCCAGUGGGAAAUUCCUCUUAUUGAUGGUGGCUCAAAGAUCAAAAAUUAUAUUAUUGAGAAGCGUGAGGCAACGCGAAAAGCUUACUCAGUAAUCACUACAAACUGGCAGAAAUGCUCAUACAAGAUUCCAGACUUAGAAGAGGCUGCUGAAUAUUACUUUAGAGUUUCAGCUGAAAAUGAAAGGGGCAUCGGUGAACCAGCAGAGACACCUACUCCGAUAAGAGCUUCUCAGGCUCCUUCAGCACCAGAUGAUCUGAUUGUCUCUGAUGUUUCCAAGGACACUGCAACUCUUGCAUGGACAAAACCAAAACAUGAUGGUGGUAGUCGAAUCACUGGGUAUGUAAUAGAGGCUCAACUGAAAGACUCUGAUCAAUGGGCCCAUGUGACAACAAUAAAAGCUUUGGACUACACUGCAACAGAAUUGGUGGAAAAUGCAGAAUAUGUGUUCCGCAUAUUUGCUGUAAAUAGCUCAGGCAGAAGUGAACCUCGAGAAAGUCGACCAGUUGUAAUAAAGGAGCAAACCACAGCUCCAGAAUUUGACCUCAGAAGUAUAUAUCAGAAGACAGUGGUAGCUAAAGCAGGUGAUAAUCUUAAAGUUGAGAUCCCUGUUCUUGGUCGUCCAAGACCACUUGUUGUGUGGAAGAAAGAAGAUCAGGAACUAAAGCAAACUCAGAGGAUAAACAUUGAAAAUACAGCAAGUUCUACAAUUCUUAACAUUAAUGAAAUUAAGAGAAAAGAUGGUGGACAGUAUUCUAUGACAGGAAAGAAUAUCUUAGGAACUGUGACUGAAAACAUUACUGUUCAAGUACAUGACAUCCCAGGACCUCCAACUGGACCAAUUAAGCUGGAUGAAGUUUCCUGUGACUAUGUUCUCAUAUCAUGGGAAGCUCCAGAAAAUGAUGGAGGAGUGCCUAUUAAUAACUACAUUGUUGAGAUGCGUGAGACCACUGGUACUUCCUGGGUGGAACUGGCAGCCACUGUCAUCCGUACAACAUUCAAAGCUGCUCGUCUUACAACUGGUAUCGAAUAUCAAUUCCGAGUUAAAGCUCAAAACAGAUAUGGCGUUGGUCCCUACACAACAUCAGCAUCAGUGGUGGCUGCAUAUCCAUUUGAUGUUCCAGGACAGCCUGGAAUUCCACAUAUAGUUGCCUUCACCAAGGAUUCGAUGACAAUCAGCUGGAAUGAACCCUCUUCAGAUGGAGGAAGCCCAAUUUUGGGAUACCACAUUGAAAGGAAAGAGAAGAACAGCAUACUCUGGCAGAGGAUAAGCAAAGCUCUAAUUGUUGGCAAUAUGUUUAAAUCAUCAGGUCUGAUGGAUGGUAUUGCAUAUGAAUUCCGUGUUAUUGCAGAAAAUAUGGCUGGUCUCAGCAAAGCAAGCAAGCCAUCUGAUAUGACCUAUGCACUUGAUCCUGUAGACCCUCCGAGUCAACCAGUAGCACUUAACAUAACUAGACAUGAAGUUACACUUCAGUGGACAAAGCCAGAAGGUGAUGGUGGUUUCUCUAUAACCGGAUAUACAGUUGAAAAAAGAGAACUACCUAAUGGUCGUUGGCUCAAGGCCAACUUCAGCAACAUUCUUGAAACAAAUUUUACUGUGAGUGGUCUCACAGAGGAUGCUUCUUAUGAAUUCCGUGUAUUAGCAAGAAACUCAGCUGGAGCUGUCAGCAAACCAUCUAAACCUUCAGAAGUUAUUGUUUGCAGAGAUGACAUUGAAGAACCAAAGAUUGAUGCAGAUGCAAGUUUCAGUAGUGUUGUGGUAGUGAAAGCAGGAGAUAUCUUCAAGUUAGAUGCACAUGUUACAGGCCGACCAAUACCAUCCAUGGUUUGGACAAAAGAUGGCAAGGAACUCGAGGACACUGGAAAAAUGGAGAUCAAAACAUUAGAUUUCUACAGUUGUUUGAUCAACAAAGAUUCUUUGCGCAGAGAUGGUGGUGCAUACACUCUCACUGCUAGCAAUCCUGGAGGAUUUGCCAAAUUUGUCUUCAAUGUUAAAGUUCUUGACAGACCUGGUCCUCCUGAGGGGCCAUUACGUGUCACAGACAUGACAACAGAGAAAUGCAUUCUGUCAUGGCUACCACCACUUCAUGAUGGAGGAGGAAAGAUUGAAUAUUACAUCAUUCAAAGACGUGAAACAAGUAGACUUACAUGGACAAAUGUAGCUACAGAUUUACAAGUAAACCGCUAUAAAGUUACGAAAUUGCUGAAAGGAAAUGAAUAUAUCUUCAGAGUCAUGGCUGUAAACAAGUAUGGAGUAGGAGAACCUCUUGAAUCUGAACCUGCUGUUGCUACUAAUCCGUAUGUGCCAUCUGAUCCUCCACAGGCACCAGAGGUAACUGCUAUCACAAAAGAUUCAAUGGUGGUAUGUUGGGGACAUCCUGAGUACAAUGGUGGAAGUAGCAUUAAUACCUACAUCAUUGAGAGAAGAGAUAAAACUGGUCUUCGUUGGGUAAAAUGCAACAAAAGGACUGUUACUGAUCUGCGCUUCAAAGUGUCAGGACUAACACCUGGACAUGAGUAUGAAUACAGAAUCCUAGCUGAAAAUGCUGCUGGCUUAAGUGCUCCAAGCCCUUCAAGUCCAUUCUACAAAGCUUGUGACACAAUAUUCCAACCUGGACCCCCUGGAAACCCUAGGGUUUUGGAUACAACUAAAUCAUCCAUUACUAUUGCUUGGAAUAAACCAGUUUAUGAUGGUGGCUCAGAUAUUACAGGUUAUAUUGUUGAGACAUGCCUUCCAGAGGAAGAUGAAUGGACAAUUGUUACACCAAUGGCAGGACUAACUGCAACAUCAUUCACCAUAACCAACCUUACUGAAAAUCAAGAAUAUAAGAUCAACAUUUCAGCUCUUAACUGUGAAGGUGUUGGAGAGCCAGCUUCUGUGCCUGGUUCACCUAAAGCAGAGGACAGACUCCUUCCGCCUGAAAUUGAGCUUGACUCAGACCUUCGCAAAGUUGUGAACAUCAGAGCAUGCAGUACCUUAAGAUUAUUUGUGCCAGUUAAAGGAAGACCUGCGCCAGAAAUCAGAUGGUCAAGAGAGCAUGGGGAACCCCUUGAUAAAGCAUCCAUUGAAAUUACACCAUCUUUCACCACACUGCUUAUUGAAAAUGUAAAUAGAUUUGAUGGUGGAAAAUAUAUGUUAACAGUGGAAAACAAUUCAGGAACAAAAACAGCAUUUAUCAAUGUCCGAGUUCUUGACACUCCUGGUGCACCACAAAACCUUACCAUCAAAGAAAUCACAAAAGAUUCUGUUUCACUCAUCUGGGACCCUCCAGUCAUUGAUGGUGGAUCAAGAAUCAGGCAUUACAUUGUGGAAAAACGUGAAUCUACAAGAAAAGCAUAUUCCAUUGUUAAUGCCUCUUGUCCCAAAACAAGUUGGAGAAUUGGAGAUUUACAAGAAGGAAAUUUGUAUUUCUUCAGAAUUUUGGCAGAAAAUGAGUAUGGUGUAGGUCUUCCAGUAGAGACAAUGGAAGCUAUAAAAAUCUCUGAGAGACCUCUUCCUCCAGGAAAAGUUACUCUAAGAGAAGUAACUAGCAACAGUGUUACACUUUCUUGGGAGAAGCCAGACCAUGAUGGAGGAAGCAGAAUUACCGGUUAUAUUGUUGAAAUGCAAGGGAAAAACAGUGAAAAAUGGACCCAGGUAAUGACUGUUAAAGUAACAGAAGCAGUUGUUGUUGGCCUAACUCAAGGUGAAGAAUACUCCUUCCGCAUUUCUGCAACCAAUGAAAAAGGAAUAAGUGAUCCGCGUCCACUUAGCGUCCCUGUCAUUGCUAAGGAUGUUGUUAUUGCCCCUGCCUUCAAACUGUUAUUUGGCACAUUCAGUGUUCUGGCAGGUGAUGAUCUGAAAAUUGACGUGCCUUAUGUCGCUCAGCCCAAGGCAGCAGUUAUUUGGCAAAAAGAUGGUAUUUCUUUAAAAGAGACAACAAGAGUUAAUACUGAAGUAGCAGAGAAACAUCUUUAUCUUGUAAUAAAGGAGGCAACAAGGGAUGAUGUGGGCAAAUAUACUAUUAAAAUUACAAACUCAGCUGGUGAAGCAACAGCAGACAUCAAUGUUAUUGUACUUGAUAAACCUGGACCCCCAACUGGCCCAAUCAAAAUAGAGGAGGUAACUGCAGACAGCGUUACAUUGUCAUGGCAGCCUCCAGAGUAUGAAGGAGGAUGCAGCAUUAAUAACUACAUUGUUGAAAAGCGAGACACAUCUACCACAAAUUGGCAGAUUGUUUCUGCAACAGUGGCAAGAACAACAACUAAAGCGGCAAGACUGAAGACGGGCUGUGAGUAUCAAUUUAGGAUUGCUGCAGAAAACAGAUAUGGAAAGAGUUCUGUUAUUCUGUCUGAACAUGUUGUUGCACAGUAUCCCUUUGAAAUUCCACAUCCACCAGGAAUUCCAGCUGUUCAGUCUGCUACCAAAGAAAGCAUGGUUGUUGUAUGGAACAAACCCAGCAGUGAUGGUGGAAGCAAGAUUUUGGGAUAUCACAUUGAAAGUAAAGAAAAAAACAGCUUGCUGUGGGUGAAACAAAACAAAACACUCAUUCCAGACACACGAUUCAAGAUAGGUGGUCUUGAAGAAGGCAUUGAAUAUGAAUUUAGAGUUUAUGCUGAGAAUAUAGUUGGUUUAAGUAAAGCAAGCAAAGUGUCUGAAAUUCAAGUAGCUAGAGAUCCAUGUGAUCCUCCAGGAAAACCUGAAGCAGUUAUUGUGAAAAGAAACUCUGUAACACUCAGGUGGACACCUCCAGAGUUUGAUGCUGGAAUCAAAAUUACUGGAUAUGUUGUUGAGAAGAAAGAACUGCCUAAUGGCCGAUGGAUGAAAGCCUCUUUUGCUAACAUUAUUGAGACUGAAUUUGUUGUCAGUGGGUUGGUAGAGGAGCAGCAAUAUGAGUUCCGUGUCAUUGCAAGAAAUGCUGCAGGUGUGUCUAGUGCUCCAUCAGACAGCACUGGUGCAAUCACAGCAAAGGAUGAAGUUGAUCCACCCCAAAUUGACUUGGAUGCCAAAUACUCUCAAAAUGUUGUUGUUAAUGCUGGUGAAUCAUUCAGAAUAGAUGCAGGGAUACUUGGCAAACCUAUUCCUUCAGUUCACUGGAUUAAAUCUGGUGAAGAACUUACAAAUACUGCAAGGCUUGAGAUCAAGAACACUGACUUCACAACAGCUUUAAGUGUCAAGGAGGCUAUCCGUGUUGAUGGAGGCCAGUAUACAUUGUUACUGAAAAAUGUUGGUGGAGAGAAAUUAGUUAUUAUUAAUGUCAAGGUUCUAGACAGGCCUGGACCUCCAGAUGGUCCAAUUUCAAUCUAUGGUGUUACAAGUGAAAAGUGUUGCAUUUCCUGGAAAACUCCAUUGCAUGAUGGGGGUGCAGAGGUGUCUCAUUACAUUGUGGAAAGAAGAGAAACCAGUCGAUUGGUUUGGACUGUUGUAGAACCAAAGGUACAAACCCUCAAUCUCAAAAUUACAAAACUUCUUCCUGGAAAUGAGUAUAUUUUCAGAGUAAUACCUGUAAAUAAAUAUGGAAUUGGUGAGCCUUUGGAAUCGGAUCCAGUGAUUGCAGCAAAUCCAUUUGUCACACCUGAAGCACCAAGUAAUGUUGAAGUGUCAAAUAUAACAAAAGAUUCCAUGGUUAUCACAUGGGAAAGACCCACUAAUGAUGGUGGCAAUGCAAUUACAGGAUAUAUAAUUGAAAAAAGAGACAAAGAAGGUGUUAGGUGGACAAGGUGCAACAAACGUGUAGUGAGUGAACUACGAUUUAGAGUAACAGGACUUCUUGAAAUGAGAAGUUAUGAAUUCCGCGUGUCUGCUGAAAACGCAGCUGGAGUUGGUAAGCCAAGUCCACCCACAGUGUACUUCAAAGCAGCAGAUCCAGUCUUCAAGCCUGGCCCACCCAACAACCCUAAAGUAGCUUAUGUGUCAAGAGCCUCUGUUGUACUGCAUUGGGGCAAGCCAAUUUAUGAUGGUGGCUGUGAGAUUCAAAGUUAUAUUGUUGAGGCAUGUGAAGUCACUUCAGAUGAAUGGAUGAUGUGUACGCCACCAUCAGGAAUAACUGAGACAAGAUUUGAAGCUAAAAAACUUCUUGAAAAGCAUGAGUACAAAUUCAGAAUUUGUGCUGUCAAUAAGAUUGGCGUCGGAGAAACCGCUGAUAUCCCAGGAUCUAUUAUCAUAGAGGAUAAACUUGAGGCACCAGAUAUUGAUCUUGAUGCUGACCUGAGAAAGAUGAUCACUGUCAGGGCUGGAGGUUCUCUUAGAUUGUUUGUUCCUAUCCGGGGACGGCCAACUCCUGAAGUUAAAUGGGGAAAAACUGAAGGGGAAAUCAAUGAGGCAGCACAGAUUGAUAUUACAAGCAGUUUUACCUCACUUGUAAUUGAAAAUGUUAAUAGGUUUGACAGUGGAAAAUACACUUUGACCCUGGAAAAUGCUAGUGGAACAAAAUCUGCAUUUAUUAGCGUCAGAGUAUUAGAUACUCCUGAUAUACCUGCAAACUUCCGUGUAAAGGAAAUAACAAAGAAUUCAGUUACUCUUACCUGGGAGCCUCCUUUGCUGGAUGGUGGAGCUAAAAUAAAAAACUACAUUGUUGAAAAACGAGAGAGUACAAGAAAGGUAUAUUCUGCUGUUACUACCUGCAACAAGAUGACAUGGAAAAUUGAACCACUUGAAGAGGGAAGUAUCUACUUCUUCAGAGUUCUUGCUGAAAAUGAACAUGGCAUUGGAUUGCCUGCAGAGACUCCAGAACCACUGAAAAUUUCAGAGGUGCCACAACCCCCUGGCAAAGUUUCUGUAGUGGAUGUAACACGGAAGAGUGUUUCUCUAAAAUGGGAAAAGCCAGAGCAUGAUGGAGGCAGCAGAAUCACUUAUUAUGAAGUUGAAAUGCAAGCAAAGGAUCAAGAUAAAUGGUCUCUUUGUGCUCAAGUAAAAGCCCUUGAUACUGUUGUAACUAAUUUAGCACAAGGUGGGGAGUACAUCUUUAGAGUCAUCGCUGUCAAUGACAAAGGAAAGAGUGAUCCUCGACUUCUGGCAAGUCCUGUUGUUGCAAAGGACCUCGCUAUUGAGCCCUCAGUAAGAACAAAACUAAGUACAUACAAUGUACAGGUUGGGCAUGAUUUGAAAAUUGAGGCACGAAUUUCUGGUCAUCCAAAACCAACUAUUACAUGGACCAAAGAUGGUUCAGCUUUGAAACAGACCACAAGAGUAAAUGUUGCUGACACUGCACAUCAUACAACUCUUACCAUAAAAGAUGCAACAAGAGAAGAUGGUGGUAUGUAUAACAUUGCUGUAGCUAAUGUACUUGGACAACAAGAAGCUACUGUUGAAAUAAUCAUCCUGGAAAAACCUGGCCCACCAACAGGCCCAGUAAGGAUUGAUGAAGUAAGUGCAGAGAGUAUUACAUUGUCUUGGGAUCCACCAACAUACACUGGAGGCUGCCAGAUUUCAAAUUAUAUUGUCCAAAAGAGAGACACCACCACCACAAACUGGGUAGUUGUUUCUGCCACAGUAGCAAGAACUACACUUAAAGUUGGUAAUUUAAAAACUGGAGCUGAAUACCAGUUUAGAAUCUUUGCUGAAAAUAGAUAUGGUAAAAGCUAUGGCAUUGACUCUGAUCCAGUUCUUGCCCAGUAUCCUUUCAAAGAGCCCGGGCCUCCAGGAACUCCAUUUGUGUCUGCUUUCACUAAAGAGUCUAUGGUUGUUGAAUGGCAUAAACCAGUCUCAGAUGGUGGAAGUGCUAUUCUAGGAUAUCAUUUUGAGAGAAAAGAGAAAAAUAGCAUUCUAUGGACAAAGAUCAACAAAAUACUCAUUCAAGACACACGAUUUAAAACAUCUCCAUUGGAAGAGGGCAUUGAAUAUGAGUUUAGGGUAUAUGCUGAAAACAUCGUUGGAAUUGGAAAAUGCAGCAAAAUCUCUGAGGGUUGCAUUGCACGUGAUCCCUGUGACCCACCAGGUACCCCUGUGCCAGUCAUUGUGUCUAGACACUCAGUCAAACUUAGAUGGACACCACCAGAAUAUGAUGGUGGCAGCCUUGUCACGGGAUAUGUUGUAGAAAAACGAGACCUACCAGAGGGCCGUUGGAUGAAAGCCAGUUUUGCAAACAUUCUUGAAACUGAAUUUACAGUCACAGGCCUUAUUGAAGACUGCAAAUAUGAUUUCAGAGUUAUAGCAAGAAAUGGAGCUGGAUCAGUCAGUAGACCCUCUGAGAGCACAGGCUCAGUUACAGCUAAGGAUGAAGUUGAACCACCAACCUAUGAGGUUGCUUCAGAGUAUAGUCAGAUUUUAACAGUGAAUGCUGGAGACAUAUUUUCCCUUGAAGCAUCUGUGCAGGGAAAGCCAAUUCCAACAAUGCAGUGGUUUAAGGGUGACAUGGAGGUUGAAAACUCAGCAAGAGCUGAGAUCAAGAACACUGACUUUAAAGCAGUUCUUGUUGUCAAAGAUGCAAUUCGAAUUGAUGGAGGACAAUACACACUGCACCUUUCCAAUGUGGCUGGAUCGAAAUCUGUUUCCUUCAACGUGAGAGUGCUUGAUAGACCUGGACCUCCAGAAGGUCCUUUGACUGUUUCUGGUGUGACAAAUGAAAAAUGUUCAUUGUCAUGGCUGCCUCCCAGACAUGAUGGUGGCAGUAGCAUUUCUCAUUAUAUCAUACAAAAGAGAGAAACAAGUCGUCUUGCUUGGACUGUAGUUUCAGGUGAUUGUGGAGCAACCAUGUUCAAAGUUACAAAGCUUCUAAAAGGAAAUGAAUAUAUAUUCCGUGUCAUGGCUGUCAACAAAUAUGGAGUUGGUGAACCACUGGAAUCUACAGCAGUGAUUAUGAGAAAUCCUUUUGUUGCUCCUGGCCCACCUCAAGAUAUAGAGAUAACAAAUAUUUCAAGGGACUCUAUGACUGUAUGCUGGGCUCGUCCUGAGAGUGAUGGCGGAAAUGAGAUUGUUGGUUACAUUGUAGAGAAGAGAGACCGAGCUGGAGUCCGGUGGACAAAAUGUAACAAACGCAGAGUCACAGACCUACGUUUCAGAGUCACAGGUUUGACAGAGGAUCAUGAAUAUGAAUUCAGGUUAUCAGCAGAAAAUGCUGCUGGAGUUGGACAACCAAGUCCACCAACAGUUUAUUACAAAGCCUGUGAUCCAACAUUCAAGCCUGGCCAGCCAACUAAUGCACACCUUGUUGAUACUACAAAGAAUUCAGUCACAGUUGCAUGGAGUAGGCCAAUAUAUGAUGGUGGCUUAGAUAUUCAAGGCUACGUUGUUGAGAUAUCUAAAGCUGAUGAAGAAGAAUGGAUCACAUGUACUCCACCCACUGGAUUAAAUGAUACUAAAUUUUCAAUAACUAAACUCACUGAACACCAAGAAUACAAAGUUCGCAUUUGUGCCUUAAAUAAACUAGGUGUUGGUGAACCAGUGCCCAUCCAAGGUACUGUCAAACCAGUGGAUAAAAUGGAUGCACCUGAAAUUGAACUUGACUCUGAGUUAAGGAAAGGCAUUGUUGUACAUGCUGGAGGAUCUAUGAGAAUCAACAUACCAUUCAGAGGACGGCCCAUUCCUGAGAUAAACUGGACCAAGGAUGAAGGAGAUUUACCAGAUAAAGCCCAAAUAGACAAGGGACCAGAUUACACCCAGCUGACAAUUAAUAUAUGUGACAGGAAUGAUGCUGGAAAAUAUACAUUGACUUUGCAAAAUAGUGCUGGCACCAAAUCAGCAUUUGUUUCAGUAAAAGUACUUGAUACACCAGGUGCUCCACAGAACCUUUUUGUAAAGGAUAUAACAAGAAACUAUGUUACGCUUGUUUGGGAACCUCCACUUAUUGAUGGUGGUUCAAAAAUCAAAAAUUACAUUAUUGACAAGAGGGAAUCAACUAGACAAGGAUUUACAAACAUUACUACUAAGUGCUCUAAGACCAGCUUCCGAGUUGGUGAUCUGACAGAGGGUGGUAUUUAUUACUUCAGAGUCAUGGCAGAAAAUGAAUUUGGAAUUGGCCUGCCUGUAGAAACAGAAGAAUCUGUUAAGACAGCAGAUCCCCCUUUAUCAGUUGGCAAGGUCACUUUGACUGAUGUCACAAAAACCACAGCAUCACUAUCCUGGGAUAAACCAGAUCAUGAUGGUGGCAGCAGAAUAUUGGGUUAUUAUAUUGAAAUGCAGCCUAAAGGAUCAGAGGAAUGGAUUGUUGCUACAGUCAGCAAAACAUGUGAGGGUACAGUGGCUGGACUUAGUUCAGGACAAGAAUAUCACUUAAGAGUUUUAGCUUACAAUGAGAAGGGAAAAAGUGAUCCCAGGCCAUUAGCUUCUCCCGUCAUUGCCAAAGAUGUUACUAUUGAACCAAGCUUCAAACUAACUUUCAACACAUACAGUGUUCAAUCUGGCGAAGAUCUCAAAGUGGAAAUACCAUUUAAAGGGCGUCCAACUCCAAAGAUUGGAUGGAUGAAAGAUGGACAAGCACUUAAAGAGACAACCAGACUAAAUGUCUCAAGCACUGCAACGUCAACAGUUCUUAAAAUUAAAGAAGCAAAUAGAGAGGACUCUGGCAAAUACACAAUCACAGCUACAAACAAUAUAGGUACAGUCACAGAAGAGGUUGCCAUAAUCAUUCUUGAUAAACCAGGUCCACCAACUGGACCAGUCAAAAUUGAUGAAGUAAGUGCCACCUAUGUUGUCAUGUCCUGGGAGCCACCAGUUUACACAGGAGGUUGUCAGAUAAACAACUAUGUAGUGGAAAAACGUGAUACAACCACGACUAACUGGCAGACUGUUUCUGCAACAAUUGCUAGAACCACAAUCAAAAUAUCAAAGCUGAAGACUGGUUCUGAAUAUCAGUUUAGAGUGUUUGCUGAGAACAGAUAUGGAAAGAGCGGAUCAUUAGAUUCAGCACUAGUUGUGGUCAGUUAUCCUUUCACUGAGCCUGCAGCUCCUGGUGCACCAUUUGUUUCAUCAGUCACAAAAGACCACAUGACAAUUGAAUGGAAACCCCCUAGCAAUAAUGGAGGCAGUCCUAUUAUUGGAUAUCACCUGGAGCGUAAAGAAAAGAACAGCAUCUUAUGGACCAAACUUAACAAACUUCUUAUCACUGACACUCGAUUGAGAACAAAUGGUCUGGAGGAGGGAAUUGAAUAUGAAUAUAGGGUUUUUGCUGAAAAUAUUGCAGGAAUCAGUCCAUCAAGCAAAGUGUCAGAAAGUGUUGUUGCACGUGACCCAUGUGAUCCACCUGGAACUCCUGAAGCCAUUGUUAUCACAAGAAACCUCAUAACUCUUCAAUGGACUAAACCACAGUAUGAUGGUGGCAGUGUAAUUACAGGAUACAUAAUUGAAAGAAAGAAGUUGCCUGAGGGUCGUUGGAUGAAGGCCAGUUUUACAAAUAUUAUAGACACACAAUUUACAAUAACCGGAUUACAUGAAGAACAAAGGUAUGAAUUCAGGGUAAUAGCCAGAAAUGCAGCUGGUAUUUUAAGUGUGCCAUCUGAAAGCACUGGACCAAUUACUGCUCAGGAUGAGAUUGAAGCUCCAUCUGUCUCCAUGGAUUCAAGAUUUAAAGAUGUUAUUGUUGUAAAGGCUGGCGACUCCUUUAGUAUUGACUCUGACAUUGCUGGAAAACCUUUACCUGACAUUGUAUGGCUUAAGGAUGGAAAGGAAAUUGAUAGUGCUACACCCAGAAUGGAGAUUAAAUCCACCAUUACCCGAACAGUUUUGACUGUUAAAGACUGCAUCAGAGUAGAUGGGGGUCAUUUCAUCUUAAGUCUCAGUAACGUUGGUGGAACAAAACAGGUACCCAUUAAUGUCAAGGUUCUUGAUAGACCUGGUCCACCUGAUGGCCCGCUAAAAGUAACUGGUGUCACUGCAGAAAAAUGCUAUUUGCACUGGAGUCAUCCUUCACAUGAUGGUGGAGCUAGUAUUUCACAUUACAUUAUUGAAAAAAGAGAAACUAGCAGGCUGUCUUGGACAGUAGUGGAACCUAAAAUUCAAGCAAUCAGUUACAAAGUAACUAAACUCCUACCUGGUAAUGAGUAUAUUUUCAGAGUCAUGGCAGUGAACAAGUAUGGUAUUGGUGAACCACUUGAAUCUGAACCCGUCCUUGCAAAGAAUCCUUUUAAUAAACCAGGACCUCCUUCAACUCCAGAAGCAAGUGCAAUCACCAGAGACUCCAUAGUCCUCACAUGGGAACGACCAGAGGAGGAUGGUGGAUCACAAAUUGAUGGCUUUGUUCUUGAAAAACGUGAUAAAGAGGGUAUUCGAUGGACAAAGUGUAACAAGAAAAGACUAAAUGACCUGAGAUUCAGAGCCACUGGGCUUACAGAGGGACACUUCUAUGAAUUCAGAGUAUCUGCUGAAAAUGCUGCUGGUGUGGGCACACCAAGUGAACCAUCUGAAUAUUACAAAGCCUGUGAUGCAACCUAUCCUCCUGGUCCUCCUAAUAAUCCUAAAGUGACAGAUCACUCCAGCACAACUGUUACUUUGGCAUGGAGUAGACCAAUUUAUGAUGGUGGAGCAUCUGUCUCAGGAUACAUUGUUGAGGCAAAGGACGUUAACGAAGAUGAAUGGACUGUGUGUACACCUCCAACUGGUGUCCAAACAACUCACUUCACCGUCAAAAAAUUAAAGGAAAAUGCAGAAUACAACUUCCGUAUUUGUGCAGUUAAUAUAGAGGGGGCUGGAGAACAUGUUGAUGUUCCAGGAUCUGUAAUUGCAGCUGAAAAACUUGAAGCUCCUGAAGUAGAACUUGAUGCAGAUCUUAGGAAAUGUGUUACUGUGCGUGCCAGUGCAACACUUCGGUUAUUUGUCACAAUAAGGGGUAGACCAGAGCCUGAGGUUAAGUGGAAAAAGGCAGAUGGCAUCAUACCAGAGCGUGCUCAAAUUGAGGUUACAGGCUCUUACACUGGGCUUGUUAUUGACAAUGUUAACCGGUUUGACACUGGCAAGUAUGUUUUAACACUUGAAAAUAAUAUUGGCACAAAAUCUGCAUUUGUUAAUGUCAAAGUACUUGACUCUCCAAGUGCUCCAGUCAACUUUGAAGUUAAGGAUGUAAAAAGAGAUUCUGUCCAGCUACAAUGGGAGCCUCCACAAAUUGAUGGUGGAGCCAAGAUAACCCAUUACAUUGUAGAAAAGCGUGAAUCCAAGAGACUAGCAUUCACAUCUGUAACAAACAACUGUGUCAGAAAUUCAAUCAGGAUUGAUGAUCUCCAAGAAGGAGGUCUUUACCACUUCCGUGUAUUGGCUGUCAAUGAACUUGGUGUUGGUUUGCCUGCAGAGACUACAGAGGCUGUCAAAAUUUCUCAAGCACCCUUACCACCUGGUAAAAUUACAGUUAUUGAUGUAACUCGACACACUGUUACUUUGUCAUGGGAAAAGCCAGAUCAUGAUGGUGGGAGCAAAAUCACAGGCUAUAUGGUGGAAAUGAUGACUAAGGGAUCAGAUAAAUGGACUGCAUGUGCCACGAUAAAGGCACUGGAAGCCACAAUUGAAGGACUUACAACAGGAGAGGAAUACAGCUUCAGAAUUACAGCAAUUAACGACAAAGGAAAGAGCGAUCCUAAACCACUGGGAGCACCUGUUGUGGCAAGAGAUAUUACUAUUGAACCCAUUAUUGAUUUGAUGUUCAAUACCUACAGUGUAAAAGCUGGAGAUGAUCUCAAAAUAGAUGUUCCGUUCAGAGGCAGACCUUCUCCAGAGGUUACAUGGAAGAAGGAUGGUCACUCGCUGAAGCAAACAACCAGAGUUAAUGUUUUGACAUCAAAGACAUCAUCCAAGAUCACCAUCAAGGAUGCUACAAGAGAAGAUGCUGGAAAAUAUGAAAUUACUUUAACCAAUUCAUUUGGUGUCAAGUCUGCAGAAAUAUCAGUCAUCGUUCUUGAUAAACCAGGUCCACCAGGUUCAAUCAAGGUAGAGGAAAUAAGUGCUGAUUUUAUUUCGCUAUCAUGGGACCCUCCGAUGUAUGAUGGUGGCUGUCAAAUCAAUAAUUAUAUAGUUGAGAAAAGAGAUACGACUACUACAGCAUGGCAAAUUGUUUCAGCGACAGUUGCAAGAACAUCAAUCAAAGUAACUCGUUUGACACAAGGAACAGAAUAUCAGUUCCGUAUUGCUGCAGAGAAUCGUUAUGGUAAAAGCCAUGCCAUUGACUCAGCCCCAAUUGUUGCACAGUACCCCUUUACACCUCCAGGCCCUCCAACCAGUCUUCAGGUUUCUCAUGCCACUAAAUCAGGAAUGUUAGUUACAUGGAACAGACCAGCAAGUGAUGGUGGGAGUCCUGUUGUUGGAUAUCACAUAGAGUGCAAAGAUCAGAGCAGCAUUCUUUGGACAAAGAUGAACAGAGGGCUUAUAACAGAAACUCAGUUUAAGGUAACUGGCUUGGAAGAAGGCCUACUGUAUCAGUAUAGAGCAUAUGCAGAAAAUAUAGCUGGCAUUGGACCUUGCACAAAGGCAUGUGAUCCUGUUUCUGCCCGAGAUCCAUGUGCACCUCCCAGUCAGCCAAGUGUUAUGAACAUCACAAGAACAUCUGUUUCGCUUUCUUGGACAAAACCGGAGUUUGACGGUGGAGCUAAGGUUACUGGCUAUAUUGUUGAGCGUAGUGAACUUCCAGAUGGACGGUGGUUAAAGUGUAAUUUCACCAAUCUUCAAGAAACAUAUUUUGAUGUGACUGGUCUGAUUGAAGAUCAAAGAUAUGAUUUCCGAAUCAUUGCUAAAAAUUCAGCUGGCUUACUCAGUGAACCAUCAGAAAGCACUGGACCUGUAACAGUAAAAGAUGAUGUUGAUCCACCACGCAUAACAAUUGAGGACAAGCUAAGACAACUUGUUGUAAUAAAAGCUGGAGAAAUACUGAGAAUUGAUGCUGAAAUAUCAGGACGUCCAAUUCCUGUGGUUUCAUGGGCAAAGGAUGGAAAAGAAAUUGAAGCCAAGGCCAGAUGUGAGAUUUCUUCAACACUUACUAGUACAACACUAAUUGUGAGAGAUGCUAUUAGACGAGAUUCAGGACAGUAUGUUCUAACGUUGCAGAAUGUUGCAGGCACCAGAUCUUUAGCAGUAAAUUGUAAGGUCUUGGACAGACCUGGUCCAUCAUCUGGACCAUUGGAUAUAACUGGUUUGACUGCAGAAAAAUGUACAUUGACCUGGGGACCACCUCAGGAAAAUGGAGGUGCUGAAAUUCAACACUACAUUGUUGAGAAACGUGAGACUAGCCGGCUUGCUUGGACUCUGGUCUAUGCAGACAUGAAGGCCACAACAUGUAAAGUAACAAAAUUGCUCAAAGGUAAUGAGUAUAUAUUUAGAGUUCGAGGAGUUAAUAAGUAUGGAACUGGUGAAGCUCUGGAGAGCGAUCCUGCUAAGGCAAUGGAUCCAUUCACAGUCUGUGCUGCACCAACAGAUGUUGAAGUCACCAGUGUUACAAGUGAAGCAAUGACAAUUUGCUGGGAAAGACCCAUCUCUGAUGGCGGCAGUAGUAUUUCUGGUUAUGUAAUUGAGAAACGUGAGAAAUCUGGUCUUCGUUGGGUACGUGUGAACAAAAAGCCUGUGUAUGACCUAAGAGUAAAAGCUUCUAAUCUCCGUGAAGGCUGCGAGUAUGAAUACAGAGUAUUUGCUGAAAAUGCUGCUGGUUUGAGUGCACCAAGUGUGCCUUGCCCACUGACAAAGGCAGAGGAUCCGUUGUUCCUGCCAUCACCUCCAGCUAAACCUAAAAUAAUCGAUUCUACUAAAACAUCAGUAACACUGUCUUGGAACAAGCCAUUAUUUGAUGGUGGUUCACUAGUAACUGGAUACAUGGUGGAAUACAGAAAUACCAAUGAUGAUGAUUGGACAGUUGCUGUCAGUAACACCAAGAGCACAGAGUUCACUGUUGUGGGACUCACAUCAGGAACAGAGUAUGUCUUUAUAGUCAGAUCAAUUAACAAAAUUGGCCCAAGUGAGCCAAGCCCUGAAACUGAUCCACAGGUAGCAAAGGAAAGAGAAGAUGAGCCAGUUUUCUUAAUCAGUAAUGAAAUGAGGAAGACACUGGUUGUGAAAGAUGGAAGCUCAUUUACCCUUAGAGUCCCAUUCAAGGGGAAGCCUGUCCCACAUGUAAUGUGGAACAAACCAGAUGUUGAUCUGAGAGUGAGGGCAUCUAUUGAUACAACUGAUACCUGCACAUCGGUCACAAUUGAGCAAGCUACAAGAGAUGACUCUGGGAAAUACACUGUAACUCUCCAAAAUGUUGCUGGAACUGCUACACUGACGCUGAGUGUAAAGGUCCUUGAUUCUCCAGGCCCACCAGCCCACAUUGAAGUAAAAGACGUCACCAAGAGUUCGGCAACUAUUACAUGGGAUACUCCUGACAACGAGGGUGGUGCUCCAGUCAAAAACUACCUUGUUGAUCUCCGCGAAGCAACUAAGAUGGGCUGGAGCAGGAUUUCAAACAGUUGUCCCAGGUUGACUUAUAAAGUGACUAAUCUGCAAGAGGGGGGUGUAUAUUAUUUCAGAGUUACUGGUGAAAAUGAGUACGGUGUCGGAGUGCCACUUGAGACCAAGGAAGGAACAAAGGUUACAGAAAAACCAAGCCCACCACCCAAGCUUGGGGUAACUGAUGUCACAAAAGAAAGUGUCUCACUUGCAUGGCUUAAACCAGAACAUGAUGGAGGAAGUAGAAUUACAAACUACCUGGUUGAGGCCCUUGAAAAAGGACAACAAAAGUGGAUAAAGUGUGGUUCCACCAAAUCCACUCAUUUUGUUGUCUAUGGAUUGAGAGAAAAUGCAGAAUACUACUUCAGAGUUCGUGCUGAAAACCAUGCUGGGCUGAGCGACCCCAAGGACAUGGUUUUACCUGUGCUUGUUAAAGACCAGCUGGAGGCGCCAGAAAUUAAUAUGAAGGACUUCCAACACAACACUGCCUAUGUUAAGGCAGGUUCAAAUCUCAAGAUUGAGAUCCCCCUUACUGGUAAACCUUUACCAAAAGUUUCCCUCUCUAAAGAUGGACAGGUUCUAAAGUCUACCAUGAGAUUCAACUUUGAUGUGACAACUGACUCACUUUUAAUUUAUUUGCGUGAGAGUAUUGCUUCAGAUGCAGGCAGAUAUGAUAUCACAGCCUCUAAUUCUAGUGGAACCACAAAAUCCUUUGUGAAUAUUGUGGUUCUUGAUAGACCAGGUCCACCGGUUGGCCCUAUUGAAAUGUGUGAUAUCACAGAGGACAGUGUGAGUCUGAAGUGGUUGCCUCCUGCAUAUGAUGGUGGUAGCCCAAUCACCAACUACAUUGUUCUCAAACGCGAGACCACUACUGCCAACUGGAUAGAAGUUUCAUCUGCUGUGGCAAGGUGCACAAUCAAGAUCAUGAAGCUGAAUACUGGAGUUGAGUACCAAUUCAGAAUCAGGGCUGAGAAUCGCUUUGGCAUCAGUGAGCACAUUGAUUCACAGACUGUGACAGUCAGUCUUCCAUACACACUUCCUGUGGCACCUUCACAACCAUGGGUGUCAGCUGUAACGAAGGAAAGUAUCACUGUAAACUGGAAGGAGCCAUCCUCAGAUGGUGGAAGCCAUGUCUUCGGAUAUCACCUUCAAAUGAAGGACAGAAACAGCAUUCUUUGGCAGAAAGUUAACACAACUGUUAUUCGUGCUACACACUUUAAAGUAACAAAUGUGAAUGCUGGUUUGAUCUACGAGUUCAAGGUUGCAGCUGAAAAUGCUGCUGGUAUUGGUCCAAUUAGCAAGUCCUCAGAUCCUGUGCUUGCAAUUGAUGCUUGUGAACCUCCCAACAGUGUUAGAGUCACUGAUAUCACGAAGAACUCUAUUAGUCUAGCCUGGCAGAAACCCUCAUAUGAUGGUGGAAGCAAAAUUACUGGAUAUUUAAUUGAAAGGAAAGAUGGUCCAAAAGGCAGAUGGUCAAAAGCUAAUUUGACAAAUGUUACUGACACCAAGUUUACUGUAUCAGGCUUGACUCAGAAUGAAUCUUAUGAAUUCCGAGUCAUGGCUAAAAAUGCAGUUGGUUCAGUCAGUAACCCAUCUGCAAUUGUUGGACCAGUCACAUGUGUGGACACUUAUGGUGCCCCUGAGGUUGAUCUUCCUCAAGAAUAUCUUGAUGUUGUGAAAUACAAAGCUGGUGCUACGGUUCAGCUUAAAAUUGGUAUUGUUGCUAAGCCUCAACCAACAAUUGAAUGGUACAAGGACGGAAAAGAACUUGAGUCUGGAGCUCAGAUUUCCAUUUCCAACACCACUGAGUUUACAUGCAUUUCAGUCAGGGAAGCCACUCGACUGAAUACUGGAACAUACGAACUCAAGAUCAAGAAUUCUUUAGGCUCUGCAUAUGCUGCGGUUAGAGUACUUGUCCAAGACAAACCUGGACCCCCUGCUGGAGAGAUACAGUUUAAGAAAAUCACAGCUGAUACUAUGACCAUCAUGUGGGAUCCUCCAGCUGAUGAAGGUGGCGCAAUGGUCACCCACUACAUUGUGGAGAAACGUGAGACAAGCAGAAUUAUGUGGUCCAUAAUCUCUGAAAAAUUGCAAGACUGCAUUGUCACAGUCCCAAGGCUAAUUAAGGGCAAUGAAUACAUAUUCCGUGUUCGUGGAGUAAACAAACAUGGAGUUGGUGAUCCUUUGGAAUCUAGACCAGUAAUAGCACAGAAUUCCUUUGUUCAUCCUAGUCAGCCUUCUAAACCUCAAGUCACCAUGAUUACAAGGUCAACAAUGACUGUGGUGUGGGAAAGACCAAGUUUGGAUGGUGGCAGUGACAUUGAUGGAUAUUACUUAGAGAAACGAGAGAAGAAAAGUCUACAGUGGUUCAAGGUUAUAAAAGAUCCAAUCCGUGAUACCAGACAAAAAGUCCACAACCUCACAGAAGGAAAUGAAUAUCAGUAUCGUGUUUGUGCAAUCAACAAAGCUGGUGCAGGUCCAUAUUCUGAUGUCUCCAUCUUCUACAAAGCUUAUGACCCAAUUGAUCCACCAAGUGAGCCAACCAAGCUCAGAGUUGUUGAUUCAACAAAGACAUCAAUUACUCUUGGAUGGGUGAAGCCUGUUUAUGAUGGUGGGAGCGAAAUCACAAGCUAUGUUGUUGAACAAAGAAUAGCUGAUGAGACAGAAUGGGUCACUAUAAGUUCUAAAGGAGAAGUAAGAACUACUGAGUUUGUUGUGUCCCAUUUAAAACCUGGAGUUUACUACUACUUCCGUGUCUCUGCUGUGAAUUGUGUUGGAACUGGACGUUCGAUUGAGAUUGUGCAGCCAGUGCAAGCCAAAGAUAUUCUGGAGGAAGCUGAUGUGGAUCUUGACAUCUCAAUGUCAACUCAGUACAUAGCUAAGGCUGGUAGAGAUGUUGAAAUUGUAAUUCCUCUCAAAGGUAGACCUGCUCCAAAUGUAACAUGGCGAAAGGGAGACAAAAACAUUAGUGGUGAUGCAAGAUAUGCCAUCAGAAACACAGAAUACUCAACCACACUGAUCAUUCCAAAAGUCACAAGGGAUGAUACUGGCAAAUAUCUUCUUGAAAUUGAAAAUGGAGUUGGGGAGCCAAAAACCAUCACAGUGUCUGUUAAAGUAUUGGACACACCAUCUGCUUGUAACAGGAUGAUAGUGAAGAAUGUGACAAGAGGUAAACUUACUCUAAGCUGGGAACCACCUUAUAUUGAUGGUGGCUCUCCAAUCACAAAUUACGUUGUUGAAAAGAAGGAUGCUAAAAUGAAGGCAUUCACUAUUGUGACAAAUGAAUGUGCCAAUACAACCUAUAAAGUUGAUGGACUGUCUGAAGAAAUUUCUUAUUUCUUCCGUGUUUCUGCUGAAAAUGAAUAUGGUGUUGGCGAUCCUUGUGAGACUGAGCAGCCUGUGAGAGCAACAGAGAUGCCUGGUGCUAUAAAAGAUCUUGUAUUGGUUGACUCAAGUAAUACAUCUGUAUCACUGGCAUGGACAAAGCCAGAUCAUGAUGGUGGCAGUCACAUAUCUGAGUACAUUAUUGAGAAAAAAACAAAGGAAGAAGAAUCAUGGAGCGCUGGUGGCACAUGCAGACGUUGCCAGUGUGAGGUAACCGAACUUAAAGAGCUUUCUGAAGUUUACUUUAGAGUUUUUGCAAAAAAUGAGAAGGGUCGCAGUGACUUCUCUCAAAUCGGGCCAAUCACUGUAAAGGACUUCCUUAUACCACCUGAGGCAAACCUUAUUGACUAUCCUAAUGGAGAAUUAAGUGUUCGCAUUGGACAAAAUGUUAAUAUUGACUUACCCUACAAAGGUAAACCCAAACCAAUUAUUCAGUGGAUGAAAGAUGAUGUUCUACUCAAGGAAAGUGAACAAGUUCGUUUCAGGCAAACAGAGAACAAGGCUAGUCUCAUUGUAAGAAAUGCAAGAAAGGAAAAUGCAGGAAAAUACACCUUGGUACUUGAUAACAAACUUGUCAAGAACUUCUUUGACAUCAAAGUCAUUACACUUGGGCCACCAUCUCAGCCCAUAGGCCCAAUCCGUUUUGAUGAAAUUAAAGCCCAGAGUAUUAUUAUCUCAUGGGAUGUACCCCAAGAAGAUGGUGGAGGAGAGAUCACCUGCUACAGUGUAGAAAAGCGAGAGACAUCUCAAGCAGCAUGGAAGCUGGUUUGCUCUAGUGUGGUCAGGACAACAUUCAAGAUACCAAAUUUGGUUAAGGGUACAGAAUACCAAUUUAGGGUGCGUGCAGAGAACAAAUAUGGCGUAAGUGAUCCUCUAACCUCACCAGAUGUGGUUGCUCAACACCAAUAUAAGCCACCAGGUCCACCAGGAAAACCUGUAGUAUUCAAUGUUACAAGUGAUGGCAUGACUGUUCAGUGGGAUGCCCCAGGUUUUGAUGGUGGUUCUCCAAUCACUGGAUACCACCUUGAGAAGAAAGACAGGAACAGCUUAUUGUGGAUGAAAGUGAAUACCAGUGUUAUUUCUGGAAGAGAAUACAGAGUCAUUGGACUUAUUGAAGGUCUGGAAUAUUCAUUCAGAGUGUAUGCACAAAACAAUGCUGGAAUGAGUCCGGUCAGUGAACAGAGCAAACACAAACUGGCAAUUUCCCCUGUUGAUCCUCCUGGCACACCUAACUGCAUUGAUGUUACAAGAGACUCUGUAACACUUCAGUGGGAACCACCAAAACGUGAUGGAGGCAGUAGGAUUGUAGCAUACAGUGUUGAAAGACGUCAAGGAAGAGCACGUUGGUUGAGAUGCAAUUUCAUCGAUGUUAGCGAAUGUCAAUUUACAGUAACAGGCCUUGCUGCUGGUGAUCGCUUCGAAUUCAGGGUAAUUGCCAGAAAUGCUGUUGGAACAGUUAGUCCACCAUCUCAGUCCUCUGGCUACAUCAUGACCAAGGAUGAAAGUGUCAUCCCUCAAAUUGAAUUUGAAGCUGAGAAAUCCCUCACCAUCAAGGCAGGAGAAAAUAUUAAACUCAGCUGCAGUAUAAGUGGACGUCCUGUACCUCAAGUUAUUUGGUAUAAAGAUGGAAAGGAAGUUGACAAAAUGCUUGUUGACAUCACAACUGUUAUUGGAUCAAGCUCGCUGUUUAUCAGAGAUGCUGACCGUAAUGACCGUGGUGUCUACACAGUUGAGGCCAAGAACAGUUCAGGCACAACAAAAGUGGAUGUUCUUGUUAGAGUCCAAGAUACUCCUGGACCACCUGAAGGCCCACUUCGCUUUACAAAUAUAUCUGCAGAGAAAGCAACUCUUUGGUGGAGCCCACCUGAAAAUGAUGGCUGUGCAGCUAUCAAUAAUUAUGUGAUUGAGAAGCGUGAGACUUCCAGAAUUUCAUGGGCACUUGUAACAUCCAAGUGUGAAGCCUGCUCCUUCAAUGCCACAAAACUGAUUAAAGGAAAUGAAUAUCAGUUCCGUGUAUCUGCUGUCAAUAAAUUUGGAGUUGGCAAGCCACUAGAGUCUGAUCCAAUCAUUGCUCAAAUGCAGUACACUGUGCCAGAUGCACCUGGAACACCUGACUGCACUCAUGUGACAGGAAACAGUAUUACACUGUGUUGGACAAGACCAAGACAUGAUGGUGGAAAUGAGAUUAAGCAAUACAUCCUUGAAAGACGGGAAAAGAAGAGUUUGAGAUGGGUGAAGGUUUCAGCUAAAAGACCAAUAACUGAGCUUAGGCACAGAGUAACAAACCUUACAGAAGGGAAUGAAUAUGAAUUCCGUGUUAUGGCUGAAAAUGGUGCUGGAAUUGGACCUUCAAGUGGUAUAUCCAGAUUGUUUAAGUGCAGAGAGCCAACAAGUGCACCCAGUGCACCAACUAUGGUGAAGGUCAUUGAUUCCACCAAGAUGUCUGUUACCCUGGGAUGGACCAAACCAGUGUUUGAUGGCGGUUUGGAAAUCAUUGGUUACAUUAUAGAGAUGUGCAAGGCAAGCCUUGAGGAAUGGCACAGAGUCAACAAUCAGACGUGCAUCCAAACACAUUACAAAGUAACAGAGUUAGAGUCAGGUGAAGAAUAUAAAUUCCGUGUUUGUGCUGUCAAUGGUGCUGGCAAGGGAGAAUUCUCUGAGACUCCAAAUGUAGUACAAGCAGUUGACAGACUGACCUCGCCAGAAAUUGAUAUAGAUGCAGACUUCAAGCAAACACAUAUUGUGAAGAAUGGCGGAAUUGUUAAACUUCAUAUUCCCUUCCGUGGAAAACCAGUCCCACUUGCCACAUGGACAAAGGCAGAUGGAGAUCUUGGUGUAAUGGUGGAUAUAAAUACAACCGAUACAUUCAGCACCUUGACAAUUGAAAAUUGCACUAGAUAUGAUGCUGGCAAAUAUACACUCUCUCUUGAAAACAACAGUGGUCGUAAAACCAUUACAUUAACAGUCAAAGUGUUGGACACACCUGGACCUCCAGGACCUCUUUCAUUCAAGGAUGUGACAAGGGGUGCUCUGACACUCAUGUGGGAUGCACCAUCAAAUGAUGGAGGUGCACGUGUUCAUCACUACAUUGUCGAAAAGCGAGAGGCAAGUAGAUUAAGUUGGCAGGAGGUCAGUGAAAGGUGUACACGUCAAAUCCUGCGAGUGAUCAACCUUGAUAUUGGUGUGGCAUACUGUUUUAGAGUUACCGCUGAAAAUCAAUACGGCAAAGGUGAACCAUAUGAAAUGACAGAGCCUAUUAUAGCUACAGAAGAGCCUGCAUCUCCCAAGCGGCUGGAUGUUAUUGAUACUACAUCCUCAACAGCUAGCCUAGUGUGGAUGAAGCCUGAGCAUGAUGGCGGAAGCCGUAUUACUGGAUACAUUGUUGAGACUAGAAAGAAGGGCUCUGCUAACUGGGUUGUUGGAGGUCAAACUAAAUCUCUGAAAAUGGUUCUUGAAGGCCUGGUUGAGAACACUGAAUAUGAGUUCCGUGUAAAGGCUCAGAAUGAUGCUGGCAUAAGUCACCCACGAGAUGCACUAGCCUCUGUCAUUAUAAAGGAGCCACGUAUAGAGCCAACCGCAGAUCUGAGUAGUAUAGAUAAACAACUCAUUACUUGCAAAACUGGAAAUUCUUUUGCCAUUGAUAUUCCAAUAAGUGGCAGACCAGCCCCAAAGGUAACAUGGAAGCUUGAAGAAAUGAAACUUAAAGAAACAGACAGAGUGUCGAUUAAGAUAUCUAAAGACAGAACUACUCUGCUGGUUAAGGAUGCCAAGAGAGGCGACAGUGGAAAAUAUUAUCUCACGCUUGAAAAUGCAGCUGGAUCAAAGACAUUUACUGUUACGGUUAUUGUCAUUGGUAGACCAACCCCACCAACUGGACCUGUUGAAAUUUCAGGAGUAUCAUCAGAAUCCUGUGUAUUGACUUGGGGAGAACCUAGUGAUGAUGGUGGAACGGACAUAAGCAAUUAUAUUGUUGAGAAACGUGAGUCUGGCUCCACAACAUGGCAGGUUGUGAAUUCAAGUGUGAAACGGACUACCAUCAAAGUAACUCAUCUCACCAAGUACAUGGAGUACACUUUCAGAGUCUCUGCUGAGAACAAGUUUGGUGUUAGCAAGUCCAUUGAAUCUCAAGCUAUUGUUGCUGAACAUCCAUUCAUCUCACCCAGCCCACCAACUCGUCCAGAUGUAGUUUCUGUGUGUGCUAAUGCAAUUUCUAUUCGUUGGGAUGUGCCAUAUCAUGAUGGUGGAAGCCAAGUAACUGGAUACUGGAUUGAAAAGAAAGAGCGUAAUACCAUUCUUUGGGUGAGGGAGAACAAGAUUCCUUGUCUUGAGUGCCAUUACAAGGUGUCCACCCUUAUUGAGGGCCUUGAGUAUCAGUUCAGAGUAUAUGCGAUGAAUAUUGCUGGUUUGAGUAAAGCAAGUGAACCAUCAAGACCAGUACUGGCUCUAAAUCCAGUUGAUCCACCUGGCACACCAGAGGUUUAUGAUGUAACCAAGACCUCAGUGUCUAUUAGAUGGUCUGUGCCAUUUAAUGAUGGUGGCAGCAAGAUUGUUGGAUAUGUGGUUGAACGCAAGGCAUCCAGUGAUGAUGAAGAAGCUCGCUGGUUGAAGUGCAACUAUACCACAAUCACAGAAAACUUCUUCACUGUUACAUCGCUCCUCGAGGGAGAACAGUAUGAAUUCCGUGUUAUUGCCAGAAAUGGUGCUGGAGUCCACAGUAUGCCAUCUCAAUCAUCAGGACUUAUAACAUGCAAAGAUGAAUACACACCACCUAAGGCCGAGCUGGACAGUAAACUUGUGGGUGAGACAAUCACUAUUAGAGCUGGAUCAGACCUUGUUCUUGAUGCUGCUGUUGGUGGAAAACCAGAACCUAAAGUCUUUUGGGCUAAGGGCGACAAGGAGUUGGAUCCUGGAGAGAAAUACUCUCUGACAUACACAAGCACAAGAGCGAUGGCAAUCAUUAAAUCAUGUGACAGAAACGAUACUGGAAGAUACAUCCUUACUGUAAAGAAUGCAAGUGGAAUCAAAACAUCUGCUGUCAAUGUUAAAGUACUUGAUACACCUGGUCCACCUGCGGGUACAAUAACAAUCAGCAGGGUCACAGAGGAGAAAUGCACAGUUUCCUGGAAGAUUCCUCUGGAGGAUGGUGGAGAUCAUGCCAGUCACUAUAUUGUUGAAAGACGUGAGACAAGCAGACUCAACUGGGUCAUUAUGGAAACUGAAUGCAAGACUCUGUCUUGUGUCAGCACGAAACUGAUCAAAAACAAUGAGUACAUUUUCCGUGUCAGAGGUGUAAAUAAAUACGGGCCUGGUGUACCCCUAGAGUCUGAACCAGUUAUUGCAAGAAAUGCAUACACUGUUCCAACACCUCCGGGAACUCCAGAUAUUACUGCUAUUGGAAAAGAGCAUGUUAUUAUCGAGUGGUUUAAGCCAGAGAAUGAUGGUGGAAGUGAAAUUAAAAACUACCUUGUGGAUAAACGUGAGAAGAGCAGUGUUAGAUGGACAAGAGUAAACAAAACCUACACCAUUUAUGAUACACGCCUGAAAAUCACUGGUCUCCUUGAGGGUAGUGAUUAUCAGUUUCGCGUUUCAGCAGUCAAUGCUGCUGGCACCAGUGCUCCAAGUGAUGUAUCUCAGUAUGCUCACUGUAAAGACCCAACAUAUACCCCAGCACCACCAUCAGUUCCUCGUAUUUCAGAUACCACAAAGCACAGUAUUAGUAUGACAUGGACACGACCAAUGUAUGAUGGUGGAUCUGAUGUCACAGGCUAUAUUGUUGAGAUUCUGGAGGAGGGAACAGAGCAGUGGUAUAGAGCCACGCAGAAGACAUUGACCAGUACUCAGUACACAGUAACUGGUCUGGCAAGUAAUAAAAAAUACAGCUUCAGAGUGGCUGCUGUCAAUGCUAUGGGUACUGGGGAAUUCAGUGAAGGCAGUAUCGAAACUGCACCCUCUGAAAAAGUUGAAAUCCCUGAUAUUGAGCUACCUGAUGAACUUAAGAAGACUGUUUGCAUCAGAGCUGGCAACACUUUACGUCUUAAUGUAACUAUAUCUGGAAGACCUGCACCAGUUAUUACCUGGAGAAAGACUGGAAUUGACCUACAGUCCCGUGGUUUCAUAGAUACCACAGAAAAGACUACAUCAUUAAUAGUGGAGAAGGUACAUCGCUAUGAUGCUGGAAAAUACACAAUUGAGGCAGAAAAUCCAUCUGGCAAGAAAAUUAUUACAAUUCUCGUCAAGAUUUAUGAUACUCCUGGACCAUGUGGUGCAGUAAAUGUUAAAGAUUACACUAAAGAGUCAGUUGUAAUCACAUGGGAUGUGCCUACUAUUGAUGGUGGUGCUCCCAUCAACAACUACAUAAUUGAAAAGCGUGAAGCUUCAAUGAAAUCUUACAAAACAGUGACAACAGAGUGCAAGAAGACAUUAUACAGAAUCACUGGACUGGAAGAAGGAACACAGUACUUCUUUAGAGUGUUGCCUGAGAAUAUAUAUGGUAUCGGAGAACCUUGUGAAAUUACUGAACCAGUGCUGGUUUGUGAAGUUCCAUCUGUUCCUCAAGAUCUAUAUCUCAUUGAUACAACAAAGUCUACUGUCAUUCUUGGAUGGGAAAAACCACUUCAUGAUGGUGGCAGCAGACUUUCAGGCUUUGUCAUUGAAGCCUGCAAAACUGGAACUGAUCGAUGGAUGAAUGUUGCUAAUGUGAAAUCAUCUGUGCUGCAACACACAAUUGACUCACUGACUGAAAAUGAGCAAUAUCUCUUCAGAAUCAGAGCUGAAAAUAGCAGAGGUGUCAGUGAGCCCAGAGAUCUCAUGACACCUGUAACAAUUCAAGAACAGAGAGACAUGCCGAAGAUUGACUUGACUGGUAUCCCUCAAAAGAUUGUCAAUGUGCCAGCUGGUAAGCCAAUUGUGCUCAACAUUCCCAUUAAAGGAAGACCUGCACCAGUCUGUUCAUGGUCGUUUGGUGGAGUCAAAAUGAAAGACAAGCUUGACCGGAUUAAGAUUGAAACAACUGCGAAAUUCACCAAACUGGCAGUUCGUGAAACCACAAUUGAUGAUACUGGUGACUACACUCUUAAUGUGAAGAAUGUCACUGGAACAGCAACUGAGGUCAUCAAAGUUAUUAUUCUUGAUAAACCUGGAGUACCUGUUGGGCCUAUGAAAAUUGAAGAGGUUGAUGCCACAUCUGUGACAUGCAGCUGGGAACCACCUCAGAAAGAUGGAGGUGCAAAUAUCAGUGGCUAUAUUGUUGAGCAACGUGAUGCACAUCGACCUGGAUGGAUGUCUGUUUCUGAAUCUGUCACAAGACCCGUGUUCAAAUUCACAAGACUUGCAGAGGGAACUGAAUAUGUAUUCCGUGUUGCAGCAACAAAUCGCUUUGGUAUCGGCGGGUUCUUGCAAUCUGAGGUCGUUGAGUGCAAGAGUGCCAAAACUGUACCUGGAGCACCCAGCACACCUGAAAUACUUGAUGUGUCUCAUGAUGGUAUGACUCUUACUUGGACACCACCCGAGGACAAUGGUGGUUCUACUAUUGCUGGCUACAUUAUUGAGCGCAAAGAGGCUGGAUCUGACAGGUGGCUUCGCAUCAAUAAGAAUCCAGUGACGAUGACAAGAUACAGAGCCACAGGACUUAUUGAGAGUCUUGAAUAUGAGUAUAGAGUGACAGCCAUAAACUCUAGAGGCACUGGAAAACCAAGUGCAAAUUCUAAACCAACUAUUGCAAUGGAUCCUAUUGAGCCUCCUGGUAUUCCACUAAAUCCGAGAGUUACGGAUACCACAAGAACAUCCGUUUCUCUUGCUUGGUCUCCUCCAGAAGAGGAGGGAGGAGCUGCUGUAAAUGGCUAUCUUAUAGAGAUGCAAAAAGUUGACCAGGUUGAAUGGACAAAAUGCAACACAACACCAACAAAGAUCUGUGAAUACACUUUGACACACAUGCCCCAAGGAGCUGAAUACAAGUUCCGUGUGAUGGCUUGCAAUGCUGGUGGAGCUGGUGAGCCAGCUGAGAUUCCAGGAGUGGUAAAAGUUGCAGAAAUGCUUGAAUACCCUGACUAUGAGCUGGAAAAAAUUUACCAGGAAGGCUAUAUUGUCAGACAAGGUGGUGUCAUCAGACUAUCGGUGCCCAUCAAGGGCAAACCCUUACCAACAUGCAAGUGGACAAAAGAAGGUCGUGACAUUUCUCACAGAGCUAUGAUUGCAACCAGUGAAGAACGCACUGAGCUUGUGAUCAAGGAAGCCCAUAGAGAUGACACCGGUACCUACGAUCUUGUGUUGGAAAAUAAAUGUGGAAGGAAGGCUGUCUAUAUUAAAGUGAAAGUUAUAGGUCGUCCAGAUCCACCUGAGGGUCCUCUUGAAUUUGAUGAUAUUCAGGCACGUUCAGUCAGAGUAAGCUGGAGACCACCAUCAGAUGAUGGUGGUUCUGAUAUAUUUGGUUACAUUGUGGAGAGGCGUGAAGUACCUAAAGCAGCUUGGUACACUGUGGAUUCACGUGUCGCUGAUACAUCACUUGUGGUGAAGGGACUGAAGGAAAAUGUUGAAUAUCACUUCAAGAUCACAGCAGAGAACCAGUUUGGCAUUAGCAAAUCUCUGAAAUCUGAUGAAUCUGUCACACCAAAGACGCCUCUUUGUCCACCAGAACCUCCUAGUUUCCCUCCAGAAAUUAUGGAUGUUACAAAGACAACAAUUGGUCUGUCCUGGUCAAGACCAAAGGAUGAUGGGGGCUCUCGUGUCACUGGAUACUAUGUUGAAAGAAGGGAGAUUUCCACUGAAAAGUGGGUGCGUCAUAAUAAGACUCAUAUCACAACAACAAUGUAUACUCUCACUGGCCUAAUCCCAGAUGCAGAAUACCAGUUCCGUGUGGUUGCUCAAAACGAUAUUGGUCAAAGCGAGCCUGGUCCUGUGUCCGAGUCAGUUGUAUGCAAAGAUCCAUUUGAUAAACCAGGGCAACCCGGUGAGUUUGAUAUUAUCUCUAUAACCAAGGACUGCAUAACCAUUCACUGGUUGCGUCCUGAAUCUGAUGGUGGAAAAGAGAUCCUUGGGUACUGGAUUGAAUACAGGCAAGCAGGUGAAAGUGCUUGGAAAAAGUGCAAUAAAGAGCGCUCAAAGGACAGGCAGUUUACCAUUGGUGGACUCAUGGAAGCAACAGAGUAUGAGUUCAGAGUGUUUGCUGAGAAUGAAACUGGACUGGGUAGACCAAGACGAACAGCAAUGGGCAUUAAAACCAAACUGAGUGUUGGAGAGGCUCCAUGCAUGAAGGAGGAUAUCAAAGAUACUACCACUAAAUUAGGAGAGUCUGGAACAUUAACAUGCCAGAUUAUUGGAAGACCUCUUCCUGAAAUUAAGUGGUAUAGAUAUGGAAAGGAGUUGAUCCAGAGCCGAAAAUACAAGAUGAGCUCUGAUGGCCGAAACCACUCUUUAUCAGUAAUGACAGAUGAACAAGAAGAUGAAGGCUUGUAUACUUGCAGAGCCAUCAAUGAGGCGGGUGAAAUUGAGACCAGUGGAAAACUUUUAUUGCAGGCUGCACCACAAUUCCAUCCAGGAUUCCCAUUGAAAGAAAAAUACUAUGCAGGCUGUGGAACUAGCCUACGUCUUCAUGUGGUUUACAUUGGUCGCCCUAUUCCACAAAUCAUGUGGUUCUAUGGCAAGAAGCCCCUCAAUCCAUCAGAGAAUGUUAUAAUUGAAAACACAGAAAGUUACACUCAUUUAGUUAUCAGAAAUGUUCAGCGUAAAACAAAUGCUGGAAGAUAUAAGGUGCAACUCAGCAACAAAUUUGGCACAGUUGACACUGUCCUCCGUGUUGAAAUCCAAGACAAACCUCUCUUGCCUGAAGGACCAGUCGUUGUUGAUGCUCUAUUGAAGAGUUCUGUGAUCAUUAGUUGGAAACCACCAAAGGAUGAUGGUGGAUCAAUGAUCACAAAUUACAUUGUAGAGAAACGUGAAGCGAAAGAGGGUGAGCAAUGGCAUCUUGUAUCAUCGGCUGUCUCAGGAACCACAUGUCGUGUUCCAAACCUCAUUGAGAGCUCUGGAUAUUACUUCCGGGUUUCUGCACAGAAUCAGUAUGGAAUUAGUGAAUCUCUUGAGAUUCCAUCUGUUGUCAUUAUCAAGAGUCCAUUUGAGAAACCUGGAGUACCACAACGGCCAUUUGUUUCAUCUGUAACCAAGGAUUCAUGUGUUGUUUCUUGGAAACCACCAACAAGUGAUGGAGGUGCCAAAAUUAAGAACUAUUUCCUUGAAAAAAGAGAGAAGAAACAGAACAAAUGGAUUGCAGUUACUACAGGAGAAAUCCAUGAGACAUCUUAUACUGCUAAAGGUCUUCUUGAAGGUUUUGAAUAUGAAUUCCGUGUCAAAUGUGAAAAUAUUGGUGGAGAGAGUGACUGGAGUGAGAUUUCAGAACCAGUCAUUCCAAAAUCAGAUACAGCUCUCCGUGCCCCAUUCUUCAAGGAUGAAUUGAGAGACAUGUGUGUAAAAUACAAGGCAAACGCAACCUUUGUCACAAAGGUUGUUGGGCAUCCCAAGCCAGUGGUUAAAUGGUACAAAAAUGGCAAAGAAAUUUUAGCUGAUGGAGAGAAAAUAAAGGUCCAAGAAUUCAAAGGAGGUUACUUCCAACUUGUUAUCAGCAAUGCUGAUGAAAAUGAUGCAGCUGCUUACCAAAUUAGAGCUACUAACCAGCUUGGAUCAAUAUCCACAAGUAUGAACCUAGAGGUUGAAGUUCCUGCCAAGAUUUACUUGCCAUUACACCUCCAAGGCAUGGGAGCUGUUCAUGCCAUUCGUGGUGAAGUGGUUACCAUCAAGAUUCCAAUUAGUGGCAAACCUGAUCCUGUAGUCACUUGGCAAAAGGGACAAGAGAUUAUUAACAACACAGCUUACCAUCAGGUUAUUAUCACAAGGUCGUUCACCUCCCUGGUGUUCCUAAAGGGAGUACAAAGGAAGGAUUCUGGCUACUACAUUAUUUGUGCCAAAAAUCGAUUUGGCAUGGAUAAGCAGACAGUUGAACUCGAUGUUGCGGAUGUGCCCGAUCCACCAAAAGAUGUUAAAGUCAGUGAUAUUGGCAGAGAUACAAUCACUCUCACUUGGAGUCCUGGCAAUGAUGGUGGAAGUGAAAUUAUUAAUUACAUUAUUGAAAAGUGUCCUACCACCGGAGACCGAUGGAUUCGUGUUGCACAGACAUCUGAAUCCCAAUAUACCGUCAUGAGUCUCUUUGGCAAAACAAAGUACCAGUUUAGAGUGAUUGCAGAAAACAGAUUUGGGUUGAGUGAUCCAUCUGCACCUACUGACCCUGUGACUACAAAAGAAGACAAGUUAGCAAUUCGAAACUAUGAUGAAGAAGUGGAUGAAACAAGAGUAGUUACAAAGGAAGAGGCACCACAUUCAAAAGUCAAACAUGUACCAUCACUGUACACAGUUUCUGAGGAACUUGCACGUAAUGGACAGUUUGGCAUUGUCCAUCGCAGUAUUGAAAUUAGUUCCAAGAAGACAUUCUUGGCAAAAUUCAUCAAAGUUAAAGGUGCUGAUCGAGAGCUGGUUGCAAGAGAAAUUGAGACACUCAAUAUUGCAAGACAUAAAAACAUUCUGUAUCUUCAUGAAUCCUUUGAUAGCUUGGAAGAAUACGUCCUUAUCUAUGAAUUCCUUUCUGGUAUGGACAUCUUUGAGCGUCUCGGUAUAAACUUUGACCUUACAGAGCAAGAAAUUGUUCAGUAUCUGAGACAAGUCUGUGGAGCCCUGAAGUUCUUGCAUAGUAAAAACUAUUGCCAUUUUGAUAUCAGACCUGACAACAUUAUUUAUUCCACAAGGAAGAGCAAUACAAUCAAGAUCAUUGAAAUGGGCCAAGCUAGGUUGCUUACACCUGGAGAAAACAUCAGGAUUCAGUUCACUGCCCCAGAGUACUAUGCACCGGAAAUCCACACCAGUGAUUUUGUAACAACUGCCACUGACAUGUGGUCUGUAGGUGUUCUUGCUUAUGUCCUCUUAAGUGGAAUUAAUCCGUUUGCUGCUGAAUCAAACCAGAAAAUGAUUGAGCACAUUUCAAAUGCAGAGUAUAUGUUUGAUAGUGAAGCCUUCAAAGAGACCAGCCUUGAGGCUAUGGACUUUGUUGACAGACUGUUAACUAAGGACUGCAAGCUACGUAUGACUGCCUCAGAAGCUUUGGAGCACCCUUGGCUCAAGAUGAAAUUGGAACAUGUUAGUUCAAAAGUCAUCAAGACUUUGAGACACAAAAGAUACUACCAGUCACUUGUGAAAAAGGAAUGGAGCUUUGUUGUUUCAUCAGCACGUGUUGCCUAUGGUGGUGGCUACAGAAACCAGAAAAAUGUUUCCAUUGGAAGAGUGAAAAUUGGACAUCCUGAACAAGGCUUGAGAGCAGGGCCUGUCAUGCAUGGAUCUGCUGAAGAGGGAGGACAUGUCAGGUUUGUGUGCUGCAUUGAAAACUAUGAUCGAAACACUGAAGUGACCUGGUACUUUGGCUCCCGCAAAUUAACUGCAAGCCACAAAUAUGAAAUCACAUAUGCUAAUGGAGUUGCUAGCAUCUAUGUUAAAGACAUUGAAGAAUGUGAUGAUGGAUUAUAUAGAUGCAAGGUUGUCAGUGAAGACAGGGAGGACAAUGCAUAUGCGGAGUUAUUUGUUGAGACUGUUAGGUCCUUCCGUGAGUACUACCUUGGACGCUCGCUGAAGAAACCCAGGCGUAGAAUUGACAAAAGCAAAAUUUUGCAGAGGCCACCAGAGUUUACUUUGCCUUUAUUCAACCGUUCAGCAUACAUUGGUGAAGAUGUGCGCUUUGGUGUAACCAUAACUGUCCAUCCUGAGCCAAGUGUUACGUGGUUAAAGGCUGGGCACAGAAUCAAGCCAGAUCCUAAAAAAUACACAUUCACAAGUGACAAGGGUCUUUAUCAGCUCAUGAUACACAAUGUUGACCUCAGUGACGAUGCUGAAUACACUGUUGUAGCAAACAACAAGUUUGGCGAAGACAGUUGCAAAGCCCGUCUCAAUGUAGCACCUCAUGCUGUUGCUGAGGAUACUAUGAGACCAAUGUUUAAACGUCUCUUGGCCAAUAUUGAUUGUGUUGAGGGGCAGAGCGUCCGCUUUGACUUGAGAGUAUCAGGAACCCCAGCACCAACUUUGAAAUGGGAGAAAAAUGGCAAACCUCUUGAGUUCAGACCACAAGUUGAAGUUGUUCAAGAGGAUGUAGACUAUUUCAUUCUACAUAUUAGAGAAACUCUUAUAGAGGAUUCGGGCACAUACAGAGUCACUGCAACAAAUACAGCUGGAUCAGCAAGCUGUCAAGCUACUCUCAAAGUUGAACGACUGACAUACACAAGGAGGGAGUUCAAGAGCGAGGAAGAAAGACAUACAUAUGUAAGAAACCAAAUAGAAAAGACACUUAAAAUGGCACAAGAGUUCUCAAAAGCUGAAGUUGUUGCACUUAAUCCUGUAGCACAAGAGGCUUUGAAAGAAGCUGCAGAAUUAUAUAAACCGGCAGUGAGCACCAAGCAUGUGCAGGGUGAGUUUGAUAUCUCUGAUAAAGAGGAUCAAGAAAUAAAGAAAAUUAUAGAGGAAGAGAAGAAGAUACGUAUGCCUUAUGAAAUCCCUGAGGCCCGUGCACAUGAUCCCACUGUUCUUGAUGAAGAUAAAAUGAUCAAACACUUUGUGCCCCUAUCUGACAUGAAAUGGUAUAAAAAACUGCGUGACCAGUAUGAGAUUCCUGAGAGAAUGGAAAGAAUUGUUCAGAAGAGACAAAGGCGAAUUCGUCUUUCCAGAUGGGAGCAGUUUUAUGUUAUGCCACUGCCUAGAAUAACUGAUCAAUACAGACCGAAAUGGCGCAUUCCAAAACUUACACAAGAUGAUUUGGAGACUGUUCGACCAGCCAGACGUUCACCAUCCCCUGAAUCAGAGGCAUCAUUUAGACUGAGAAGACGCUCACUUGGGGAUAUUUCAGAUGAGGAUCUGCUUAAGGAAGAGGACUAUCUGGCAACGAAAUUAUCAGAAAAAGAAAGACGAGAGCUUGAAGAAGAACUAGAACUGGGUUUCUCUGCCUCGCCACCUAGUGGAAGCCCUGUGCGAUUUGAGUUGUCUGCACUGCGACGUGCCUCACCAAGACCUGUUUACAGAGCUGAAGUGAGACGUGUAGAAGAGACAAAACAUGUAACAACUGAGCAAGCUCGAGGCUCUCCUCCUCCUAUUUCACAUUUCUUGAGAAGGAGAAGAUCCCUGUCUCCAACAUACAUUGAAUUGAUGCGUCCUGUAUCUGAACUCAUCAGACAACCUCGUGCACGCAUUUCAACAGAGGCUGAAGUUGAAAUAAUUGAAAGAAGAUCACCCACCCCUGAGAGAACUCGUCCUCGAUCACCAAGUCCUGUAUCUCCUGAGAGAAGAUCCUCCAGAUCCUCUUCUAGAUUUGAAAGGUCUGCAAGAUUUGACAUCAUGUCUAGAUAUGAAGCAAGGAAAGCUGCUCUUAAAUCUGAGCGCAAAUACCAGGUUGUAACACAGCAACCAUUCAGUCUUGACCAUGCUCCACGUAUCACUGUAAGAAUGCGCUCUCACCGUGUACCAUGUGGUCAAAACACUAAAUUCACUUUAAAUGUACAGUCCAAGCCAGAUGCCGAUAUCCAGUGGUUCCACAAUGGACAACAAAUACAAGAGAGCCACAAAUACCAGUUCACAAAUAUGAGUGGAGUCCUGUCUCUCCAAAUUAAUGACUGUCAGGCUGAGGACACUGGCACAUACCGUGCUCUUUGCACGAAUUCAAAGGGUGAGGCAUCAGACUAUGCAACUCUUGAUGUUUCAGGGGGAGCAUUUACUACAUACUCUUCAAGACGUCGAGAUGAGGAGGCCCCAACAAAAAUUGUACCUGAUAUAACAAAAACUGAUUAUUAUCAUUCAACAACAAUCAGAGCUUCCUCUGCCUCAAGAACUCACUUGGAGAUUCAAGAAUUCAAAACAAAGUUAAGCGAGAGACAUGAAGUUUCUGCCUUUGAAAAGUAUGAAUCUCAGAGACUUGCAUCAUCUCCAAUUAGGUAUGCAUCAACUGAAUACCUAUCAUCAGCUUCAUAUUCAUCCUCUGAGAGACAUACGACAUCAGAAAAGCAUGUGUCAUCUGAAUCUAAGUUAAAAGAAUCAGAAACAUCUGCUGAAGUAUCGAUGAAGAAAAUUAAAGCUACCCUUUCAGCUAAAAUACUCACAAAACCACAUUCUCUGAUUGUAUCUGAGGGUGAGACUGCACGAUUUGUGUGUGAUAUUGAUGGAGAGCCAGCACCAAGUGUCACAUGGAUGCAUGAGGGACGAACAAUUGUCUCUUCACAUCGUAUUCAUGUGUCUACCACACAGUAUAAGUCUACCUUUGAAAUUUCAUCAGUUGAAUAUUCAGAUGAGGGCAGCUAUACUGUAGUUGUAGAAAAUUCAGAAGGAAAGCAAGAGGCAAGAUUUACCUUGGCUAUUAACAAACCAAUACUUAAAGAGGAGGUUACACCUAUACAAGUGAAGUCACCAGAACCCUCAGUGACAUCUCCGGUGCCACCAAUUAAAUCUCCAGAGUCAACAGUUGCUUCUCCAGUGCCAUCAGUAAAGUCCCCAGAGCCCUCUGUGAAGUCUCCAGUGCCAUCGGUAAAGUCUCCAGAACCUUUGGUAAAAUCCCCUGUACCAUCACUGAAAUCUCCAGAGCCUUCAGUCAAAUCCCCUGUGCCUUCAGUAAAGUCUCCAGAACCCCAAAUUAAAUCCCCAGAACCCACUGGUAUUAAGUCUCCUGAACCUCGAAUUAAAUCUCCAGAGGGCAUCAAGUCACCAUUCAGAGUAAAAUCACCAGAGCCAGCCACCUCUCUUCAGAGAGUAAAAUCUCCACCUCCUCUUAAAUCUCCAGAACCAACCACACCUCAAGGAGUGAAGUCUCCAAUAGCUUCACCUCCCAGGGUAAAAUCUCCUCCUCUUAUUAAGUCUCCUGAGCCAAUUGCUUCCCCUCUGAGAGUUAAGUCCCCUACAGGACUUAAGUCUCCUGAACCUCAAAGAGCCAAAUCCCCACCAACAGUCAAAUCUCCUGAACCAAUCAUGUCACCUAAAAGAAUGAAAUCACCACUUACAGUGAAGUCCCCAACCCCAUCAAAGGAAGCACCACCAAAGAUCAUUCAGCAACUCAAAGCUGAGGCUUAUGAAGACAAAAUUAGGAUGAUUUUUGUUGCUGAGAGCUCAUUGAAAGAGGUUGUGUGGUACAAGGAUAGCAGAAAACUGAGCCAAAGCAGUCACUACCAGAUUCAUUCAUCUGCAGAUGGAACUUGCUGUCUCUAUAUAUCUGAUGUUUCAGAGGACGAUCAAGGUGAAUAUUCAUGUGAAAUCAUAAGUGAGGGGGGAGCAGUGUCAAGAACAUCAUUCUCUUUUGUUGGUCAAGUGUUUCAAGCAAUUUACACAAAAGUUACUGCAUUCAUGGCUGCACAUAAGGCUGUUCAAGAAUCUGUGUCUUCCAAAAUACAAGGAGGAAGUGAAAUGAUUAUUAAGAGGGAAAGUGCUGCAGUUAGCAGCAUGCAUGAAAGUUUUACCUCAAAAUCCGUCCACAUGGAGAGCUCAAUGCAAGAGGCAUCAUUCAGCAGUUCAAUGGCUGAGAUGAAAUUUGAAACUAUGUCAAUGUCUAGCAUGUCAUCCAUGACAUCAGAGUCAGUAUACGCAAUGAGCUCAAGCAGUAUAAUGUCAAGUCAUUCACAUGCUGAAGAAACUUCAGUCGGAGCAGCCCUUCACAGUGCUCAAGGCUUAGCUCCUAGAAUUGAAGCUCUUCCUGAAGAUAUCAGCAUUGAAACUGGAAAGGUUCUUACCGUGGCUUGUGCCUUCUCUGGAGAACCAACACCUCGUAUUGAGUGGUCUCGAGGUGGAAAGAAACUGCCUGGCGAAGAAGACAGCAGUAGGUUCCAUAUUGAGACAACCGAGGACCUGACCACACUCAUUAUCACUGGCGUGAAAGAGACCGAUGCUGGGGCAUACACACUUAAACUUUCUAAUGAGCAUGGAUCUGACUUGGCAACUGUUACCAUUAGUAUUCGAUCAAAGUAAAGCCAUAAUUUCUACCCCACCCCUUCCUACGUUAAGCAACUUUGUUUUUAUUAAAUGAGAGAGAGAAAAGAAAAUCUUGAUGCGUACCUGGAUAUCUGUUCCUGUAAAUAUGAACUAUUUUUAUACCAAACUUGACAUUAAUUUAUGCCAAACUAGACUAAAGUCUAAAGUUAUUAUAAAAUGUGCCAUAUUGGAUAAUUAUGACUUAGGAUUUUUGAUCCAUUUUUCUGUGACGUGUACAUAAUGUAUAUAGCCGAAGUUAACGGUUAUGGAAAAUGUAUGAAUUGUUAUUUAUAACAAUAUUAACUGAAACAAAAGGAACUAAAUAUUUAUCAGGAGAAAGUUUCACACGGAACGAAUACCCUGAUGAACCUGAAACUAAACUCUGUGCCUCAACAAUAAGUUGAAGUCUUUAAGAUUGCCUCAACAGGUAGAGAGGCUCCCUGUUGACGUUACUUUAACUCUGAGAGACUAAGUUAUACCUGCAUGUUUACAUGUGCAGCGAUGUUACAACCAUACUCUUAUGCAUUGUUUCUUGAAUGUAAGGCCCUGAGCGCUGUUUGCAUUUUACCCUCAUGUAAGCUGGGCAACUAGGCCUUGUGUUCAGUCUGACUAUGUCAUACCACCAUUUUAAUGACAUGCUCAAUGUGCGAGCGGCCUGCACAUUAUGAGCAAAAAAAUUUUAAAUGUGCUCUCUUUCUGGCAAAGGACUGCUUGAAUAAACUUUAAAAAUUAACAUCUCCUGGCCAAUAAGCAAAGUAUAUCUUGCACUCCCUUGCAGAAACAGAGCCUCCUCUUGGAGGAUUGCUUUGAUGCAUUGCGUGUUUGUGUGUUAGCUUUAGAAUUCAUCUUGUCAGUUGUUGGGCAAACAUCAAGAGAGUGUGCCACAGCAACACCACCUGCUGUGCAAUGGGAAAGAAACGGUUUAGAUGCCCUGCACUUUGGUUUGAUUUUAUGUAGAAUUGUAGUCUUAUCUAUAUAUGCAACCUCCUCGAGUAUUAAUGAUUCAAUAAAGCAUGUUCACAGCACAAAA